AUGGCUUCAGGUGGUGCAGAGGAAGACGAUGGAGGCAUUCCAUUGGACAUUGACAAUGUGCACAUGCUCCUACAAGGUCAGUCUAUUUCUGUACUUUUAUAUGUGCUCUGACAUGUGAUUGCUGUGAUGGGGACCACAGUGGUGAUUGAAGGAUGCCUCGACACUGUUUCAUUUUGUACAAAGUGUCUUGUGCCACAGUGCAGUGGUUACAGUUCUGUAUACAGCAGUAAUUAAAAAAACCCUCAGCACUUCUUAUUGAAAAUGAUCCAAUUUGCACCAAAUCUAGGAAAGACAGUGACUUUUUCAUGUAAUUAAAACAUAGUGAUAUAUAUAUAUAUAUCUGAAAGUAUUGCAGUCUCUAAACCACCCAACAUCCGAACACUACUGUUUGUAUAGUCAGGAACGUCUAUUUGCCAGUGAAACAAUACAGCCAUGUAACUGAUUAUCAGGAAGAGUACAAUGAAAGAUUCUUUUUAUCAAUGCAGUAUCAAAAAUGGAAUACUCAUGCAUAUUGAUUUUGGCCUCAGUUGUUAUUCAAAGAGGGGGUUUUAUGCUUUUUUAUACUUCAUAGAUAAAUACUGAGUUAAAAUGUUGAAGUCAAUGCUAAAUAUGAAAAAUGUAUCAGACAGUGCGGUUAACAUGUGUUCGAGUAAUCCCAAAAUGAGACCGCAAUCUACUCUGAACAUCUUCUAAGAGUUACACGAGAACUGAGUAAGAGCUACAUUGGCCCAAUUUGUGACAUCACUAAUUGGCAAACUCCUUAAAGGGACAAAAUAAACCAGCUCCUACCAAACAGAGACAUCCUCCAUUCUUCUUUGUUGUUUAGGAUUUUCUUCCCCCUUUCCAGACUUUCUAGUGUAGACCUGAGGCCCAGAACACAUGGCCAUAUUUCAAAAUUUGUCAUUUUAGUUAGAGAAACAUUAUUAGCCGAAAUGAAGCCUUUCAGACAGAGGCUGUAAUUAGGGUUUUCACAGAAACCAAUCUGAGAGAGGUAAAUUGUUUACUUUAUGUAUUUAACUUUUUUUGAAAUCUCUAUUUAUUAUUCAAGUAUGAAUCUAAUAAAAACUCAUACACUGUAAAUCACGGGAAUGACUCAAAACAGCCACUGUAUUAACCAAAGUUGACAUAAAAUCUGUCUUUUCUAUUGUUGUCUUUUAAGAUUAUAAGCCUCACAAUAAAAUAAGUGUUGGCAUUAAGCCGUGACUCUGCUUUUAAUUAGAUAAAACAUUUAAUAGCCUUACCAAACUGGUCUUCAGUCACACCGAAACACAUUACACAUGAUCAAUCUUUCUGCAUCAGAUGCUAAAGCCUCUGCAAACUAUGUGGACAGUCACUGAUUUGGCGGGAAUUCAAUCAUGAAACACAUAUAAAGGUGUCCAACAGAGUCUGUUUGACAAAAUACUAAACUAAAUCUAUGGAUACAAUUGUAAAAGUUCCUCACGUGACAUAUAAACUAAAACUGAAAUGAAAAUGUUGUCAUUAUAAAUCUCUACUGCACACUCUCGCAACGUCAAAUAACCUAAAGUAGAAGAAGAACUGGGGCUGUCAUAAACAAAGAGUUUAAUUGGUUUUUGCCGUGAGAAAACAUUUGACUGAUGCCUUUUAUAAAGGCCUAGAGCCAAAAACAAAUUAUAAAUACGCUGAAACCGCCUUCUUCUUUUGUUUUGAGCAAGUCAUUGAACUGGGUGGAGUUCAGCGCUUAAGAACCUGAGGAGUUCCCAGCUUUGGCGAGCUCUCAAACCAACAGUUCACCUGAGCACGCAUGAGGGCAAAAACCUUAAAGUGACUUAUCUGGUUUCUUAAACAAAACAUCCAGUUUACUUGUUGAUCUAUCUAAAGAAUAUGAAAUACUGAACAAUCUCAACAGCUUGUUUGUAAUAUUGGCACUAUACAGAAUGCCAUUGUAGGUUGUAUUUAACAGCAACACAAAAAUGCCUAUUAAGUAAGAGUCUUGAGUUGCCUCAUUGCCCACUGAGAAUGAAAGUAGUGGUUAGAGUGUUAUGAGCUUGACAUGGGAAAGGUCCUGUAAUUAGGUUUGGUAUAUUUGUUAAUUUUCUUGGAGUGCGUUCAGUUUAAAGCUCCUGUAGAGACUUCUUAAUAAUUAUACCUCUAGAUUUAACCCACAAAAGCAUUACAGACAUAAGAGACAAGACCGCGUGAUUGUGUUCUGCCUGUCUUAAUGACUGUGAGUACCGUCUUGGUAGUGUCAGACAAGCAUGCUGAGGGAACAGUUUUUUUUUUUAUUCUUUUUUUUUUGCCACAUUUUUCACAGCUUAAAUUCACAGUGAGGAUGCAUUUAACUAUGAAAGAAAUGAGGAUCUGAUUUUUGCCAGAAAACUACUUUAACAUUUUCAGAGAUCAGGGGCCUGUACCAUAGAGCAGGAUUUGCAGACAUUGAGGUAACUUUGGGUUUUCUGUACCACAGGGUAAUUAAAGCUCCUGUGAGGGUUCUCUAAUAAUUAAUUCAAUUAAUUCAAUCGUGUAAUUAUUGAUGCCUAAAACUGAAGUGAGGGGGUAGGUGUCAGUGAAGUGGCUUAAAAAAGCCCAGCUUUUCAUUUUCCACAUAAAAUAUCAACAAUGAGUGAUCCACUGGAAUGUCAAAGGUCAGAAUGACAAGAUUGUGAGGGUGCCUUAAUUGACAGAAAUGAAGAGUUCCCAACAGGAGCUUUAAUAUCAACGUUUCUUCAGUGUUUGAAAUAUAUGAUGAUCUGUAGAUGGCUUACAGUAACUCCUGAUCGACUCAUCAAGUUGAUAACCAGCUUUGUGUGACUGCUUAGUUUGAUCCUCUGCAUAAAAGAUACUUGGGGUAUGAUGAACUUGCUUAUUCCUCCACAAGGAGGCACCAAAAUGUAAACUAAAAUUCCUCCAGGGACUUUACAGCAGAAAAAUCCUUAAUUGGUGAAAACGGGUUGUUUUUUGUGAUGAAAACAGACAGCAGACAUCAAAAUCAUCUUUCAUAUUUCCUCUGUUUGUCCUGAAAGCAAACUCUUCAAGCUUAAGCAGGGACUAAACUACCUCCAUAUAUCUUUAAGCUGUCUGUCACCUUCGAUACCAGGAACCAGGAACCCCUUUAUAAUCUUAAAAAUAGCAGAAGGUUGAUAUUUUGGUAACAGAGGCUUAAAGGUUCUGGUCUAGUACCCUUUAAAGAACCAUGUAUGACCAAAGACCCUUCACUGUGUGUUCAUAUGGCUGUCUGAGUUUUCUUUAUUGCUGUUGCUAUGUGUGUGUAUUAGCAUGUGUGUGCAAGUAUCUAUGUCCGUCACUGUCUUGGAAGCCAGCCCGGCUUGAAGCCAGAUCCCAGUGGGUAACUUUAGUGUAGCUCCAGGAAGAAGCCUGGAGCUCUGGGUCAUCGUGUCAGAGAGAGCACUUAAAUUUGUGGUUCUUUUAUCACACAUGGAGUUAAAUGCUGUUUUUAAUGAGUAUGGAGCGUCCGAGAGUAGGUCAUACGGCUGCUGCUGCUGCUGCUGGUAAGUUUAUGAUCUCCCACCAGCAGCUCAGAUGAGAGGGACACUCUUCAUAUCAGGUUCCAGGAUAAUUACCGAUUUAUCUGCAGCACGUUCCAGGCAGAGACUCUCUGAGAAAAACAUUUGUCAACAUUUGUUUGCAUUAUCUGCUGGUCUCAGUCUUAGAGGAGUUAAAACACAAGAUAGGCUGAUGAAAAGAAAAAAAAAUCUUUAUAGAUAAACUGCUCCACCUGUUCUCUAGUGUUUUGUGAGAAGUAAACAUCCAAACUAUACUUUGAUAGAGGUGGACUAAAAGUAAAAAAAGAAAAAAAAGAAAGAAAAAUAAACGCUUUUACAAAGAGGACUAAACACAAAUUCAAGUUGUUACACGUACAACUGUCACUCCAAAUCAUCUAACUAAAAAGAUUUCAUCUUUUUUGCAUCAAUUCCUUCUGAAAAUGUUUGGAUUAUUACAGUUUUGUCUAUUUUCUCAACAGUGGAGCAUGAACAGAUUCAGAAAAGGACAUUUACCAACUGGAUAAACGCCCAACUGUCUAAGGUAUGUACAGAUGUCAUUUAUGUAUGAUGGUUAUAUGAUAAAGAAACAAAAUUGAACAAGAUGGAAAAGAGUUUUAACUUGAUUUUGUGGAAAAUGAUACACACACCGACAAAUUUGUAAAAACUCAAAGCUGAAAAGUAUUUGAAUACUUUAACCAAAAGACAAACUUGUUUUUGGUAUCAGCACCAGCAUCAGCACCAGAAAACUGAUUUCAGGCAUCCAUUUGUCAAUAGAUCCAGGUUGUGCUGAGGAUAACUAACAAUAACAAUAACUCAGAUAAAAAUGAUGAAUUCUGUCUACAGAUCAGUUGCAAUACUUGAAAGAUUUGAUGUGAAGAAAGGGUGAGGCGGUGGUGCAAAGUGAGGAAGGAUUAGGAGAAACUGUCGAAUGCUUUGUCGAUUUUUCUUUUGUUUUUGGCUUUUGCAUAUAAUUCAUGUUUUUUAGGAAUUCUGAUUUUUAAGAUUCCAAAACCUCGAGCUAAAGCUUGUGUAAGAAAUGUUUUUCUAGUUCUGAAACAGUCUGUAAUUAAUGCCAAUGCCUCCAUGUGACCAGAGCAUCAAUUAGAAGAUGAAUCAUUUCUCUGAGGUAGUUUUGAAUGACUCUUUCUGCUGCCACAGGGUCAGUGUCAGGUGAGGAGAAGAAAAGCACAAUGCUAAAACUGCCUUUGUUGACUUUUUCCUGGGCAAGGAUUCACAGGAAGUGAGUCUAUAUAACAAAUAGACAUAUUGUCACUCAUUUGUUUAUAAAGUGGAGUUUUGAAGCCUAUUGGUCCUCAUAUUAGGCAUAUAGUAGGUGCCAUGAAAGCCCAGAGCUAUUCAGAACAAAACAAUUUUUUGAAACAGGCUGAAAAGUUUUAAAUUUUUGCUCUGCUUUUUUGACUAUGUGUAGAUGAUACAAGUGAUGUGACAAAAAAGAAAAAAAAACUCAAAAAAGAUUACUUUUUUUGAUGAUUGUAAAAACAGGGCUGUGUCUUCCGCUGACCCCUCUCCUAUCGCUCUAAUUGCAGACUGUUAAAAAGCAUGAUAUGUAGUGGUCAGUCUUGUUGCCGAUGAUCUUGCUUGUGUUUAGAUAUCAUGUAAAAGCAUCAAUAUGAAUUUAAGUCUAUUUCAAUAAGGUCAAAAAAAUCCUCAUAGGAGCUUUAAUCUUCUGUUUGUUUGGAUGACAUUGAGCUCUAAAGAUGUUUUGGAGAUCUCUGCAAAGGAGCGUUGGAAAACUGACUGAUGUCAUGUUGUGGUGGAUAUGUCAUGUGUAAGUGAUAUUAAUUAAGGUGUAAACAUGCUGACUCACUGCUGAGGUGAAGUGAAGCGGCUCACAUGGACCUGAGACACUGAGCAGCUCUCAACUCUCGCCUAAAGUAUAAAUAGAGCCCUAGUGAAGCAGAACAGCAUGUAAUCUGAAUCCUGCCACCUCGUCAUAACCUCAUGCCUGCGCUGUAAAACCACUGGUCCAUAACCUGCCAUCUGCUACAAUAAUCUCCUGACAACCCCAACAUGAGAUACUUCCUUUGUGUCUAGGGGACAGUGGUCCCUGCUGUGAAGCUUUGAAAGGAAGUUUUAAAGCGUGGGAUAAGAAAAUAUGGAGGGUAUAAGAUUUAUCUUUGAAGAGACUCUGUUUUGUUUUAGCUCUUUUAGAUGGUAGCAGAAAACUCUUGUCAAGUAGCCUGAAGAACUGUCUGUUUUGUCUAAAAUAAUGCAGUAAACUGAAAUAAAGUCAAACAGAGACUCUGGGAUACCUGUAUCUAUUUAUUUCUAUGUAUCUUGCAGGUGGAUUGAUGAAUGAGUCAUACCAAAUGUUCUUUAUUUUUACAGAGAUGCCCUCCCACGUUUGUGUCAGACCUCUUCUCAGACCUCAAGGAUGGAUCCCACCUGCUCGACCUGCUGGAGGUGAUGACAGGUCAACCCAUGGUGAGAUGAUAAACAGUUUAUUUGAUCCCAGUGAGCUUGAAUUGAUUCAAACCCUGACAAGUUUGACUCUUGGGCUAGUACAGAGCUUAAAAACAAACACACACACAUGCUGCUGGUGUCACAAAGGAGCCAAUGUUAUGAUUUAUUCCCUCAGAAAAGACAAAGAGGCCGAGGGGUUUUCCAGCAGAGGGCCAACAUCGACACAGCGCUCAACUUCCUGAAGAAAAAAUCUGUAAGAAAACCAACAAACCAAGCCUGUUUUACAGAAGUCUGCAGUUUGAUGCAUGAACAUAAUUUUUAUUUUAUGUUGUAGGUCAAACUGGUUAAUAUUAACAUCCCAGAUAUCAUCGAUGGACGGCCCUCCAUCAUCCUGGGCCUCAUAUGGACCAUCAUCCUCCACUGCCAUGUGAGUGAAAGUGAAAGCACAGCCUGUCUAUAGAGGAUCUGAUGAUUUCAUCGCUCAUAUGUUCUUCUUUCUGUUUCAGAUCGAGGAGCUGGCCAGCACGCUCUCCUACAGCUCUUGUCAUUCCUCCCUUGACUCUCUGACCAGCCUAGACUCCUACUCUAGCAGCCCUAUCCCAGCUAGUCCAGUCCCAGCAGGCCGGACUUCACCUCUGCACAGACGCUUCCGACUAUCUGCCAAGAAGGCCCUGCUCAUGUGGGUCAGGGACCAGUGCCAGAGGUGGGGUUAUCCACCAAACACAGCACAUGUACAACUCCUCCAAGAGCUUUUGGAAGUUUCUGAGUUUCUCUCUCCCUCUAGGGUUGGUUGUUCUCUCAGUGUGAAGGAUUUUAAGAAGAGCUGGAGAAGUGGAGAGGCUUUCUUGGCCAUCCUGUGCUCUCUCAGACCUCAGCUGGUUGAUCUCUCCUUGGUCAAAUCUAGAAGCAACAUAGAGAACCUGGAAGAGGUGUUUCACCUGGCUGAGAGGGAGCUCCACAUUCCCCGCCUGCUGGAGCCCCAGGGUGAGGCUGAUUCAACGCCAAACUUUCCUCACCUACUGCCAUCUUGAUUUUUGCAACCUGCAGCUUCUAUGAAAACUGAUCAAUGAAUGCUUCUGCUCCUUACUAAGCCUGUAUGUUUAUUUAGAUGUUGAUGUUAAAGACCCUGAUGAGAAGUCUAUCAUGACGUAUGUGGCCCAAUUUCUACAAUACUCCAAUGACAUGCCAUCUCCUGAUGACCACCUGCAGGUAGACAACCAAACCAGUAUUUGAGUCAGCCUUGUCUUGCAUAGACACAACAGCAGUGAAACCCAGGACUGCUCUUUUUGCUUGAGUAACUGUGACUAUAAUAGAACCACGGUUUUCACCCUCUCUGCCCAACCUACCACCUCUUUUUUCCUCUAUUCUAUCCGGCGGUUUCGGUGCUGGUGUAGCUGUUUCCUCUGGUCGAGCCCUCCUCUCUUCCACCUCUCAACCUGUCUGCUCACUUUGCUCCAGCAUUUGCUGUCUCACCAUUACGCCAGGUAGCUUCACAAAAAGUUUAAAGGUCCUUCUUUUGGUUUUGGGCAUCAAUGCUUCAAAGUUAAAUGACUAUUUCUGUAUUGAGCUCCCUUUAGUUUGAAAAACAAGUAUACAAUUAUCUGAUAUAUCCCUUUCUGGGUGUCAUACUUACCUUUUGCAUAUGUCUACCAUAUUUAGAGAUGUUUUAAAGUUAAUGUGCUUUGGUAAAGCGCAGGAUGACCUUAAAAUGUUGAAAUUUAGGUUCCUCCGAGUGAGCGAGCCAAAGAAGUGACCAGCUGGCUGCAGCAAACCCACCAGGAGCUGUUAGAGGCACGAACAGCAACAGAAAAUUCGAGCUUCGCUGAAAAGUAUCAGGUAAGGCAAAGACCAAGCAAGAAAAUGAUUUCAAAAACACAGUUUGGACAAAGUUAGUAAGUUGUUUUGAAUUAUUAGGCAUUUCAGAGGCUUGCUGACUCUUUCACUGAGCAACGGAAACCAGUGAUGACCCUCCUUGCUGCCAUAAAACGCUGCCCUGAGCUGAACCAGGAGCAGCGAGCUCUCAGGGCAGCGUGGGAUCAUCUGGAGGAGGAGGUAAGGAUAUCAAUCUCCAGAUCAUUAAGGAACUCUUAAAUUAGACUAAAAACUGUGAAGACCAGAUCCUGUUUGUGUGUGUCUUUUACAGAUGCAGAGAUAUAAAGCAGACCUGGACUUGGGUCUUCCUCCUCCUCUGGACUCAGUGGUUAUGUGGCUGCAGCAUGCAGAGGCAGCGCUGACAGAGGAGGGCGGGAAAGGAAAAGAUCAUGCAGAUGCUGCAAAAGAUGCAAGGACUGGACAAGAUCAAUUAAAGGUUGGAAAAACAUGAACAAAAAAAAGAAAGUCUACAAAGUUUAUGGAGGGGAAUGGGGAGGGUCUUCAGAAUAAAAGCACUUUAGACUUGUUGUGACACUCAAGCGGAUAUUGUUGUUUGCAAUUAUUCUGAUGCUGUUUUUCAGACUUUAAUGAAAGAGAUGAGCCGUCAUGUUAAUACCCUCGAUACCUACAAAAACAUGGACAACUCAGGGAACGUAGUCGUGCCUCUUGAGAAGUUCGAUGAGGUAAAAAGACGGUAAGUGAAACACUUGUUCAAGAUCUUUUUUUAAGAGUCUGAGGCCGGGCUCUUUAUUGUGACCGGGAUCACAGGCUUAUGACUGAGUAAAGCACUUUUAUAUUUCUUUCAUGUAGAACAACUUACUGGUAAGUUCACAAUGAUCACACACCAGCUUCACACUCUGUACACUUACAACAACGUCUGACAACUGCCAGACAUCUGCUGCUCAGAGCUGCGCAGAGGAGUUGAUUUACAACAGUUGAAACAAAUUUCACAGUUAAUAUUCUUCUUACUGAAAAGCAGCUGGUUCUAAAAUGAAUGAAUGAAUACUUGGUUGUGCACAGCUCUUAUGAAGGGGCUUGAGCUGCAGUCGGCCUCGGCCUGAUUUAAGGUCAUCCAGAGGAGGAAUUGUUGUCAUGACUGAAGAGUUUGCGAGUGAUGAUAUUUGUAAAUACUUUAAGUUCUGUUGUGAAUGAGCAGUUUUUGCAAUGCGUUCCAUUUGCGUUUUUCUCCAAAUGAAUGCAAAAUGGCCCAUGCACUGGUGCUUAGUGACACUAUUUCUUUGACAGUGCAGUUUUUGAAGCAUUGAAACAUUUGCAUAAACUUUGUGAAUUUGAAAAUGUCUUUUUGACUCAUUUGCACUGUAUCUGUGAGCAUUAAAGGGAUAUUCCGGCAUAAAAUUAAUUUAGGGUCAAACACCCCGUAACACCGAGUUGGACACCCUGUCGAGAGAUGAAUGUUGCCGACUGCUUGCUUCUUUAGUUAUACCAACUUUAGUAACGACCGCACAAUAACAAUACAGAGAGCCAUGCACUCAACCAAAAAGCCACUCUAUAGCCACAAAUAAUGCUCAGAACAGCACCUAACUUCAUCAACAGUACAUAUAGGGUCCUAGCCAUGGUAAUAGCCAUCUAAAAUGUUUUAACGUUGCCUGGUUUCUUUAGCAAAGAGACUAAACACAACUCACCCACUCUCCUCCAGCAGCCACUCAUUUGUGGGGGAGCCCUGACGGGCCAGUCCAUUAUGGACUGCUACGGGGUGACGCAGCUCAAGGAAGAACAAUUAUGAAUGCAAUCAGACUGAAAUGCUGAGGCAGAAGAACUACCGUGUCUGCAGUGCAAAAUGAUUAAUAUGAUGAUUAGUACUUCAAGGAAAUGAUAAAAAAAUUAUCAUAUAUGUUCUUCCUUGAGCUGCGUCCCCCCCGCUGCAGUCGAAGGACUCGCCCAAGGUCUCGCUACAAACAAGCAGCUGCUGGAAGAGAGUGGGUGAGUCGUGUUUAGUCCCUUUGUUAAAGGAACCAGGCAAAGCUAUAAAGAUGUUUGAUGGCUAGUGCUAUGGCUGGGACCCUAUAUGUACUGUUGAUGAAGUUAGGUGCUGUUUUGAGCAUUGAGAGUGACUUUUUGGGUGAGAGCGUGGCUCUCUGUAUUGCUAUUAUACGGUCCUUACUAAUGUUGGUAUAACUGGAGAAGCAAGCGGUCAGCAAAAUUCAUCUCUCGAGGGGGUGUCUAAUUCGGUGUUAUGGUGUGUUUGACCCUAACUUCAUUUUACACCAGAAUAUCCCUUUAAAAGCCACACAAUCCCUUUGGGAAUCAGCUCUUGACUUUGCCCAACAAUAUGAACAAUCCUUAAACAGAGAGACAUUGAUAUAAAGCCCUCCCUCUAAUACAAGCCUGUUUCAAAUAAAAAACCUGGUACCCUAACCCACAGUAUAAACAAAAGACCGGGCUUCCAUUGAAAGAUUUACAGUGAAUUAAAAGUGCAUCAUGAUUCCAACAAAUGACUCAUACAAUGAUUUAACGUCUUCUAUACAGUCUAACUGAUGUCCGAGUCACAGCCAAGUAUCAAGGGAUCAAGCUAGAAUACCAGGAAUCUCGUCACACUGUGCUGGAUCUCCUGGGUCGACUUCAUGACAAAGUCCAGGCCUGGAAAGCCCCCUACAGAUCCCAGGAGACAGUGAUUCAGCUUCUUCAGGACUGGCAUGUAAAUAUCUGACAGAGCAAGAUAAAAAACCUUAACAAACCCAUAAUUUCACACCGUUGUUGUAAGGAAAAUAUGUGUGAACAAAGGAACUUGCAAAGAACUCAGGAGAGCAAACUGAGAUUUUUGGCCUUGGCUGAGAACAGUUGACCAGUUUUUCAAAUAAAUAGUUGAAGAGAUUGUGAAAACAACAACAAAAACCUACAGGAGUGAUGAGUUGUUGAUGUGUUUUCCAGGAGACAGUGGAGCGCCAAGGCCUGCUUCUUAUUCUAGUGGACGCUCUCCAAAACCUGAAGGAGAAGUUGAGCGUCUACACCAGCAAAGCAGCUCUAAGUAUGACAUCAAAACAAGCCUGCAACUAGACUUCCCUUGUUUCCCUAAGACUUGACCUUUGUACACAUCUCCUUCCUCCAGGUGAGGAUUCCCAGCUUGUUACUCGCCAGGUGAAGGAAGCAGAGAGUGAAGCAGCAAUGAUAAAGCAGGCUGUGACCACUGUGAAAGGGAUGAUGGAGAGAGUGGUAUCUGCGUGGGUGACCUACUACAGCUGCAUGACGUCUCUUCAAACGUGGCUGGCCCGGAAAAUAGAUGAACAUGACCAGGUACUUCAGCCUGUUUGACCAAGAACUGGCCAAGAGUGACCUUAAAUAAUCAAAACUUACUGUUUUAAUGAACCCUUUUCUGACAAUCACUCUGUAAUGUGAUUCCUGCAGGAUAUGAGUGAGAGGGCUUCAUGUCAGGCCAAGUUAAAUGAGGCGGGAAACCUGCUCAUCGAAGUGACCGAGUCUUCAACCAGCCGUGUUUUGGCAGAGCAACUCAGCAAAGUUAACAUGCAGUGGGCUGAACGCAUGAAGAAAAAGUUUGUGAGUGGAACAGACUUUCUGUGGAAUUAACGUAUAUAAAGUGAAAGAUGAUUUAAAAAGGUUCAUAGUUGAAUUUCUACUGAGGCUUUUUUCCUUGGAUGUUUAAUUUCUACAUAAUAAAAAUUUAAAAAUACAACAUUAAAGCCUGUUCUUGACUUUGUGUCCCUUUCAGGAAGCACCCUCAGAGUCCACUUCUAGCCUCCUGUGCCCUCAAAUGGUGCAUUCACUGACCCAGGAGGCCAGCUUGUUGCUAAUACAGCCACUGGAGGUGGCUACAGUCCCUGUGAAAGCUACCAGAAAGAAACUACAAGUGAGUAAAGAAAGAGAAAUGAUUACUGAAGUAUACUAAGGUUGAGGUUCUUCCUAUACUCAUCAUACUUUCUUUUUAUCAGCUGCUGAGUAAGAAGAUGACUGAGUUGGACCCCUCAACUUUAAGCCCAUCUAAAGACUCCCAAAUUCCUCAGGUGCUGCACGAGUUCUAUUACUGUGAUAAAUUUAUAUUGAUUAUAUGUCUUUCCCAUCACUGUUUUCUGUUCCUCUGCACUUAAACUCAGGAGAUGGUUCAGCUCUGAUUUUUUUUUUUUUAAUUUGUGCUGCAGAUGCUGGUAGAGGCAGAGCAGACCUGUGAGGAGCUGCAGAGGGCUGCAUCCAUAGUGGAGGGCCAUCUGGCUGAGCUGGACCGCUGGAGCACAGAGGCCAUGGACUGCUACCUAAAACUGAAGGAGAAGGAGCAGAGAGGACGCCCUGCAUUGGAGUCUCAAGCCAAAGUCAGUAAAGCUAAACUAAUUUAAUCAGGCAAUUGAAUGGAUUCUUGAUGAUCGUAUUUUUAUGAUUGUAGGGAGCUGUAACUGUAGUUGAAAUCUUAUCAAUGGUACAGCUCUGCCUCUGAGGUGUUAAAACCACACCAGUGUUUUAUGUUGGGACUUAAAAAGACAAACUACAAUGUGGAUAACACUGUAUGUCAUGUGAUUUCUUCAAGUUCCUGAUCUCUCGAGGUUCACAGCUUGAAAACCAGGUUGUGACUGAAGGACAGGAUCUCCAGGAUCUUGUGGAACGAGUGCAGACAACCUCUCCUCUGCAGCAUCUCAGCACCUCUGCUGUACAGGACAGGAUCUCAGAGGCAGUCGCACACUGCCAGGUGAGCUGGUUCUGAAGGUAAUCAUUGUGUGGUUAACUCUUUUUUAGUAAUGAUGUAUUUGCUUCAUAUUUUAGGAAAUUCUUGAAAUGUUCAGCCCCCUUGGGUAUCAGCGACCCCGUCAGACACAGGCUGGAUCAAUUGUUGUCGCCAGAACCAAACAUGUUGACCAGGUUGAGAAUGUCCUUCUGAAAACCCAGGACCCAAACCAGGUUUCAGCAGAGUUUCCAUCCCAGGUGCUUCAACAAAGGACUACAGGACUGCAGAAUUCUAACUCAAAGGAUCAAGCAACUGUUGUCAUGCCUCUGCUGCCAAAGCCUUUAGUUGAGCCUGUACCUGAACUUUACUGUCCUCCCCCUCAAACUGAAUAUGAUACAACGAUUCCACCCCAGUCAGUUUCUACAUCCCAGGGCCAAGCUACAGGUCCAAGACAAAGUGAUCAACCAUCUUCAACAAGUCCAGUUCUGCACAAGCCUGAAACAAGUCCGGUCUCAUCAGAAAGAGGAAGCCCGUCCCCGUCACAACCAAAUAUAUACAAAGCCAGAAUAAGAAGCCAAACAACCACUCCACCCACUGAGAAAAAACCUCCUCUGCCACCGCUCAUGGAUCAUAGCGAGGUUCAUUCAAAAGCCCAGUCCAUGGCAAAGAGCAGACUGCUGAAGGCCCGGAGUCAGCUACAGGGACGCAUCCAGCAAGCCAUCCAGUUAUUUGGAGGACGAGAACUUUCAGGGUCACAAGUCAAAAAGAAACAGGUAUGAUUUAAAAACAGGAUUACUGUCAUCUUUAUUUUCUUAAUUUGGCCUUUAAGCAAAGAAGAAAUAAGAAAUAAGUCUGGAGUUUACAACAAUGUGCUUUCAUUAAAAAUGUCCCAAAUUUAAGCUCUAAGUUUGAGAUGUUUUCAACCCUUGCCUCUUGAAAAGGUUGAAUGUCGCCUCAUUGUUUGUAAAAGCAUAAACUGCUUUUCAUGUUGCCGCAUCCAGGCCUUUGGGUCCCAAAAUCUCUCCUCAGACCUCGAGUCCAGCCUCCAAAGCUUUGUGGUGUUUUGCUUUACACAGCUGCCUGUCUUGUUUGUCCAGUUUUGUCCAGCUUCAUACGUCUUCUGUCUGUGCAGAGAGCUUUAAAGGUUCUGCAGCCCACUGUCCUUGAGGAGUUCCUGGGUGCUGUGGAGGGUUUUGGGGCCUUUUGCACAGAGCCUCAACUCCAAGAACUGAUGCUCCUGUCUGAAUCGGUCAGGAAACAGUGGGAGGUAUGCAAGGGAUUUGACUCAGUAGACCUACACAUCUGCUAAAAUGUUUAAGCCAACUCUGUCAUGGACAACGGUUUGGUUAGAUGUUAGAAGUAGUCUUUAGGCUGAAAAAUAACAGUGUAUUGAAGUACUCCAAAAUAAUCCCUUUAAGGUCCCAUAUUAUGCUUCUUUUCAGCAGAUUCACAUAGGUCUCAAAGGUCCCAGAACAGUCCAUUUGAAGUUUGUUGUCUAAAAACCCAGUUUUUUCCUGGACUUCAGCCAGCUUGAAAACUCUCUCGAGUAGUGAGCUCUACCGAGAACACGCUGUUUCUGAGUGCUGUGCCUGUCCACACCUCUAUUGUAAACCACGCCCCCCUCUUUCAGAGAAACAGGGAGGGGUGUGGCUUGCACUAUGGUACCAUGCGCUAAUGUUUACACAGAAUGCUAGGGCUAGGGCUAGCCAUACCAGUUUGAUCCAGAGUCUGACCUAGAAGGAGAGGCUCCUGAAGAAAUUCUAACUCUGUGGCUGCAGCAGGAUGUUUCUGAAUAGUUAGUUACAAAUAUUAUGUGUCUCCAUAUUUUCUUUGUACUUUGUUGGUGUGUUGGUACCAUAGACUGAAUAUACUAUGGACAACUUGGUUCCCGCCAGUAUACGGAUUUGAAGCCAAAAAGCUCUCGAUAUUUCUGUGAUUUUUCUUCAUGUCCUGAAACCAGCAUUGUGCAGUAGCAUUGUACGCAUUCAGACGCUCAGCUCAAAUGGCGUAUCCCCCGGGUGAGCUACGCAAUCCCUGAACGCCAAUAGGCUGUAUCAGAUGUCAAUCAUAGAAAACAUGAAUCCCCUAAUAACUUUAAAAACGGAGCUUCACAGAAAAAAGAGGACUUGAGCACAAACCAGUAUUACUGUUACUACAAGUCAACACCGCAAGCAGGGGAAAAAAAAAUUGUGUUCUGUGUAAUAAAUUUCUAAAGUUUGUCCACAGCCCCAUAAGCUUUUCUGGUGGAGGCGGGAUUCAUGAUCUAUACUGCAGCCCGUCAACAGAGGGUGCUGUCCUCUGAGUGGCUUCACCCAGCAAGGAGGCAGAUGCUGUCUAUUCUAUAUACAGUCUAUGCUUGGUACACAGUGACUUACAUGUAGCUAGGUAACAUUAGCUCCUGCUAAUGGUUACAUCUCCGCUGUCUCCUCGUUACUUGAAGCUCUUUUGCUGAAUGUACGAUGCUGUGAGAAUAGUUAUCUCGAUAGACGAUGUUCUUGCAGUCUACGGAAACAGACUUCUGUGCUGCUUCGUGCAGCCAACAACGGAGCAACUGCUGUGCCUUGCUCGUACCUUCGCCAUUUCGAACCAGUGUUUGUGAGGGACAAAAAUAGUGUCAGAGUGGAAAUUUUCAGGGGGCAGAACAAACAUCUUUGGCAGGGUCACCAACCUGGAGGGGAGGAGUUAUCGCCAUCCAUGACGUCAUGGAAAGCAAUAGUUUCAAUCCGCCCGUUUGAGGAGACAUUUUCUGAAAGGUUGGAACAAGCAAGAGAGGGAGAGGAUAGAAUUUUCUCAUUUUGGGGAGUUUGUAGACAGGUUGGGAAUGCAUAUUAUUGUUAGAAAACCAUUCUUAAAGGGAAUUUUGCAUAAUAUGGGAUCUUUAAUGUACCUAAUUUGAAUGCUUUUUGGAGUGUUUUUAACGUUUUAAAUAUUCAAAACCAAUAACCUGUUAAACUGUUAAAUGUGGAGAUAUUGGUCGCCCUCUUAUCAAUCCUUAUAUAUUUCCCAUUAAGCAAGUCCAUCAACCAUCAAAACAAACCACCACACUAGCAGCAUACCGCAAAUACCUGUCCAAGCACUCCAACUACUAGCAGAACUUCUGUCCAAAAAGACAAUAUUAUUAAAAUGAUCAGGUUCAAGACAUUAUGCUAAACCAUUGUUAUUGACUCCUGACUGUUCCUUCAUAUGAUGGACAAAAAGGACAAGAAAAACAAACAAACAAACAUGAUUUAGUCAUGGUAAUAGUUUGGUUAAACUUUGGUAAAAGUUUUUAAGAGAAGAAUAGAAGAGUCAGUUUAACACACAUACUUGUUCUUUUAUAAUGUUGCAUGAUGACUCAUUAAGUGUCUGCUUAUGUGCGUCUUACCCAGGAUGUGUGCAGAGACAUGUCUGCCUUUGUCCCUGUCUUAUGGUCUAAGAUCAGAGAAGGAAAACAGCCGGUCUCUGCUAUGCAGUGUGAGACUCAAAAUGACAAUUUGCACGAUGCACAUGACCGAACUCACCCUGACUGUUUGAUGCUGCAGCAGCAGGUAUUUGUAUUAACAUCUGCAUUAACAUCUGGAUGUGUCGUGUUUGAUAGUAUGAGUGUUAAUUUAGCAGGAUGGAUCAAAAAGCCAAGAAAUGAAGAUCCUUUUUGAUAUUGUUAAUCUUCCUCUCAGGCUGUCAUGGAUGAAGCUGCGUCUGUGGCGGAACAGGCUGAAUUACUCCAGGAGCUGGGCAACACACUAACUCAAACAGAAUCUGCCUGUUUAACAACAGACGAGCUGAGGGAGUCUGAUAACGUACAAGAAACAAGAUCUAGUGCCAGGCUGCUGCAAUCUGACAGGUGAGACCAUGCUGUGUACUUCUUUACAUCUCUUCUUGUUUUUCUGGUUCAAAAUGCACAUGUGAGCAUUUCUGAGCUUUGAGCAGAAGUUAAACUCCAUGUUUUACUAAAGCAGACAGCCUAUCUAUUAAGGUUAGUCACUCUGUAAUCCUUCAGGUCUAUUAAACUUAAUGAGACGGCUACAGGACUGAGUGGGUCUAACUGACUGACCCCGAUUUACCCCCCUGAUAACCAUUUCUUAACUCAGCAGGGGACUGCAGCUCAGGGUAAACACCCUGCUGAGGGCGACUGGCACACUGGCUGACACACAGCAGAGCGACAGUCUCCCACAGAAGCAAUGCACUGAUAGCCCACAACAAGAACUGUCACCCAUGGGCGGCACGGUGUCAGCGCAGCCCUGCAGUGAUACCUGCAGGGUUCAAGCUCAUGAAGUGCCAGCAGAGAGUGAAGAUGACCUGAGACGGAGUAAAAGCCAAGCCGAAUCUGGGAGGGCUCUUAAACCUGCUCUACGAGCCAAAGAGCAGCAGCUGACGGCUCGUCUGCUGCACAUCACAGAGAGCAAGCAGCCGACCCAAACUCAGAUCCAGGUAUGAAGAGCACGCUCACUUUAAUCAGGUUCAUGUCUUCAUAUUAUCAACCUUGUAUCAGCAGAGUCAAAGCUCCAUCUUUCAAAUGGAAAUAAUUAAAGUAUGGGUGUUUAAAAGUUUAAAGAAUAUGAAUCCACUUUUAAUGUUGCACAUGCUGAGAAAGAUUAAGAAGAAUUUUAAAUUGUACUUGAAGGCAAAAUCUUAAAAUUUAAGUGAAAAAAGAUAAACAUAUAAAAAAUACCAUAGGCUAAUACCAAACUUACACAAUCAAAGAGUAAUCUUACAAGAUUAAUGUGAUAAAUUGAUAAGAAUUCCUGCACUAAAUUAAUUCAAGUGGAUCUUGUUGUGAAGUUAAACUCAAUAGGUGAGGGCAAACAUGGAUUGAAGAAGCAUAAAACAGCUGCCCGUUCACCUGCCUGUCACUAUAACAAGCUCAGUAUCUUCACAGUGAAGUCAGAAUCCUGAUUCUUUUGCUGAUUUGGUGCCGAUGUGCUAAAGCAGUUGAAGAAUAACUUCACAAGAUGCUCUAAAUUCCUCAUCUUAGUUCAAGCUGCUGUGGGCGGCUUCUCUGCCCUGUCCCUUCAAAACAAAAUAAAGACAAACCAGCCGAUAAAGUCUUUAAAUUCAUAAUUUGAAGGUGGGGUAGGCAAGAAUCCGUUAAAGAAGCAUCUUUUUUGUGGUGUAUAUACAAAAAGCUUUUAAUAUCAGUCAAUAGCUAUUAGUUAUUGAUGACAUUUGGUAAUAUAACGAUAUUGCUGUGUCUUGUCAUAUCUGUGUAGUCAUCAUUUUAAAGUUUUUGAGCGGCCCGCUCUCUCUGACUGUAAACAAAGCUGUUCUCUACUUCCCCAACCUGAUUGAUUUUGAGGUAGACGCUGCUCCCUCGUGUUGUGAGGCACUCUCCACGUCCUCGAAUAAUGUGCAUGAGCCUAAACAAAGCUAGCAUGCUACAAUAUCAGACAGUAGAAACCAACCACAAAUAAGUCUGAAUCCUCCUUUGGCCACGACUGCCAACACAAGCAAGUGUUGGCAGAGACUCUGGCGAAAUAACGGGCACUUAAAAAGGAGGUAGACCACCCAAACAAGAGCUAAAAAGCUGGGUCAACAUCAGUGAAGCAUAAACAAUGGGGGACGCUUAUGUCUUACAGACCCUGUAACCUUUCUGCUGGACAGGUAAACCAUUCUAACAAAGUAAGCCAAGAGUCUGUAACAGAAGAGUUUUAUGUCAAACAGGACCUGCUGUGUGUCAUAGCGCUGCUAAACAAUCAAUCUCGGGUCCUGGAGUAUGUCACUUUAUCCUUGUUGUAAAAGUCCUGCAAACGUUGUUUGCUGGUAGUCUGUUGGCGUCUACAGUAACACCAAUACUGUUUACUUUCACAUUGACUGGGCCCCAUUUGUAAUUAUAUGAAGUAUUUAUCUGCAGAAUAUCUGAAUUUAAUUGAAACGAUACAAGCAAGUAGGAGCAUCUGUUUGUAGGCGGGGCUUGCUGGAGCAGAGAGGGAGGAGAGAGGAGGAGCUGAAGGGAAAACUGGUUAGGAGGGGUAGUGUUUACAUUCAAGAUUUGUCCCAAAAACUGGCACUAACUAGAAAUCAUUAAAGUUCAAGUUAUGACUCUUGAAAACUCUUCACAAGACCUCCCUAGAAACCAACAGGAGGCAUCGCUGAGACUGUGUAGCUAAAGAGGGCAUUUCCUCCUAUGCUCAAGGUUUAGAUUGAACUCAUGCUGUCAUGUAAGCUCAUGUGGGCUGGGCAUAUAAAUACAUAUAUGACAAAAAUACAGAAGCUCUCUGCAGAGCAUCUCUGUGUAAAAAUGUAAUCAUUGAAGAUAUGUCUUCUAGUAUAACGUAAAUAAAUAGGAGAUAAAUCUCCCUGACUGCAUACAUUGCAUUAGCCUUAGUGCUGCAAGCUAGAUUAAACCUCAGCAGUCUCUUUUCUGGUGACCUGUGGAAGACACAGCAGCAGCUGCAGGGUGCUAAUCCUCGGUAAUUGGAUAGGCUCCCCGCUCGAUCUUUCCCUCUUCUCUGCACUGGACAGUUACUAUGUGAGUCUCCCAUCUCCCAGACUGUUGUCAGGGGCAACACUGUGGAGACCAAGCAGGAGCCAGAGUGGACUGUCAUCCCGGAAUCAGCAGCACAGCCACAGGAAGAGGACUCUGUUGAACAGGAAGCUCUAGAGAGGUGAGGUCUGUUUGUGUUGGUGAGCACAGAAACGUGAUCCUGAACAGAAAUGCAUAAAUUAUAGGCUUUAUCUGAAUCAGCAGAGUCCUUUUAGCAUGACUGUUACAGACAUUUUGACCUGUUUGAUCUCAUCCAAACAGCAACACUGCUCUAAACAGUUGGUUUUGUAUGUUGUUUAAUACAGAAAAAUAUGAAUGAAAGUCACUUUUGAGUUAUACCUCCUGCCACAGAGCUUACACCUGGCUCUGACUCCUGCUGCUGAGAAACUCCUCUGUCACAAAAACAUGUAAAUCUUUGACUUCAGGUACAGAAAGAGCUGCUCUGAAUUUGAGACCAAGCUGCAGAAGAACAAACAACUUUUCGAGGAUUUUAUCCCAGAACCAGUGAACGUCUCCAACCUGCAGAACCACAAGAAGCAACUAGAGGCAAGCUGCAGCUCCAUGUUAUCACUUUGCACUCAUACAUUUAUGUGAUGAAAAUAAUGUCACACUUUGACCUAAAACUGUUCAAAUCCUGCUGUUAGAGCUCUGUAUCUCCUGUACUUUGCUGCCUCUCAGUGCAGGUUGACAUGAUAAGUCAUAUUUCAUAUCAGCAUGCAGAGUCAAACUUCCCCACACACCUGAUAAAAGUUGUGAUUGCUCUCUAAUCCCCCCUCCUCCACAGACUUUAAAACAGGAAACGGCUGCACUGUGGUUGGAGUGUGAGUUCCAGCAUGCCCGGCUGUCCCGGAGCUCCCAGCUGAUUACUCGCAGAGAUAAAGGUGAAGCGGUGAGAGGCUGGGAGCAGCUGACUCAGCAGUGGAGAGAUCAACAAAUGUGCUUACAGAGCAGGUAGGGUUCAGCUCUUUUAAAGGGAUAGUUCUAUUUUUUUUUCUUUUGAAGAGGAGUUGUAUGAGAUAGUGCGCUGCCAGAAACCAGGAAGACAACUGGCAUGGGAGCCAGACUAAACAGUAAAUACUGCUGCAUUGGGGGUCAGUUUUGCUACAUAGUUGUGCUAAUUAGAAGAAUUCCACAACCAGGCACUAAUGUGAGUGUUAAUAAGAGCCCCAUACAACCUAAAAAAAACAAACAAACAAACAUAGAAAUAGCCCUUUAAGUCUUAAAAACACGCAAGGUUGGUUUGGGGGAUUAUUUCUUAACCUUGUUCUUGGGAUGUCCUUCUGAGAGGGUCCCCAGAGAUCUCAACAUAGAGCGUCUGUUGUUUUGUGCAUUUUUGUCAUAUUUCAGAGUUUUACCUACAGUUGGAGUUGAUUAAAAAUCAUAUUUAAGUUUUAAACUAAAAAAGAAAAAACUUAUUCCAAUAAUCAAAGAGAGUUUUUCCUUGGCUUCUUUCAGGAUGACGUCUCUGGAGAACACUGCUGAUCUUCUGGAGUCUGCAGACGCUCAGAUAGAUCUGAUGACAGAAAAACUGGACCGCCUCAUCAGAAAGCCUGUGGACAUCUCCUUGACCCUGACUGAGCCUGGAUUUGUUUCAGAUUUACAGGUGCAUCUUUGCUUUUUUCAGACUUCUAGUUUUCUAUUUUUUAUGCACUCACAUUAAGAUAAUUUACUUUUUCUUUCUUUUUUCUCUAAUAAUGUUUUAGAGAAAAAAGCUCAUCUGAAGAGUUUAAACUUGCUCUGAAAUGGGCUGAAAUUUACAUAGAUACCUCUUAAAGAAGUACAUCAGUGUUAUUAACAACAUCAUCCACUUCUAAAAAGGGAUUUUUAAUGUCUGAAACUGCUGCUGCUGGGAAGGUGUGAGGAAAAGUGAUUCGAUUUAGGCUUCAGAAACAGCUUUUGCUUAAUAAUUCCUGAUAAUUAAUAUAUAGACUGUUAAAAAACAAAGAUGAAGAAGUAAGAAGAAACACUUUGUCCACAGUUACAUACAGGAACUUUAAUAUGGCUGUAACUUUGAUUUUGUGUUUUUUAAGUAGGAUAACUAUUAUAACUUCCAAUACGUUCGGACAGAUAAAAAUGCAAACAUCAUUAUUGAUCCCUCUUUUGUGACCCAGGAGAUAGAUGACAGCCUGCAGUCUGAGCUGAAAAAGCUCUCUGAUGAGGAAAGAUGGAGGCUGGAAGCCACAUUCCCAUCGUCCCUCUACCAGGCUUUCCAAAACAACGUCCAUCAUCUUAAGCAGCUACGACAGCGACUGGAGAAGGUUCAGACAGCUGCCCGGGCCUUGGACCACUUCCUGAUCUCAGUGAGGGAAGUCAAUGCUGAGAUCCCAAAGCAGGACCCAGACAGGCAGCAAAACGAGGCAGACCGGGAGAAGGAGAGACGGUCUUGGCAGCAGAAGUUGCAGACAGCUGCAGAACAAGCUGACGGCACUCUGAAGGCAGCAGGGAUGACUCUGAACAUGGAUGGUUCGACAGUGAAGUGCCAGGAUGUGGUGACAUCAUUGUCCUCACAAGCUGUGGAGCAAGAUCUGAUAAAAGCCAAGAUAAAGGAGAUAUUACUGAUUGGACUGAAAGACAAACAGGAAUCUGAGGAUCUUAAUACUAUGGAAAUACAUCAGAUGAAGAUUUGGGAUGAUUCACACCAACAGGAGGAGGAGCGAGCAAAGGAGCAGGAGCAUUCAUCCCCAAGUGUAACAGAAGAGGAGUCUGAGUUAGAGGACAAAAAGAGCAGACUGGAAGGAGAGAAUGAAACAAAUGUGCAGAAAGAGAAAGAGCAAAAGACUCAGACAGUGAAACCUAACGGGGAAGCAACAAAAGUGAAGAACGGAAAAAGAAGAAGAGGAAGAAGCAGCCAGAUUAAGAGAGAGGAGGAGGAGAGGGAGAGUUUGGACCAGAGGAGAGCUGCACUGUUAGGAGCACUGAAGGAGAUCAAGGGAGCAGCUGAGCAGCUGGGGUUACAGGAGGCAACACUGCCGGCUCUGCAACAAAGGUAAUCUUUUUGAAUUUAACAGGAAGAGGCAGAAGGAUAUAUGAAGAGACUGACAUCCGAAUUCCUCUACUGACUAUUCCACUAAACUGCUUUAAAGGGAUAAAAAGGGAUAAAGGAAUUUGGUCAAACACACUGUAACACCGAGUUAGACACCCCCUCGAGAGAUGAACGUUGCCGACUGCUUGCUUCUCUAGUUAUACCAACUUUAGUAACGACCGCACGAUAGCAAUACAUAGUAGUCCACAUCUCCCUGUGCAAACCUUAAUCAAAAAGCCACUCUAUAGCCACAAAUAAUGCUCAGAACAGCACCUAACUUCAUCAACAGUACAUAUAGGGUCCCAGCUAUAGUACUUGCUGCCAAACAUCUUUUAUCCUUUGCCUGAUUUCUUUAGCAAGGAGACCAAACACGACUCACCCACUCUCCUCCAGCAGCCGCUUGUUUGUGGGGGAGCCCUGACGAGUCGAUCACCGAGUGCAGCAGAGUUUCUCAGAGUUUGCAGCUCAAGGAAUAACUUUUCUGAUCAUUACUUCACCGAAAUGCAAUCAGACCGAGACGCUAAGGCAGAAGAACUUCUGUGUUGCAGUGUAAAAUGAUUAAUAUGAUGAUUAUUACUUCAAGGAAAUGAUUGCUUGAGAAGCAAGCAGUCUGCAACAUUCAUUUCUCGAGGGGGUGACUAACUCAGUGCUACUGUGUUUGAGCAUGAUUUAAAUUUACACCAGAAUAUCCCUUUAAAUGGUUAAAUCUCAAAAACAAAACAAACAGGGGAUGUAGAUUUAAAGUAUUCUCUGUGAUUGAUGUUUGCUAACAAUCAAUUAAUGAUGAUUCAUGACAAAGAAACUCAUCUGCACCUGCAUGUUUCACUUCCCUUGCUCAAAGUCUUGCUGCUGUAUUGUGCAGUAUUUGGUUUGUUGGUGUUGUAGAACUCCAGGACAACAAUUACUCCUUGCCAUGAAUACAAACAAUUGUCUCAUGCAGGAAACGUGCCUUGAAAGAGCUGCAGAGCCGACUUUCUGACCACCUUUCUGAGCUGCAGAAGAUUCAAGCAGCAUCCCUGCAGUCAGGAGUCACAGGUGGAAGUCAAACCAGAGAGGAGGAGGAGGUCAUGAAGGAGACGAUGAAGGCUGCCAAUGAACGGUAACAACAUGAGUUUCUGUUUUGUUAUUUAUUUAUUUAUUUUUUUUGUUAAACUGCUUCAUCAAGUCAUUUUGGAGAGUCUGAUGCAUGUGCUUGUUAUAUAAUGUGUCACAUCCAGGCUGGAGCAGUGUAACGUCUCAGCUGAGCUGCUGAAGAGGUUCCAGAUCAUCCGCGGUGAGCUAAGCGGGACUCUACAGAGAGCAGAAGGCACCAUCAGCGAACAGGCCUCCUACAUGGGGAAGGACAACCUGCAGAGACUGCACACUAAGGUAUGGUUUCAACCCACUCUUUCUGAAGAUGGUGAAAGAAUCAACUGAAAGACUGUUUUUGUGUCAGGUCCAGGACUCGAAAGCAGAGCUGAACGGGCUCGGGGACAGAAUCGAAGAGGUCCGGAGUGUCUGCAGGCAGCUUCACACUCACCUCCGUCAGAUCCCAGGGUGCACCAUCAUCCCCUUUGACGCUGAAGCAGAUGCUCUCAUGGAUCGCUGGCUGGAUGUGAGUCGACUUACUUUAAAGUUUGAAAUCACUCAUCAUUCUUCUCAUUUUGUUGUUUUUGUGUAUUUUUUACUCUCUUGACUUUACAAUAAGCAAACACGAUAUUUCUGUUAUUAUCAUUUAAUGCAGUCAAACCAGUUUUCAAAGCUCUCAGUAUGUUCCAUCAAGUCUUGUGUUGAUUUAUGUGAAUGAGUCUCAUUUACUUACAGAUAUCUGAGAGAACAGACUCUCACCUGGAAAACCUCCACCUCGGCCUGACUCUGUGGGAGGGGGUCCUCCACCUGGGAGCAGAGGUGGAGCUCUGGACCUCCAAUAAACUGUCAGUGUUUGCUGAGUCCCCGUCCUUUCAGACAGAGGAAGAUAUCACAGCUUUGCAGGUAAAAACUUUUCUCACUCUGUAAUUUGUUUCUCAGAUUUGGGUCUGUCUGAGCCCCUUGAUUACUACAGCUGCUUUAAACGAUGAUCAUCUCCCCUAAACGUGUCCAGAAUGAGAUUUCGACUCAAGAGGAGAACAUGGAGCGUUUCCACAGGAAAGCGGCUGAGAUUCAGGUGCUGCUUCAGAACGCAGAGGCCCCUCUUGAGCUCCAGGUACAGCGUGGGGCUUUGACUUGGUUUUCUGUUUGGAGUUCAGGUGUUUUGGGUUUACAAAGAGCUGCUUUGACAGACAAUUACAACACAAAUACAGUCUGCUGCUGUGAUUUAAUGAUUUUUCGGUUUGUUAGCAUUUCAUUUUUACUGAUAAAAGGGAUAUUCUGGCGUAAAUUUAAGUUAUGGUCAAACACACUGUAACACUGAGUUAGACACCCCCUCAAGAGAUGAAUGUUGCCGACUGCUUGCUUCUCUAGUUAUACCAAUUUUAGUAAUGACCACACAAUAGCAAUACACAGCAGUCCACAUCUCCCUGUGCAAACCUUAAUCAAAAAGCCACUCUAUAGCCACAAAUAAUGCUCAGAACAGCACCUAACUUCAUUAACAGUACAUAUAGGGUCCCAGCUAUAGUACUUGCCGCCACACAUCUUUUAUCCUUUGCCUAAUUUCUUUAGCAAGGAGACCAAACACGACUCACCCACUAUCCCCCAGCAAGUCACUUGUUUGUGGGGGAGCCCUGACGAGUCGAUCACCAAGUGCAGUGGAAAAUUUAGGAUUAUUACUUAAUGGAAAUGCAACCAGACCGAGACACUAAGGCAGAAGAACAACUGCAUCUGCAGUGCAAAAUGAUAAUUAUGAUGAUUACUAAUUCAAGGAAAUGUGUGUUUGACCAUAACUUAAAUUUACACCGGAAUAUCCCUGCAGCAUAUUAUAACUGAAUGUGAUUUUGAGACUGUUGGGCAGCACUUUGCUUGUGCACAUGCCAACAAUCUAAACACAACUUUGCAAUAAAUGAGUGAAUCUUGAUGCAGUUUUAUGUGUUAUUUAAAGAGCAUUUAUAAAACAGGGAUGCAAUGAUCAGCUGGAGAGACAACAAUCCUUUUCACUGAUUUCAUCUUGUCUAGGUUGUGGAGACCCAGAUGAGAAAGAAGAUUGAGCAGCUGAAAGAGCUUGCCUCUGAAGCUGAGGAUGUGUACAGGCAGACGGUGGCUGCUAAGGGACAAAUUAGUGCUAGAAUGGCUGACUGCAGCAACUCCCUUCAGAAGAUCCAGGACUCACUCCUUACUCUGAGUGGUUCAGAUGUUACAACAGUGCUUGCAAAACUGAAGGUGAGGUUACUUUGUGCAGAACACGUGUUCUUUGUGAAUUUUAUCCCCAUUGUUUCAAAUGUGAAGGAAACUGACAAGAACAUUGAGGUGAAGAAAAAAAAAAAUCCCACAAAUAUGCAAACUUGCUGUCUUGUCUGCAGCAGAAUCAGAAUAAAACAUCUACAUAAUUGACCAGAACUCAACCACAACACAGGAGAGAUGAUCCAUAAACCAAAUAUUCAAGAUAUCCACACAAAGUCAAAACUGCAAUUUCAAAAACAGGAGUCCCCAGUGGACAAAUGUGUAUGAAUUCUUCAUCUAUAUCAAUACACACUGUGAAGUACUGGAUAUAACAAUCUUCAAAAAAGGGUUUAUGCAACUCAACAAAUAUUACUGAAAUGCAAGUAAACACAUGUAUUUCCCUACACUUAAGCAAAUACCAAUGGUUAAGAGAUCAAUUGAACAAACUUAUUAACGCAGCAGCUCAAAAGUUUGACAACUAAGUAUGUGGUAAUGUAAAAGUCUGAGGUAACUUAUUCUUUUGAGUUUCGACAGCUGAUGCUAUAAAAGGCGAUCCAUUUAAUCAGCUUGUAUUCUUGCACAGGAUUUUCUGUUUGAGCUGCAGACCCAGGACGAGCAGGCAGAGAGUGUCCUAGAGGACCUGCGUGUCAUUUCCUCCAUAGCCAGUUCAGUCAGUCUGCAGGGUCUGUCUACAGAAGGGGUCCAGCUGCAGGAGAAAGUCCGAGACACUCACCAGCUCUUCUCUCAGGUGGAGGAACAGACUGAGAGGAGCAUCCAGGUUUAUGACAGGUAACUGACACCAGCUUCACAUCUCUCAUGGGCAAGCUUUAGUGCAUUCAUUUAAUGCAUGAUUGUAGUGUAGUGUUGACUGACGGCUCCUUUCAUCAUGCGCUAUAAUUACACAAUCACUCCACAUACCGUACAACAUUUAGAGUAAACAUUAAAGCCAUUAGAGAGCUGCUGGGCAGGUAUUUCUGCAGCAGCUCCUCCUCUGACCUGAGUUUGAAAGAUUGGCAUCAGGACAUCAAUGCAAAGAGAAGAAGUAUGGGCAAAAGCUUAAAGAUAAAUGACUAACAUCACCAAAUAAAUGCAGUCUGAUCUGCAGUGACUGAAAAUAAUUUCUGCUGUUUGGGUUGAUGUUGUUUCUGUGCAAUAAAAGGUUUAAGGUGCUCCUGUUGAAUUAGUUAAAAUGUUCCUAAUACAUUGAUUUAGCCUGACUUUGAGCUCCAUUUUCAGACUCUAACCACAAAUACAAACUCAUUGGCUCUGUUUCCUUUUACAUGAACUCAAUCUGUCUGAGUAUAAAGUAGAGCCACACAGACUCUUACAGUUCACACUCUGAAGAUUGAAAAGUCAAGAGCAGGACGAGUUUAACUUGUUCUCCACAGCCGUUCUUUGUAAGCUCAUAUCCUGAAGCAGAACCAUUUCUCCUCUACGAUCCAUUUUUAAUACACAGAGUGUUUUGCAUAGUGUACGUUUGUUUGUGUCAUGCCUGACCUGAAUUCAUGCUCCAUGUGCUUCAGGCUGAAGAGAGAGAGUGAACAGCUGGAACGAUGGUUGCAAACAUUUGAGGAAAAAGCAGCAAAUGCAGAAGAUCUGAGAGUCCUGCAGGAGGAAGAACUUCGACAAAGGUGAACUGCUUUUUUACUAAACAUAUAUAUAUAUUUAUAUAUAAAUGUACAUACAGUAUAUAUGGAUAUGGAUAGAUUGAUAGAUAUUUAUACACAGACAAACAGCUAUAGAUUUAUAAACAUAUAUUAUAAUAGAGACAAAUAUAUAUUUAUCUAUAUAUAUUUAUCUUGUGGCUGUCAGCAGCUAUGCAUUGUGAUUUAGUUUAAGUGAGUCAGCAAUCAUGGAGGUUGUUUAACCUGUUGAACUCCAGAGAUGACUGACACAUCCUCUAUACCAUGAUCUGGUAUUUAUCAGCUUUUAAAGUGACAAGAAGUAGUCACUGGAUCAUUAAUAGCACUUAUGAUCAUUAUCAUACCCCCUAGUUUAUUUUCUGAUGAUUGAAAUAAAGCUGGCACUCUUUAUUUUCAAAUCCAUGACCUUGAUCUUGUUUUGUAACCUUCAUUAAGCACAUUUAAUCACUGUGUAGUAUUUCUUCUUCAUUAUCACUUUACUUUUGCUCCAAAACAAAGUUCAGUUUUUGUCUUAAGUGUCAGAGUAAUUGGUCAUUAACCCUGCCCUUUUUUCUCCCUUCAGAGUGAGGACAGACGACGUACACCAACUUGUCUUAUCUCUUCAAAACAGCUCCCUCCGGCAGUGCGCUCUGGUGGGAGAGGGCAGCAAACUGAUGGAGAGAUAUAACAAUUUUCUAACCAGGUCCUUGAAAAAUCAGUGUCCUCUGAGCAAAGAUCUCCAAACAUCUCAGACCCUUUCACAGCCGACUGUAACCUCAGCUGGAGAUCUGAGACAAACUGUCGACUCUUCACCUGCUGGAAAUGUGAGUUUACAGAGUCCUGAGGAGGAGAAACUGCAGCCUGCUCCAGAAAGAAAAUCUUGAUUCAUACAGCUUUGAAAUGGCAGUUGUUAGAGUGGAGUGUGUGAAGUCACAGGAGGGUGUGGUCACACAGAUUUGUUGUUUCUUCUCAUCUGCAUUUGUUACUACUUGUCCUUCAAUAAGGCGUGUCUAAUUGUUGGUGAAAAGGCAGAUUUGUAUGCAGAGAUUAUGAGACAGACGACACACUCCUCUUUUUGUCUGUGCAGUGAUACUUUGCUGUGUGUUUCUGUGUGAAAUUUAUCAAUGCUGGGGAUAUUUUUCAGACUGUGCCGAGUGCCAUGGCAGAAGAGGAAGCUCACCUGGGGAAGGUCAGUGUCAGUAGUGAAGAUAGAGAAGUACAGCAAAUAUGUGAGGUUAAUCAAAUGGAGUUCUGUGCGUUAGCUGCAGUCAUAGGAAUGGAAACAUUAAUUGAAGGACCUGCAGGUAAGUAACUCAGUUCUAAUGAAGCACAUUUGUAAAGCCUUAUAAAUUCAUUCAAAAGGCUUAUUGCAGUUUGAAUGUGUUAAAAACCCAAAAUUCAGAAGUUGCUGUUGUUAGUUUUGCAUUAAGGUACGAUACAUUACAAAUCAAACCUUCGUAAGACGUUAUGCUCAGUGUUGGUAACACAUUAUAAACACUUUAAUAAGUGCUUAUGAUCAGUUAAAGUGAUUGUAAUAAAGCUUCAGUAUAACAGAAAACAACAACACAGAAAGUUAGAACACAUUUUAAGAAAUAUGAGGCCUUCCUGUAGCGUUUAAACUUUAAAGUAGCCCUCCUUUAAAGACUCACUCCGAUGAAAAUCAUGUUUUUCUUGUUGUCCACAUAUUCAUAUGGCAUUUUCUAAUGCUGCAGGAUAUAUGAGAAAAAUAAGAGUGAAAUCGCAUUUCUGAGUAUUUUUGCAUUCAAGUUGUUGUAAAUCUCUGGCAGACCCAAACGGAAGGCUCAGAUACAGUGAGAUUUCCUAUGUCACAUUUACAAGCUCCACCCCCGGAGCCCCUCUAUGUAAGCCAGACUCUAAGAAGUGGAGAGGACAAUUGCGGGACAAGCAUGUGCAUUAACUGAUUGAAAUGCUCUUAAGAUAGCUUAUUAUGAUAUUAGCUUUCAUCAUGUCCCCAAAGACAUGAGUGUCCGAGAGCUGAAUAGCUCCUAUGUCACCUGCUAUUUCUACUACACCGGCAAUGUUAGGCUGUAAGCUAGUGUGAAGAGGAGUGUGCAGAGCAACUCUGUCUCCACCCACGACUCAGAGGUGAAUUGCUAAUGAGCUACUGGAGCUCUGCCGAAGAAAAGACCUUGAAAAUGACACAGGUAAUGUGAUUUGGCUAAAAACUUCAUCAUCACAAUUUAAAGACCAGUGAGAACACUUUAAAUGGUAAAAAAAACGAUCGGAGUGGGACAUUAAAGCUCCUCUAAGGGUUUUAUUUUGGCAUUAAUGAAAUGGCGUAACGUUCAUAUUAGUAUCUUUAAAUGAUGUAUCUAAGAGAGAGCAAAACCAUCAGGAACAAGAUGGAGGAUUUAUGUUUCAUAAUUCUUAACUCAGGAAGCUGAAGAAACCAUCUGUUUUUAUGAUUUCCACAUAAAGUUUUCACAAUCAAAGAUCAAUUUGACCAUCAGGUUUGAGAAUAAAGACAUUUUCAGUCAAAGGCCUCUAUUGAAGCAUGUCGAGAACAAGAUAACCAAACACUGGGGAUGCAAAAGUGGACACACACACACACACACACACACACACACACACACACACACACACACACACACACACACACACACACACACACACACACACACACACACACACACACACACACACACUAUAAGUUCCUCACUGGAGCUUGUAUGCGGCCCUUAGCCAGUCUGAGUUUGAGAUGCCUGUUUUAGCUGUUUGACUAAGACUGGAUGUGCCCUGACUGUCCACAGUAUAACAACCUGGAGGAUGGUGUUAGUAAUGAGGAACAUUUGGGCUCAUUAAUGCAGGACUUCCAACAAAAACUGACAUCCAUGCAGAAAAGACUUUCAGAGUGUCAGCUUGGCUUGGCUGCACAGAUCACUGAUGCACCGACUCUGCUGGUAAGCUCCUUCAAGUUAAGUGAGCCCAACUAAAAGCUUUUCAUGACCUUUAAUUUCCUCUUGUUUACGACUAUGACAUGAUCAGAGCACUAACGUGUUCUUCUGUCCCUCUCCUCACUCUUUCAGGCUUUGUUACAAGAAAUAACAGACAUGGAAGAAGAGCUUUUACACAUCGCAACACUCAAGGAUUCUAUCAUCGCCACUCCCACAGCCGAGGCCCAGGCAAGCCUCUCCCAGCAGGUCAGCAACCUCCAAGACCACAAGAGGGGGCUGGAGGACAGCAUCAGACAGAAUUUGGCUCAGCUCACCGAAAACAGAAACCAGAGAGUUGAACAAGCAGAGAAACUGGAGGAAAAUCCUGCACUUGCUCUCAAUGAAAGUCCACCUAUGCUUGAAGGAUUGCAUCCUCCUGCAUCUCUUUCCCAUCCCGCAGCAGACCACAAAGAAAACUGUACAAGUGAUCAAAAUGACAACAAAAUCAAAGCUGGAGAUAUUUUGGAAACAGACAAUCAAAUCCCAGACUUGGAUGUCAUCUUAUCAGAAAACCAGAAGCAAUCACAGCAAACAAAAACAAACCUUCUGACUCACCCAGGAACUAAGGACAAUGAUGGAACUUCUCUAGGAAGUGGAUGUAGGAUACUUCCUGGAAGCAAAGCAGAGAAGGCUCAACUUUUACACAAAGACACCACCUUUACUCAGGACCCUAAAUUAUCAGCCACAGUCGCGGACACAUCCACAGAAUUCAAUCCAGAACCAAGUAUCACGGCUUUUGUUGAAUCUACAGCCACAAAGUCUGAAACUGCUCACCCUUUAACCCUUAAAAACCUGCCUGAACCUCCAGCAGCACAAUCAGAGACAUUUAAAGCAGCUGCAGACUCUCCAAAGAAAGUCAUAACUAUAGUGUUGGAGAUGGAGCCCCGGGACAUACAAGUUAAAGUAAAUACGGAUCUAGAUAGACCUGGAUGUUCCCGGGCAGUUACUAGUACAGGGGCGGCUUCGAGUGCUGGAAUUCCUGAGGACAUUUCUGGACUUUCUCCUGUACUAAUCAGUCCCAAAUCUAAUGAAAUAGAUUGGAAAAUAUAUCACAGUCUUGCACUAACUGAGUCUCAAGUGGCAGAAUCAAUUUCAGGAAACUCUCUACAGGUAGUCACUGCAGAGCAGGGGGUUGUGAAACCUGCAAGUGCCUGUUCAUCAUUCCAGGACACCCAUGAGGUCAUGUAUGAUGACGUCUUAAAUUCCUCCAAACCAUGUGGCAUUGCUGCUGAACGUCAGCUCAUUGGUGCAUGUGCAGCAGGAACGACACUUCCGGACGUCAGAUCAGAGGAGAUGACAGAUUUCUGUCUGACUGAAGAGCAAACAAUGAGCUCAGUCUUGUGCAGGGUGGAGGGAGAUACUUCAGCAGAAACCCAAAUACCUGCCAGUGACACUAAACAGCAAAGUGUUGCACAGAGCGCAGGGACAGGACUUCUGGAGAGAGACAAGGGGGAAGACACAAGUGACCUUCCAGAUGGUAAAGUUUCAAAAAUACCUGAAGAUGAUGUCACACUGCAAUUUGAAGGAAGUGAAUGGACAGGACCUGCUUCACUGGAGGACACAAAGGACACACAGGUAGAUAUUAUUUUCAAAAUAUACAGAUGCAUCAGUCCUGUAGACACAUAUUUAUAGAAUAGAAUCAAACAAAUAGAUAGAAAGUUGUAACACUGAAAAAUCUGAGAAAAACUGAUAACAAUUGUUUUCAUAUCAUUCAAUUCCCACUUUUUAACAUCCUAUAAGGAGUUUUUGGACAUUUACUUAACAGACUAAAAUUCAUACCCAUGCUUUUUUACGAUAAACAAAAGCAAACAAGACCACCAGCGACAUGAUUGAUCAUUUUAUAUAAUGCCUGCAACUUGUGCAGGAGGGUAGGUGUCAGCCAAGCAGAUCCAUUCAUUCAUAAGAAAUCCGAAAGUCUGACUGAUGAGAUUUGAUGUCUGAAGACACCACAUAAGCAUAUAGAGGACAAGAUAAGCAGAGCUGGCUUUGGAGCUUUAAUAUUAAAUCGUCCAAUCACAGCACUUAGAAUAGAAUAUGAGGAUUUCAUUAAAAACAGUCAAUAUCAGGAAAGUGUAUUAAAAACAGACAUGGCUCUGUAGUGGAAGUCGCUGCAUGAACUCAAAAUCCCUCCUAAAGUUCAUCUCUGCAUACACAUAUUGCUGCUGUUGGGUAGAAACCUCUUAUCUCAAAAUACAGAACAUGUUGGAAGAUGAAAGACCCUGUAUUUUUCAGAUUACCAACAUGAUGUGGAAUUCAGCCAUUAGAUUUUUAUCUCAUCAGAUGACUGAUAUCACUGAGUGAUGUAAAAAAAAUAACUAGGUGAUGAAGUGUGGAGAUAAGAGGUUUCUGCUGAUAAGUAGCAAAGUGCAGGUUUAAACUGUACAAAGGAAAAAGGAAACCACUUAUAAAUGCUAACUACGUCUCUGGACCUGAAGCUGAUAAAGAUGGACUGAAAUGAUGUGAUGAUGUCAAAUGUGACACUCCUCUUAGAAAUGAUGGAUACCUCAACCUCCACUCUGGAGAAACGAGGGUUCAAAACGAGUUCAUUAGUGAUGGUUAAGUGACAGAGGGUUCAAUAAAGGUAAUUUUAUGUAUUUGUAUGACUGAAUUUGUGCUCAGUGAUGUCAUUUCUGAAGACUUGACAUUGAUCGACCAUUACUGAGCACUUUAAGCCAUUCCUUUUAGAAUAUUUUGGAUAAAAAUAACUGAUAUAUUUCAGAGAGAGGGGUUGAGAUGACAGGAAAUGAGUAAGAGGAAGUACAGUGAAAGAAAAGGGUCCAGAAGACCAAAGCUAUAACAAACAACCCAAUAUUAACCCUCUAAAGUCUGGGGUAUAAUUGGCCGUUUUUGACUACUUUUGAUUUUACCUUUAUAUUUCCUCUUAAAGGUAAAUCUAUAUCUUAUAUUUACUAUUCUUUCUAAAACCACUAAAGCCAAAAAACCUCUAAAAGAGUUGAUAAAGAUGUUUACAACUUUUCUCUGAAUGGUUUGAAUAAAUUUAAAUGUUUUUUUUUCCUCUCUGCUAUAAGAAGACACACACACAGCUCUGCGUAAUCUAAGACUCCUGCUGUUUUUAAUAAGACUGAUCUCGGUCUCCUCUGACAUUUACAAACCAUUCCUCUGUCCUUAACUUACUCCAAGUCUGAGGAGGGGGUGUACCCUGUGAAACUUUGGUAUUUUUGACAUUUAAAAAGUGUCAUUUUAUUCUAGAUUCAGCCCUGGAACUUGCUUCCUUAUAUUCUUUUUAUUCCUCCCACCAUUUGGCAUUUGAAUGUCAUAACUUUUGACAGAUAUUUAUAUUUCUGAGGGACAUCAUUCAACCAGGAAAAAACAAAAAAGAGGAAAUCCACAUCAUACACAGGCUUGUUUGUUGUACAGAAUGAGUGAUAAAUUGCUGAAACAUUUAUUUGAUGUGACAAAAACAUUAGAGAGGAUCCUGCACCGGCUUCACCUGCAGAGGCAUUUAUGAUGAGAAGGAUUCAAAGAGGGAAAAAUAAAAACAUUUGUUGACUGUAAAGUAACAGGACCUUAUCGUGACCCAUACCAUCAUCUCUGACAUUAUCCACUAAAAGCCACACUAAGUGCUGCUGAUGCUUCCUUUGCUGUAUGAAGGAUUUCAACUGAGUAUUUUCUGCAAAAGGCUUUCAUGCACAACUUUCAAAAACUUGGGAGAGUCAGAGGAAUUUCUCACAAACCACCUGUAAUUACCUGGAGUAAUAGCAGCCCUCCCCUCUCUCUGAAGAGGCUGACAGAGGUGUUUUCUGAGGUGAUUGCUAAGUUUCCAAACAUGUUCCUACAAAUACUUAAAUAUUUGUAUCUAAAAACCUGAUUCAAGCUCCAGUGAGGUGGUUAUGAAAUAGGGCAGAGUUGAUACGGAUGCUUUUUAAUGAGCAACAAGAGCAUACAAACCAACAGAGAUAUGAUCAAAUAUUUCCUGCUGGGGCUUGCAGAAGGGAUCAUUGUGAUUUGCAUGUUUGAUGAAUGGCAUGAAGGUUGUCACUGUCCCUUUUUUCAUGGCGAAAAGAUAAUGGAAUGACAGAUAAUUAAACUCUGACCACAACAGUUUAAUUUUUGUUGAACAGCUGAUGAACUGUCACACAUUCAAAACCACAAAAGUGUUGCUGUUUUCCCCAAUGCAUAUUUAAUCCGUUACGCAAAACACAAUCAAUAGGUUCUUGUAACAGGCUGGGUCAGCUGAAGGCUGAACGGCUGAAGGCUUUUGAUUGAUUAAUGAAGUAGUUUAAAGACAGAAAACAUGCUGAUGAAAAGUGCAAAAUGAAUCAAAUGGGACUACGAUUGAGACUAAAAGACUGAAUCUAAAGCAGCUGCUGCUGUUUAAAGUUGCUGUUCAAUCAUGUGCGCCUUUUCAGUGUGAAAAAUUUCAAGUCCAACUUGUCUUGUGAGUGUAAAAUAAUCCUUUUAAAUCUGCCUUUACCCUCAGCCACUCAGAGGGCUGCUUUUUGUUUGAAACUGUCCUCCCGCUCUACCUGCUCCCUGCUCUAAGUCCCGCCCUCAUCUUACCAAAAAUAUUUCAGGAGGCACCUCCCCUGCAUGAGAUCCAGUCACCAAACAGCUCAAGUCAUGUUUUGGUGCUCACCCUGUCUUACCAAGUUAUAACAGAUCAAUUAUUUCUUUGAUGAAAACAGGGAGGCAACUGUUUGUGGCUGAAAGGACGUCUCCCCCGGGGCAGACUGCUCCCUACUCAGGCACAUUCUUUAGCUAACUGUACUGACUCGCCGAGCCACCGUCAGUGUGGUAUUAUUUGCUACUGCAGAGCAGGGAGAGAGCAGGAAGAUAUGUUAUUAUCUGUGAACAAACACAGGAGAGCAGGAGGCUUAAAUGUGUCACCACCCUUGUCCUGCGUGCGUGUGUGUGUGUGUGUGUGUGUGUGUGUGUGUGUGUAGCUGCACAUCCAGGAAGGCAUGGAGCCUGAGAAGACAGCUCCAGGUUUGAGAGCUGAUCUGCAAGCCACGAAGAUGACAGGUGGAUCAGAAGAGUCCUGCAAACCCAAGUCCACCAUGCAGGAUAUUUUGACUGAGAUCCAGAGCCUGGUGGAGAGAAGUAACAUCAUAAAUGUGAGUAUGAGACAUCUUUUACAUGAUAAUCAGCCUCUUUCUACAGAAACAGGCUUUAAAAACAGGCUGCAGUGGGUUUAUAAACUCAUUUCUGAAAGCCUGAACUUUAAAAUAUCAACAUAAAAGGUUAAAUCUGAGUUUUUGAGUCAUAUAAAAAGGUUUUUAUUUACUUUGUCUCUAGAGUUGCGCAAAUUCUGUUUUAUGGAAAUAGAAAUGAAAACUCCUCUUUAAUGCAUUUUAAUUUCCCUAUUUUUUGCACAUAUUUGCAAAGCUCCCAAUGUCCAAAAAAGCCCAAGAGGUCAGUCACGCUCAGAUUAAACAUAGCACAGAUAAGAGCAGCAGUGUUUUGAUUGAUGUUUGUGUAUUCCCAUGAUGCUGCAAACGGGACGGUUCACAGGAAGGACAUUUGAGAUACAGAGAUUUCCUACAGAGUCAUUAGUGGGCACAUAAUUACUUGGAGUAAAGUACAUUAAGUGAUCUGAUCUGAGACAGUGUGGCUCGUUUCUGAUGUCAGCUGUGAUGUGGUUUUAUUUGGGAGGGGCUAUCUGUCCUGGACCUUUAAGACACUUAAAAAAGGAAACAUUAAUGAAAUAAUUCAAGGAAAAUAAGGCUAAAAGACAGGGAUGAGACUGAGUCAUUUUAAGUACUCAUGAUAACUAGAGAGUAAACAAGCUCUUUUAAGCCUGCUGUAGAUAAAUCUGUUUAAACAAGAACACAACAAACCACAACCUAAUUACCUUGUUUGCAACCGGCGCCAGUAAAAAUAAAGACAUGCAUUGAUCAAACUUAAGUUAAGUGUUAUAUUAUUUUAAAGAAAUGAUUCCAAGUAUUUUCAUUUUCCUAUUUCUAACCACUAAAUAAAGGAAUUGGACUGUUUUGAUUUGUCUUUUGUUCCAGUGAAAUGUUUUUGGAUUUGGAUUUUAAAUGUUGAAAACAGGGCUGCCGCUGAUGGGCCAGCACUUUAAGUGCCCUAAAUUAAGAAGCUAAAAUUCCAAACCAGGUGGCUGUUUCUUCGAUCCUUCGCUGCUUGUCUUCCCUGCUCUUUGCUCCGCACAUUUCCUACCUCUCUUCAGCUAUUCUGUCUAACCCUAAACAAGGCAAAAAUUCCACCUUUUUUCUGUUGCACCACACUGGGUCACUAAACUGUGUUCUCAGGGUCUAUGUCAGUGUAACCACUUACCCAACAACAUUUAAUGCAAAGAAAUCCAAUCUCAGUGGAAAAUUUAGGAUUAUUACUUCAUUGAAAUGCAAUCAGACUGAGACACUAAGGCAGAAGCACUACCGCGUCUGUAAUGCAAAAUGAUUAUUAUGAUGAUUAUUACUUCAAGGAAAUGAUCCGUGGGUGUGGGUGAGUUGUAUUUGGUCUCCUUGCUAAAGAAACCAGACAAAGUUAAAAAGAUGUUUGGUGUCUAGUACUAUGGCUGGGACCCUAUAUGUACUGUUGAUGAAGUUAGGUGCUGUUCUAAGCAUUAUUUGUGGCUAUGGAGUGGCUCUUUGGUCAAGGUUUUUGCGUUGAGCCACAGAUCGCUGUGUAUUGCUAUCAUGUGGUCGUUACUAAAGUUGGUAUAACUAGAGAAGCAAGCAGUCGGCAACAUUCAUCUCUUAAAGGGGUGUCUAACUUGGUGUUACAGUGUGUUUGACCAUAACUUAAAUUUACACAGGAAUAUCCCUUUGAACAUGAAAUCUGUUUGCAGAUCAACAGAUACAUAGGACUGUGACAAGUUUCAGCUCUAUUUCGAUGAUUCCUAACCUGCUACAUUGAUAUGAUUUUAAUUUUGUUAUAGCGGACACCACACAUCGAUUUGAAUUGGUACCUAAAGUCCUCUCCUGGUGAGUCUGAAAUUCGACUGAUAAGAACUGUGCAGAAAGUUCUGGCAUGUCGCUACCAACCAGCUCAACUGGACAUCUCUGCAAUGGUCAAACAGCUGCAGGAGGCGGAGGUAGGUCCAUAUAUUUAAAAACUAUUAUAAGUUUUUAAAAGUAAAUUCAUUAUCUGACCUUGUAUUGAAAGGUUAGUGUAGGUUAUGAGAAGAGGACGCAAACUUCAUUUGAUUUUUUCAUGUGAUCGCUCUUUUGUCUGCAGGACUUCAGGCGUUGUGUGCAGGAUCAAGUGGCUGCAUUAAAAAGCGUGAAUGACUCCAGGACCUGCUCUCCAGACACCCUGAAAAGCGUUGAAGGACAGUGCAGCGCUGCACUCUUGGAUGCCUCGGCCACAGUUCAAGUCAAAGCGGCCCAGCUGGAUCAGGUCAAACAGUAUCAAAAACAGAUGAAGAUCAUCAGAGCUUUCUUGGCCGUUGUUGCGGUUGAGAAGGAAAAAAUGAACCUGUGAGUAAAUCUUUGAGUUGAUUAAGACGGUUUAAGUCUGCCAGAUUACUGAUGUUCUUCUUCUGGGCUUUUUUAGGGAUACUGUGGGAAGCAGUGCCCUCCAGGCUGGCAAACUUCAUGGUCUUCUGCAGACCAUGCUGCUGAAGAAGGGCUUGAUGGAAGAGCUCCUCCACAGAAGCAGCCAGUUAUCCGUCCACCUGAGCGACGCUGAAAGUUCAGGUGCUCUCCUCGCCCAGCUUGGAGAUAUCCAGGAGGAGUGGCGGCUUUUAGAGGGAAGUAUUAAAAGAGGCCUUCAGCACGCCUCAAGCUCCACCUCUCAGUCGUCUCUUCUUAUUAAAGACACCAAACAGCUGAAAGCCAAACUCGAAGCUCUUCAGACGUCUGACUGUGAAAGCAGCGACAACAAAAGUGCUUUAGAGGUUGUUUGUCUGACCACGGACCUCAAACUGUACAACCAGCUCUACCUGCACCUCCAGUCUGAGUCGGAAGCUCUAGUUCACUUCUCUUUGGGUCAGAAGGAGAAGGACGAGAUCAAACGUAACCUUCAGGAAGUGGGGUCUUUGCUAAACCUCACCAAAAGCAAGCUCGACAUUUCCACACACAGCUCUCCUGCGAGGAUCAACAAACAGCUACGAGACUUGAUCACAUGGGCCAAGCAGGCAGAAAACCACAUCUCCAUCGGGAAGAAGUUAGCCCUGUUCCCAGAGGAGGCUCGGAUCCAGAUUAUGGAGAUGAAGAAGUUUCAAACGGAUAUUUGGUCUCGAAGGUCCAAGUUACAGGCGGAAGUAGAGCAGAUGAAAGAUAUUGCCUCUGGCAUGGAGAAGGAGGAGAGCGACCAAGUAUUCAGGACCGUUGAGGAUCUUUAUGAAGCCAUCGCUGACAGCUUGGAUCAUGUUCUCGCCACCAUGAAGAAGAGCCUGAUAGAGAGGGAGAAAAUGUUGUGCCAGCUCUCCAGCAUGGAUGCCUGGCUUGCAGAAACCCAUGCAAAAAGAGACCCCUGUGUGCAUAUGGAUAAUGUUUCAAAAGCUGACAUCAGAGAGCUGGAGAGUGAGCUGAAAAGCCACAAAUUUGCCAAGGUGAAGAUUGAGAGCACAAUAAAACUGGUGGAAGAAAUGGCAGAGAGAUGCAAAGAAAUAGCCGCCGGGUUGAGUCCAGGAGAGAGCCGCUACAUCGUCAACAGACUGUCAGGACUAUGGACUGAAUUGGAUGGUUUGCUUGCUUUUGAGAAAGCAACCAGCUGGGAGUUGGAGGAGCUGAUUCACGAGAGAAGAUCUUCAGAUGAGGAGCUGUCGACAGUCCAGGCAAGUUUAAAUCAAAUCUCCUCUGAUCUGGCACAGCAGAAGUUCCCUCUGACUCAGGAAACCCUUUCAAAGAUUGCACUUUUGAAGCACAUGCUGAUGGAGCACCAGUGUCAAGUACAAGAGCUGCAGCACUGCCAGGAGGCCAAGAGAAGCUCCCUGUUGUGCACCAUUGGUGAGCUGCAAGACCAAUGCAAAGCUUUCAGUAUUAACACCUUCGAACAGGAGAAGUACCUGCACCUGAGGAGCCAGAUGGAAGAAUCUAGAGACAUAGCUGCAGAGCAGAUCCAGCGUGCCAAAGAUAAAGGUAUAAGUUUGGGUCAGCGGUUUAGACAAUGCCAAAUACUCCUAGUGGAGCUUCCUUUGGUGAAGACACAGUGUCAGGAAGCAGCCGACCAGCUGGAGGCUAUCGCUCAGGAGCUGAACCCAACUGAGCUCAACGCAGAGAGGCAGAGAAUUCAUCAAACUGUGGAAACUUUAGUCUCCAGGGAGGAUUCUGUCACAGAGGACAUCAAGAAUCUAGAGGCCAAGCUCCUGCUGGGUCUGCGCUUUUCCUCUGAGCUUCCUGCCUUAGUUCAGUUUUUCCGGAGAGCAGAGGAGGAGCUGCAGGGAGCCAAACCCGUCAACCCAGAGGAAAGAGCCAUCGAUGUUGCACUGCGAAGGUGUUGGGUUAUUUGGAGGAAUAUGGAGUCCGGGAUCAGGGUCUUAGAAGGCCUAGGACGCAGAGAGAAGGUCAACUUGAAUAGCUGCAAGGAGCUGUACUCUCUCAGAGAUGUAACCAUGCAAGAAUGCCACGAAAGAAUGGUUUGUCUCCAGAGUUCAUGAUUACAACUUUCCAUUUUCUGACUUUGCCAUUUAUUAAGUUUUUUGUUUUUUGUUUUUUUUUUCCACAACAGGCGAGUCUAGCCCAAGCUCGAGAGUCCUUAAAGGAUUACCAGUGGGCCGCUCAGGGAGCAAUAGGGUUCCUCCACAACGCCGAAGCCACCUUCCUCUCAGCUCCUGGAGGGUUUUUGGACUGUACUGAGGAACAGAAACAGACUCAACAGGCUCUCGAGGCUCUAGAAGACGGAUUUCAGGCUCACAUCUCCCACCUUUUGGAACUGGUACCACAACAACCCUGCCUCUCCCAACCAGAGACAGAGAAGCUCCACAUCAGCAUCUUCAGUCAGCUGUUGGUAGGAAGAGCCGUACUGGAGGCUCAGGCCCAGCUCAGGCUAGAGUCUUUACAGAGGUACAGGACCUCUUUAAAGAGGGUCUGAGUGGUUUUAUGUUUUACAUGUGGUGAUAAUAUCUCUGUCCAUAAUUUUGUUCUUGAAAUUUAUCUACAAAUGAAUUUCUUCCAGGUGUGAAGAACGGCAGCAAAGUCACAGGAUGUGUCAUGAGGACAUAUGUCAGCGUCUCUCUGGACUCGAGGCUCAGCUUUCCGAGUGUGCUGCAGAACAAGUGACCUCAUACGAUAAAUGUGUUGCCCAACAAAAAAGAGCCAAGGUGGGUCUUCAAAAGCAGAGUAGUCCGACAACAGAAAUACAUCAGGUCUUUUACAGCCACCUUUAUAUAAGUUAACUGAGGGAUAGAGUGGCUACACCACAAGGUUGAAUGAUGAAGCAAUGAUCAGCUAACAAAGCAUCAUGUGGUGAGCCACAGUGACUCUUCAGCAAAUCCUCUGAUAGAGUUCCCUCUGAGAUCACAGUGGCAGAAACACGUCUCUUUCAGGACAAGGUAGAAAAUAACUUUCACAAUAAAGGUCUUUUGAUAUACGUAGAUGAUACUGUUCAUACUGACAUAGCUGUCAACUCAAAAUGUUUUUAUACAUGUCUUUGCAUGCCAGGGUAACAAAAGGUUGCACACUGCAUUUUAUUGGCUCAUCUUAAAGAGAUAUUAUGGCGUAAAUUUAAGAUAUGGUCAAACACACUGUAGCUCCAAGUUAGACACCCCCUCGAAAGAGUUAGACUCAUCCACUCUCCUCCAGCAGCCGCUUGUUUGUGGGGGAGCCCUAACAAGUCGAUCACCAAGUGCAGCCGAGUUCUGCAGCUCAAGAAAGAACAUUUAUAAUUAUCACUUCAUGGAAAUGCAAUCAGAGUUCUUGUAUAUCUUGUAUGUGCACUUCAGACGCAGUAGUUCUUCUGCCUCAGCAUCUUGGUCUGAUUGCAUUUCUAUGAGGUAAUAAUCAUAAAUUUUCCGCUGCACUCAGUGAUCAACUCGUCAAGGCUCCCCCACGAACAAACAGCUGCUGGAGGACAGUGGGUGAGGUGUGUUUAGUCUCUUUGCUAAAGAAAUCAGGUAAAGCUAAAAAGAUGUUUGAUGGCUAGUACUAUGGCCGGGACCCUAUAUGUACUGUUGAUGAAGUUAGGUGCUGUUCUGAGCAUUAUUUGUGGCUAUAGAGUGGCUUUUUGGUUUAGGUGCGCUUGGAGAUGAUUUCUGCUGUGUAUUGCUGUAGUGUGGUUGUUACUAAAGUGACUCCGUGUUACGGUAUGUUUGACCAUGACUUAAACAUCCCUUUAAAGGAAAAUAUUUCCUGACUAACUCUUAAAUUUAAUCUCUACUUCAUCUUUUUAUGCAGCUUCUGAUGGAUGAUCUUCGCAGCCUCGCUGUUAAAAUUGAAGACCUCCGAGCUGGGUGUCCGAUGCAGGGAUGUGGGGUUGGAAAGGACGGGGAGCUGGGCGCCCUCUGGAGGCGCUGGGUGUCAUUACGGCGUGGUAUAGGUCUUCUGAUGGCACAUACAGAGCAGAGGGGAGAGGAGUGGAAGGACAUCACUACCAGUGUGAGUUUUUUUUUUUUUUUUUUGGCAGGAUCGUUUAUAAAUUUGUGUAAAAACAGAUAAAUAAACGAGAAUUAGCGGAAUAGCAUCUGUAUUUUUCUUAUUACUGUAUUUUCUGAAUGUGUUUGAAAAAAAGUCCAGGACAGCUGGUAAAUAAAAACAAGCUUGUUUUGAUUGCCUUUGAAGACUGAACUGUGUUAUUCAAGUGCUGAUCUCUGCUUCCUCAGAUGGAGCAGUGUUGCAGCUUCUUGGCCAGCCUUCAGGCUGAGGUCCCUGAUUCCUCUGCUGUGAGCUUCACUCAGGAGAAACCACAGGAGCUUCUGGCUCAGGCUGAGAUGCACCAAGCUGGGCUGGAGCAGGAACAGCAGGCACUGGCAUCCCUGGAGCACCGACUGGAGCAUGCCUUGAGUUUAUCCAGCUCUCAGGAUCCAAUCAGCCCUGGACCUGUUGGGAAAACGCUUGUGAAGAUCCAAGAGAAUGUCAGGAGGUGAGAUACGACAGAUGUGGAAAAGGAUUGCUCAUAAAUGUGAGAAAUGCUGACAAGUUUUUUUCUUCUGCAGCUUAAAAGAGAGAAACCUGCAGGUGGUGGCUGCAGCCCAGGCGGAGGAGAAAGAGAGGCAGCAAAUCCAGGAGGAUAUAGAAGAGGUGGAGCAACACGUGAUGGCCAUUCUCACGUCUCUGGAGGCCUGUUCAAACCGAAGCAAACAACAGGUCAGGCUUGUAUUUUAUGCUUUAUAGUCCAAACUCAAAUACUGGUGUUACAGGAAAAGAGCUCCUAGGAUAUAUUGUUCCUAUAGGAUUUUUUUUUUUUUUUUACUUUUGGCCACGGUUUUAAAAAUAUAGCAUAUGAAACUUACUCGAGGUUGAUUUAAGAUGACUGUCAACCAUAAACUAGACAAUAAGUUCUGCAAAUUAGGGAAAAAAAAGGGUCCUAAGCUGGACUUUUGAACUCGUGCUGUGAUCUCUCUAAUUUCCAGUUCAGUCUUUCCAUUUUGAUCUUUUUCCAUGUUUAUUUCCAAACUGCCAGGAGCUCAGAAAGGAUUUACUGAUCCAAAAGACCAAACUAAAGUGUAUCGUGGACAGUGUGCAGAGGCGAUACGGGGGGAUACCAGCUGAUAUCAGUCGAAUGCUACAAGGAGUCCAGCUUUCUCUAAGGAGAGAUGAGGAGAAGGUACCUUUCACCCAGUUACAUGGCAACAGUGCACGAGGCUUUUGACGAGCUUUAAGAAUGGGGUAGCUAAAAUCAAGUGUUUCAGACAGAAGGUGAAAUUGUGGUUUUCAAAGACACUAAUCUAAGACUGGUGUCUCCUUCAAAGCCAACAGAAAGGCUAGAUAAGGCCUGAAAACCAGCAUCAUCCCCUUUCUUUAUUAAUAAUAAUAAUAAUAAUAAUAAUAAUAAUAAUAAUAAUGAAAACAACAACAACAACAAUAAUAAUAAUAAUAAUAAUAAUAAUAAUAAUGCAUCAGAUUUUAUAGCACUUUAACUUUAAUGCCUGGUUAACUCAUUGUCGACUAAUUUAUGCUUAAUCAUGAUUCUUUCUUCUGUCUGCUCACUCUUCAGCUCAUAGCGAGGAGCAUCCCACUUCAAAAGCUAAACAGACGAGUAGUGGAGCUGGGUUCAGGUCUGGAGAAAGUCAAGAUGUUACUGGACCAGAAAAGUCCAACUGUCCCUGAAGCUCAGCAUGUACUCAAGGUGUGUGUAUUUCUUACUGUUUGCUUCAGUGUGUGUGCAGUUUCAAGUUUUGUGCACAGGCUUAAAAGCUUGAAUCUGUCUCCACAUUUGUCUUUUUUUGGCCAGCGUGUUUGGGAUGAGCUGGACGCUUGGCACAGCCGUCUCAUGAUCCUGGAGAGUGAAGUUCAAGAUCUUGCAGAGGAGCAUCCAGACCAGGCCCACAUCCUCAUGGACCAGCUGACCCAGCCGCUGCAGCUCUACCAAAACACAGCACAGCAGGUGGAGCAGCGCACCGCCUUCCUCAGCAAGGUCAGCACUUCAAUAUUCACGCUGUAAAAAAAGUAAAUGCACCUCAACGUAGGCUUUUAAUAUGAGUUUGUCAAACUUGUAUUCUUCAGAUCCCCAGCUGCCUGCAGGAAUUUGAGGACACUGUGCACAGCGCCACCUGCUGGUUGGAUGAGGCUCAGUCGUGGCUUAGUGCUCCCUGCUCAUUUACAACUGCCAGAAGUCUCCAGAAUCACGCAAACUCGCUGCAGGUUGGUCUGUGCAACAUUUGUGCCUGUAUUUGCUGUGCAUUUUAUCAUCCUUAAACUGCAGUGUAGUUUGCUGUAGUUUAUCUCAUCAUUGGGCUUUGUUGGCUGCUAAAACACGUGAACUUCCAUGUACAGUCGUAUCAACAAGCAUUUUCAGUAGCACGUUUAUUUUUUGAUCCUGAACUACAGCUGGUCCUUGAUGACUCUGAAAGGAUCAGAAGCGCCUUGCAGGACUUCAGACCGGUCUUGGAUGAGAUCUCUGCUGUGUGUGACAUGAGAGCCCAGGUGGAGAAGCUGGACCAGAAUGACCAAAAGGUCCACAAGACACAAAGCAAGGUCCUUGAACCACUGGAGCAGCUUCUGGAGGCUGUGGAUGUGAGAUCUUUUUUUUCUUUGGUUAAAUGAUCCCACAAUUCAAAGAAAGUCAGUCCACUGGGAGAGGCACUGAUCAUGUAUUUUUCAGGCGGUGGAGGAUACUGAGACAGAGCUGAAGACGAUGGAGAAGAAUGUGCAGAAGAUCAGAGCCAUCCUAUCCUCCAUGGACAACUCAAACAUCACUCUGACCGAGCAUCUGCAAAACCGACAGGUAAUUCGCAGAGCAUUCAUGACCGCUAACUACAAGUUCAAUGCAAAUCCUCAUCAGGAGUUCAGAGCAUGCAAUUGUUGAUAUUGUCUUACUAAUGCCCUCUAAAUGUCAGGAAAACACUGUGCUUUCGCUCAACCAAAAUACAUCUUUGUACUAUUUUAUGCUUCAGAUUCGAAGAAUUUAUGGAUAAAAAGAAAGUAGAAACCAAACAGGAGGAGUUUCUCGAUAAUUCUACUUUUAAGUUUGAAGGCAACUUUUCAACUACAUAUUUGUCUCACGCCCACUGCUACUGUUCUGACCACAGUUUAAACACUUUUUUAACCCCUUAGGUGAUCCUGGCCAAUGUUCAGUCCAUGCAGAGGACUCUGGAGGAGAUGGAGAAGUGCAAAGGAGAUCUUAAGCUCCCUCGAGGAGCAGAGGAGAGCUUGCUGGUCUUCUCCAGGGCCAAACUGCUCUUACAACAGUUGAAGGAGCUGGAGCAGCUCACCCAGCAACAAACCACACUGCUAGAGGUACAAAUAACUGACUUGAUGUAUAAAUACAGAGAAGAAAAAGCAGUUUUAGUUUUUCUCUAAAGCUUGCUGUGGCAUCCUUUGUUAAACAGACUAAGCUCAGUGCUGUGAGGGUAUUGAGGAUGUUCCUCUUUAGCAACAGAAAAAGAGAAAUCUGGUUCUUUUGUUGCAUUUCUAUGCAGGACACGCUCAAGGCUGUUCUUUAUCUUUGCUGGUGGCCUCAACCUGACAAUCAUCUCAGCUUUAUUUUCUGUCUUUUCUCAUAACACAGCAGCUCAAAGAAAUACAAUGUUCUGCACUGCAACCUUGAGAAGUGUCUUGUAAUCAGUGUUUUUCACACUGUUUGAGUCUCUGUUUUCUGUUUUUUUGUCCCUUUGACAAACAGGAAAAGAUUAAAGAAGAGGAUCUGGACAUCAAUGAAGUCUCUAAAACUCCAAACAGAUCUGCACAAAUGAGCCUGGUUCAGGUAAUAAUAAUAAUUAUCAUAAAAAUCACAAUCAUAAUAUGGCAUAAAUCAGCUAACACAAUAACACCAGCGAGACAUUUUGAUUUUAGACUUUGAACAAGCUGUGAAUUAAACCAAUGAAACACUUUCUCACUAAUCAUCCCUGAAGAAAAUAACAGUUUGAAGCAGUCGUGUGCUUGUUAGUUCAUCCGUAGCGGGACAUUGAAAAGAGCAGCAUUCUCUAGUCUGGAGGAACAAGCUGCAGAUAGAAAGUGUCAAAAAAAACUGCAGUUUCUUAAGUGUCCUCUUGGGACUGCCUCCAAAAGCAACAGAAGCCGCAUAUGCACCUUUUAAAAAAGUAUAUGUUGUAUUAAAGGGAUAUUGCAGCAUAAAAUUAAGUUAGGGUCAAACACAACGUAAAACUCCAAACAGAUCUGCACAAAUGAGCCUGGUUAAGGUAAUAAUAUUACCUUAGACACCCCCUCAAGAGAAAAACGUUGCCGACUGCUUGCCUCUCUAGUCAUACCAACUUUAUUAAUGACUGCACGGUAACAAUACACAGCGGUCUACAUCUCCAUGCACAAACCUCAACCAAAAAGCCACUCUGUAGCCACAAAUAAUGCUCAGAACAGCACCUAACUUCAUAACCUCAGCCAUAGUACUAGCCAUCAAACAUCUUUUUAGCUUUGCCUGAUUUCUUUAGCAAAUAGACUAAACACAACUCAUCCACUCUUCUCCAGCAGCUGCUUGUUUGUGGGGGAGCCCUAACAAGUCGAUCACCAAGUGCAGCCGAGUUCUGCAGCUCAAGAAAGAACAUUUGUAUGAUCAUCACCUCAUGGAAAUACAAUCAGACCGAGAUGCUAAGGCAGGAGAACUACCACGUCUGCAGGGCAAAAUGAUUAAUUUGAUAAUUGUUACUAAAUGGAAAUGAUCCGCUGCACUCGGUGAUGGAGUCGUCAGGGCUUCCCCACAAACGAGCAGCUGCCGGAGGGGAGUAGGUAAGGGUGUUUGGUCUCUAUGCUAAAGAAAUCAGGCAAAGCAAAAAGGAUGUUUGAUGGCUAGUACUAUGGCUGGGACCCUAUAUGUACUGUUGAUGAAGUUAGGUGCUGUUCUGAGCAUUAUUUGUGGCUAUAGAGUGGCUUUUUGGUUGAGGUUCGCGCGAUGAGGCGUACACCACUGUGCAUUGCUGUAGUGCGGUUGUUACUAAAGUUAGUAUAACUAGAGAAACAAACAGUCGGCAACAUUUAUCUCUUGAGGAGGUGUCUCACUCUGUGUUACUGUGUGUUUGACCAUGACUUAAUUUUACACAGGAAUAUCCCUGUAAACAUGUUCAUCAUGCAGAUAUGUUCCUGUUCUUUGUGAAGCCUCAUUUUAUCUGUAUUAGCAGCUUUAUCAACAAAACCAAAGGCACUUUGCAUCAAACUAAUGAUGUCCCACAGAAAGAGAGUGGAGACAGUAAAAACAGAUCAUAUUACUGGAACAUUACAUCAAGAAAGUCACAUUUAAGAUGAUCAAGAAACUAGCAAGACAAUUUAUCACUCAGUUUAUCUUUGAGUCAGACUUUUGAUACACCGUUCACCCUUAUCACUAAAAGCAGGAGGCUUUUGAGCUGUCUAACUCAGAGGAAGAGGAGGAUGAGGAGAAAGAGGGUUGUCACUCGUCGUCAUCCUCUGACACACUAACAUGCAGUAUCCCAGAGGUAAAUGUCAAAAACAGUCACAGCUCAGGAGAGCAUGAUUCUGGGCUCCUCUUUGUUUUGGGUUUCCUUCCAAAUACCAACCUUAACAGCUUAUUUCAAACACAGUAAAUGGAAAUAACCUGUUAAAACGGAUUUAAAGUUUUAUGUAUGACAUAUAAAACUGAUAUUUUGGAGUGGAACUCAAAGUACUUAAGGCUUCAUCAUCUCAUCUUUUCCUCCUCUUUUUAUAUGAAAUUCACUAAAUGAUUUUCAACACUAAGAGUUUUGCCUUUUCCCUGUGGUGUGAAUGAGCUCUGCAGAGUUGUGCAUGUUUGAAUGAAGCUGUUUCACACAGGCUGUCCUGUCCUGUUGAUGAAUCCUCUCUCUGUCACUGUCAGAUGCAGCUGCUAGAAAUAUGUUCCUCCUUGGAAACCUGAAGAGAAACACACAGACACACAUAUGACCACACACUGGCAUUAAUGUAUGUUUGUGUGUGUGUGUGCAGAGAUUUGAUUUGCAUUUGUAUCUUAAUUGAUUGAUGUGUUAGGAUCCUGAGGAGACAUUCAGUGCUACAGAGGUGCAAAGUGAGGAGAAUGAAGAAGCUGAGCCACUGUCAGAAGUUAAGGUGAACUAUGAUCUUUGUCUUUUUUGCGCUGGCUAGUCUAUGAACUGAUGGUUCUACUUCAAAUAUGAUCAUCUUUUCUGCUCUAUUUCUUUUUGCUCUCUAGAAACUGGGGAGUUUAACCAAUCAGACUCCUCCUAACGAAGAGAUGUGCUCCAAAGCUGCUGACACAAGUCUUCUAUUCUCGAAGUCUGACCUCAACUCAAGAGACAAAGCUGAUUCUGGAUUAAUAACUUUGGAUUCCCAAGCUGUUUCAAGAGCUCUUCCUCCUGAAAAUGCGGCAGCUGAGUCACUCGUCAGCGCAGCCGAAGACGAGGAUACUGCUCCCUGCUCCAUUACAGUGGACAGACCAAAACAUGAAACCACGAACACAGACCAUCAAACAAAGCCCCCUCAGGAAGCAGCUGCAGUGGAAGACACAAGACUGAUUCCUGCAAGACCUGUAACUCCAUUCACUGCCAGCAGGACAGAAUCUGAGGACUUGACAAAUGAGGGAGACAAAGAUCAAUCCAUGGAUUCCCUUCAAGAUCAGGUAUGUGUCUAGGAAAGUGAAGAGACUAUCUGCAGAGAGUUAUCUAACUUUAAGAACUAAUUCCAGCUUCUAUUAAUAAGAGGAAAUAUUAGCCUAUCAGUGGCAUCCAGCUUUGAGUGAAAAAGGAUGGUAGAGACUUGAUUAAGUUCCUAUGUCUGUUAAAUGGACGCUGAUUAAAGCUACAGUAAGAAAUUUUUAGCAGGUAAUAUGACACAAAUCAAUACUAAUGCCUUAUUAUGACCUAAAACAGGUAAUAUCCUCUGUUACAAGACUCAUUAUUCCCAAACAGUUAUUUUUUAUGUCUGUCAUGCUGUAGCAGAAAUUGGCAAAACAAGUUGCAAAGAGCAAUAAACAUAAAAAUAAUAAAUAAAGAAUAAUCAAAAUAAGGCAGAUAAGACAGGCAGUAACAGUGCUAGAGGACCUGAGGCAGAGGUCAGGCUCAGAGAGAGUUGGUGAUUCGCAGAUAGAGGCUGGAGCCUGUUCAUUUGAAAAAACAUGCAGAAAAUCUUAAAACUAUUCUGAAACUGAAACUAUUUUGAAAGGAGCUUGCAAAAAGCUGUGAGGACUGGUGAUGUGGUACGAUCACUUCUCUGGCUUUGUGCUGAAAGCUUGACCAAAGUACGUUUAAUCAGUUGCAGUCUUUGGAUGGCAUACUUGCUCAUACUGUGCCUAAAUAGGGUUUGCCCUGGGCCAAGCAUGUAAACAGUUAAUAGGAAGAGACGUGAAAUAGAGCCUUGGGGAACACCACAAAAGACAGGCAUACGGGAGGAGCUUCCAAGCAUUAAAGAAAAAGACCUGUUUAACACAUAGGCAAAUGAAUCAGUCCAGGACUAAGUCAAGUAGAUCAUCAGUACUAGCUACUACAGUAUUACAGACCACCAAAUAAUACAAAGUAGUGUCUUGUACAUUAGCCACAUAGAAUUGCACUGUCAGACCAGCCUUUUACAAAUAGUUACAUGUUUAAUGCCUGGCGGCAGCAUCUUGUAUGAAUUAUAGUCUUUGGAUGUUAUACUUGCUGGUACUGUGUUUUGCUCUGGGGCAAGCACAAAAACUGUAAAUAAGAGGGAACCUAGAACAGCGCCUUUGAGAACACCACAAAAGUGAGAAAUACAGAAGGUGUUUCCAAGCAUUACAUGGAAAGACCUGUUUGACAGAUAGACACUGGUCCAACAAAAUGUCACCAAUGUGCAGGACAGAUUGACAAAGAGAUAAAUCCUCUCUUUGUCCACAAGGGGGCGCCACAACCUCAAACUCCCUUGUCAUAGUCUUAAAUUUGCAUAAAUGAUAUUUGAUCUACCGUUCAAAUCUACUGAUCUACUUGUUUUAAAAAUUCGAGUUAUGUCUAAUAAACACGUAAAAAAAGAUGUAAUUGUUUUUUUGGCACUUCCCUCUUGCCUCUCUGGGAUUCUCUGAAGUUGCUCAAGGAGCAAAGUGAAGGUGACACUGCUCAGAGUGAGACAGUGGAGGAAUCCAAACCAUCUGAGGAGUCUCCUGAGAUGCCAAUCAGGUAAAAGACUGAAUAAAAUCUUUAAGAAUAAAGCUCUAACUGACCUCCACAGUACAUCCUGUAGACAUUGUGUGUUUUCUCUGGUCCUUAGCUCAGCUGGAAAAGAAGAAGAGGACACCGAGCAGCUUAAGUGGAGUCGACUCUACAACCAGAUCUCUCAAAAACUGACCACUCUGAAAAAAGUAAAGGAAGAGCAUGAAGCCCAGCUCUCCUCGAAGGAUGGAGUGACUCAUGAAAAGGUAAAAACACAGAAAAAUAACUCCAUCUUAGUCUGGAUGAUUCAGUUGUUUUUUGGAAGCUGAGCACGGUAGGAAAAAUUAUGUGGAUGACGAAGGAUGCGGGACCGAAAUAGACAGAAGCAAAAUUAUUUCUUAGAAGUGGAUAUAAGAGAGCAAAUUCAAUUGAUAGGCCUGUUUCCAUGGCAACAGUUAGCUAAAUCUUCAGUAAUCAGGUGGAAUGAUAAAAAAGACAAAGAAAGGGAUGAUUGUGUUGCAGAUUUUCUUCAUUUUCUGGUUUAUAAAUUUAAUGUUUGAAAUGGAAAGAAUGAAGAAACUUUAUAACAUUAUUGACCUCAGCUGCCAUUCAUAUCUUUAUGAACACAUGAGCACAUCACCCCCAUCCUGGCAUCCCUACACUGGCUCCCUGUUCAGUACAGAAUUCAUUUUAAGCUUUUAGUAUUUGUUUUUAAGGGCCUGAACAACCUUGCUCCACCCUAUAUUUCGGAGAUGCUCCAGCCUUAUUGCUCACCCCGACCCCUAAGAUCAGCUGAUCAGCUGUUACUGACGGUCCCCAGUACAAGGCUGAAGCUCAGAGGGGACAGAGCGUUUACCGCUGCUGCCCCUAAGCUCUGGAAUGAGUUGCCCUUGAAAAUUAGACAGGCCUCCUCAUUUCCUGUUUUUAAAUCCCUUUUAAAAAUGCACUUUUACUCAUUGGCUUUUAGUACAUUGUAGUGUUAAUUUGUUUUUUAUCAUCUAAGCACUUGCCGUGAGCCUCCUUAUUUAUACACUUAUUUAUUCUUUUGCAUUACUGUAUUUCUGCUUGCGUUAUCUUGUUUUUUGAUCGUUUUAUUUGUUUUUAUGUCACUGUACAGCACUUUGGCUACCCUUGUGGUUAUUUUAAAUGUGCUAUAGAAAUAAAGUUGAUUGAUUGAUUGAUUGAUUGAUUGAUUGAUUGAUUGAUUUAAUCUUUAAUGCAAAAAACUGCUUAUAUGUCAAAAAAAUAUGUACCAGGAAUAUUAAUUAAGCAAUAGUCGCCAUGUAUUCACAUGGAGUAAUUUUUUUACUUUGUUUUGAGCUUAAACUCUUUCUUAGUAAGUCUUAUUAAAUGUUUUUCAGUAUCUAGACAGAGAAAUGUCAUCAGGAUCUGCAUCUGCUGUCCUUCAUCGUACACAUGAGUCCGUUGCCACAUUGAGACAAAUGGUAGGGAUCCUUUUAUCAGUGGGUCCUAUUUUGCAGGUUAAAUGAAGUAAAGACAUUUCUUAAUCAGGGCAAACUCUACACUUCCCAGGUGAGCUCUGCAGCAGGAUCAAAUCCAGGGGUAAACAAGGAAUUGUAUGAGGCUGCACGAAAGGUCCUCCUCAGUUUGGACGCUUUGACUGACCUUUUGUUGACUUCUGGUGUCUCUGGAGAAGACGAUCCAAAGCUAAAGCUGAUACAACAUGAGGUGACACUCUAAAACAGCUGAACGUUUGAUGUAUUUGAAGACUGUUAAACACUUUUCAAGUCUCAAAGCUUCACCUUUAGAUCCUCAGUCUCUGUUUUUUCUCAUUAAUCUGUUUUCAGUGUGUAUCCGCUGAGUUGAACACUGUGUCUGAGCUGUUAACUAAAGUGGAGUCGGACAUCAAACCAGCGCUCUCCAGUGAAGAACCAGAAGCUCUUGGCUGUAUGACCUCUCUGCAGGAGUGUCUUCAGAUAGUCCAGCUGGUCUGUGCCUCGUCCAAAAAUCAGAUCAUCGAACAUCUGGGCAUCACCGCCCCGCAUCAGGUUUGGAUUAGAAACCAUUUAAUCUACAGGUCUGUGAACCACCUCAGACCUGCAGAUAAAACACUCUAAAGCUGCUUCCUAUAUCUAAAUUAUAGUUUUGAACUACUCUGGUAAAGCAGCGUAAAUGACAUUUCAUCACAUUCAUUUUAUUCCCUAAUCAAAACAUUGGAAAGUAAUUCUUUAUAUUGUGAAUAUGGACUGAAAAACUGUUCUUAAAUGCAAAAUUGUGGAGUUGCAGUUGAAUAAUGUUAUCAAUCACUGUCACCUAUUAAAUCCAACAAUUGAUUGUCAUUCAGUCUAAAUGCAUCAGUAACUAAGAUCUAAUAAUAAAUACUAGACAAGCAUUUGAUUGGAGGACAUUUAUUUGUAAUAGAUUUAAUGUUUGUAUAGCAGUCUUGAUACUUUUAUUAAAGUUUAGCAUCUAAAUGUUCUUGUCCUCUGCUUUUUGAAACACAUUGAUACUUUUUGUCUCACAGGAGCUUCCCUCUGACCAGCUGUGUAUUCUGGACGAGUGUGAGCCUGGAGAAAGGGAGAUUUUCCCAAGCACUAAAGACACUCCCAGUCUGGAGGUAAAAAGAAAAAAAAGUGCCCAGUCAUUUAUUUGCAUGUUGAUAAUUGUUCAUUUACUCUGAAAAAAGUCCAGAUUAAAGAUUAUUUGAUUAACUUUCAGAGCAAUAUUGAGCUAAAAAGAAAAGUUUUAUUGGGAAACAGGUUGCUGCACUUUUGUUUAAAGUUUUUUUACUGGAAAAAGACAAAAGAUAGAUUUUUGAAGCCAACAGAAAAUAAAAAACAGGGAUAUGAUGACAAUGAAAGAGAGUGAACAAAAAAGUGUGUAACACUAAAACCGCAGAUCGCAGCAUCUCAAAUGAAUUAAAGAAAACUGAAAUGCUGAAGGGAACGACUGAUGAAAAAAACAGGAGAAAGAAGUUCGGAGAUGGAGAGCUACUGAUGAAACAAUAACUUUUAGUCCUCCUGGGAAAAAUAAAAAUGAAAGCCUCCUGUGCUCUUCUCUUUUGUGGUGUUCCCCAAGGUUCUAUUUUGGGUCCCCUUGUAUUUAUUACUGUUUACAUGCUUACCCUGGAGCAAAACUGCAACUGAUUCAAAACACUGUGGCACAAUAUUCUUACCAACAACCAGUACUUAUUUGAGACUAAUGCUGAACUGAGAAUCAUAUCAAAGUUUUAUGGUUGCCUCUCACAGCAGUGUGUGCUGGGCAGACAUCUGAGGGAGGGUCCAGGGGAAAAAGACAAGCUACAGCAGGCUUCCCGGUCCUUGCUUCAGGGGACGAUUCACCUCCUGGAGCUGGGAGAAGAAUGUAUCAGAGAGAGGCAGAUGAACCAGGUCCAUAACCGUGGCCAGCUUCAAGCUGUUCUCUGCAGACACAAGGUAACUCACUGAGCUUUCAACAAGUUGUUUACCAAGCAGAGGAAAGUCAGAAUUAUGAUUUUCACUUUCCCAAGAGUUUGAAGAAGUCUCAUGAUGAUUUCCAGAGAGAUCCUCAGCAAUAUAAAAACCUUAAAUUACAUUUGAAUGAACUUUUUUUUUUGAUUAACACAGUGGAUUUUUGUAUUAACUUUUGGGUGUACUUCGCAAUACUUUCCCCUCUCUUCUGUCAUUCAUCUCGUCUCUGGUUGACCCAGAAGCUACUGCAGGUCCUCAGAUCUCAGUCAGCCUUUGUGCAGCAGCUGUUCCAGCGUGAACCAGCAGUGCUCCAGUGUCAGGAGGAUGAGUGCGUCCAGCUGGAAGUCAGAACUGAAGCUCUGCAGCAACAGGCUCUGGAACAUGAAGUGGCUUUUCAAAGGAGGCUCCAGGUUUGUGCACAUUAGCUGAGGGUCAAAUGAGCCCAUCCAUAAACAGAAGUGGGUUUGUCUUGUGGAAUAAUUUCUGGUAUUGGUGCUUGUGUUUACAAAUCAAAUGUCAUUUACCAAAAUGUUGGUUUGUGGCUGCAGGAGUGGACACAGUGGGAGGAUAAUUGUGGUGAACUUGGCAGGCUGUUGGAUGAUGUUGAAGCCCUCAUCAGCGGUGAAGAGCCAGAGGGAGACGAUGAGAAGUCAGUGCUGGAUCGACUCGCCCUCUGCCAGGUAAACUUGAUCAGAAUGCCCUGUGUUUAUUUUUCUUUGACAUUUAAUAAGCUCACACUCCCUAACCCACAUUUUUUUUCACUUUUCAUCACAUUGUUUAUCCAGUCUCUGCUAAACUCUGCAGUAGAAUCUGCUAAUAAAUGUAACUUAAUAUAAAAGUAGCAUCAGCACUGUCUCUUUCCCUCUCUCUCAGCAAACACUGGUCCAGCUGGAGGAGAGCAGAGCCACUGUAGGACUGCUGCUGGAUCAGAGGAAGAUGCUGCAGACAGACCCAGCACUCGCUGCCACUGUUUGUCACAAAGGGGGCGCCCUGGAGCUGCGAUGGCGGAGCGCCUACAGGUGGAUGGAGCAAGAGAUUCAGCGCUGCAGGGACAUCCAGGACAGCCAGACCAGGUAGGCUGGAGUUAAAAACAAGCCAGACUAUGGCUGGCUAUAUACAUUAGGGCUGUCGCAAUAUACCAGUAUGGACAGUGACUGUUUUUGUGAACAUACUCUACAUUUACAUCAUGUUAAAUAUAGGCAUAUACAGGCAAUACCACAAUAGUUGAGGCACUUCACACAUCAUAAAACAGAGGACAGAUGAAGAUGAUGCAGCAAACUGCCUGUGAACUAGCUUAAGUAGCUCUGUAAGAGAUGAUUAGACACUUUUAAACUGAAGUUUCAAAGAUUUAUGGGGAAAUCAAAUGUAACUUUACAACUUUGUCUCUUUUGGUUACUGUCAUAACCCUGCUCUAUGGCCAUGACUAAAGGACGGGAGCAGUGCGUAUGGACAAAAGUAAACUAAUUUAUUUACAAUUUAAAGUAAAGCAAGCAAACAAAAACUAAAUGUAUGGGGUGUGUUAGUCUGUAAUAUCAGUAGUGUGUAUGUGGUUGUGUGAGAAUGAUGUGGUGCAAGGUGUUGAGAAGUGCACUAACAAAGGUAACUAAAUGAAAUGUGCAUGGGGAUCUGCAGGCAGCCGAGCAGAGAAGAAUGGCGAGCGGCAGGGCAGACAGAGCCAAGCAGGAAGAGCAAGAGAGCGGACAGGCCACAGGAAGCCAGUAUAUGUAGAAGGUGGAGCAGCAGGCCCAGGUGUUCCUUAUCAGAGCAGAUUUCAAUCAGCCAAUCCAGGCACGUCAAAAGAGAACAGAUAGAUAUGUCACAUCUCCAGUUUAGACAUCCACACAGGGGCCAUCACAGUUACUAAUCAAUUGAACAUUUGUACUUUAUAAUAGUUUUUUAAGCUGUUUUCAUUUAUUUCUGUUACUUACCAGAAGUAGCUCACACUUCAAAAUAAAAUCAUAGUUUUACAAUGUCAGAUAUUAUGUCUGUCAACAGUGCAGACAUCGGCCCAUACUGAUGGUUAUCCGAUGCAUUGGUGCAUCCCUAGUUAGUUCUCAGCAUCAUGUCAACAUCAUGCAGAUUAAAGUAUAAGAUACCUUUUUUUUUUACGAUUUGAAACUUUAAUAAAGGGUGUAACGCCAUGAUUGACAGCUCUGUUAACAAAUCCAGCUCCUGCAGAGGAUUUGCAGAAUAUAGAGGUAGAAAACCGAACAAACAUGAUCACAAGUCUUUAAUGUUUCCAAAACCAUGUGGCUGCUCAACAUUUUCACAAGAAUCAACUCUGCUGUCGAGCAUAAGAAACCUGUUCAAUCUUUGCUCUGUUAAAAUAAGGUUGAAUUGAUAUUUUGGUUAGCUGAGGAGACAGCAUGUCAACAGGGGCUUCACCAGCUGAUUCCCACUGUGCAGACUGAUGCUGUGUCCGAAUUGCCCGCUCGGAUACUACAUGCUACUGCUACGUGCUACUGCUAGAUCCUACUCCUACAUACUAAACACGUUGGCCCAAUUCGGACACACUAGAUGAGCGGUGGGGAAAGACUGCCCCCGCAGGCGGAGAGUAGGUACUGCGCCCGUGCAGACAGUGGUAACUGAAGCCCCUCAUCUGCGGGCCUGGCUGUAGUACUGCAGCUGUGCAGUUUAAUGAUGGAAUAAGUGAUCUUUACCUCCAUGAUGUCGCCACAUAUUUGCUCAUAAAAUGAUUACUUGGGCAAAUAUGACACCAUGACAUGACAAAGAGAUACAACCGCACAUUUUUUAGGACAGUGUGUGAAGUUACAUGAAACUUACAUCUGUACUGCUGCGGUCCCACCUGCUGCGGCUCCGACAUGGUGCGCGCUGCUGUGGCCAGCCGGCGAUCGCAACGCAUCUAUGCUGGUGGCGCUAGCAUCACAUGCCCUUCUACAACUUUUAAGAGGACGAAGAAGAAGCCCGCGGUGCAUUUUGGGUCAGUAGCAUGCCCGUAGGAUGCACCGCGACCAACCUACAAUGUGGGCGUGUCUGGUAUCUGAAGUAGUAUCUGAAGUAGCAUGCUACUCGCUCCGGUGGCCAAUUCGGACAUGCUAGAUACUACUUCGACUACUACUUCGACUACUACUUGGCAAUUCGGACGCAGCUAGUCUCUCAAAACGCCUGACUUUACAGGAGGCAUUUUGGCUUCACUCUUGAAUAAAAGGGAGAGUCGUCCACCGUUAUGUACAGUCUGUGGUCUUAUUUGGAGUUGGAAAUGUGAAUAUGUGCCAUUUUUGUCUGACUUAAUAACCAAUGAACAUAAGUAUUCAGCCCUAGAAUUACCUGGAAAUUUUUGCAGAAUAUGUGACAGGAAGGAGAGAGAGAUGCUGUGAAAACUUUUCUCCUCCAGUAUUCCUUCAUCUUUUUCUCACCUUUCUUUAGAGAACAAUGGAGGCUGUAGUGUAAAAAAAGAAGUGUAAGAGCACAAAGGAUUUUUAUUCAGUGUUUCAAACAUUACAUUAAGUUUUUGUAAAAGCUUGAUUUAAGCUUUAAAUCCCACUGAAAGUGAAAGGUGCCUCCAGGAAACAGCAGUGUUGGACCCCUGCCUGCCUGCCUGAAUCUGCUUCUCCAGUUUAGUUGUCUGAUCCUCUCAUCCUCUCCACAGAUUCCAGACUAACUUUGCCUCAGUCUGUGAUUGGCUGGUCGGUGCCAACAAACGCCUGAAGAACUGGUCCAAUCUGGCCAACACUUCUGACCCAAACUCGAACAGUGUUAACAACAGUCUGAUGGAGCUGCUGGUAAGACUCCUAAUCUGAGAGUGACCCCUCUGAACCACAGUUUGGCCUUUUCACUGAUAAUAUAUAUUUUUUUAAAUUGAAAAUAAAACAGGCAUUUUUCAAACGAAUUUCACUCACAGUCUAGAUCUUCAAAGUUGGAAACUUAUUUUAUCAAAUUUGUUCUUGACUUUGUUGUUCUGUACCAUAAAACCACUUCAGAUGCAUCAUCAUCCACAAAUGACCGACAUGUUUUGUCCGUGUAGAUUCUCAUUCAUCCAGGUCAUGGUCAUCUUGAAGACUUAAAAAAAAAAAAAGAAGCUUCUUCAGUGCUAAAUUGCUAGUGUGAGGAGCAGAUAUUUAUCUUACUGGAGAAGGGGACAGAGGUCUGUUUAGAGCUGAAGAAGCUUCUUGGAUAAGAGGCGAAACGUCUUCUCAACUCUACACAGUCCAGUUGCCUGUUUUUUUUUUGUUUUUUUUUAAGUCUUCAAGACCGAUAUGUUUUCUGACUCUGGUUCUUCCCUGGUCCUCCAGGACUUCUCCAUGGAGGUUGGAUCUAUGUCAGUGAAGAAGGCGUCUGUGUCCCGGGAAGCCUCUCAGCUGUUCCACCUGAGGGAAACUGACUGUCCCAGGCUGAGGGCCCAGCUCAGUCAGAUGGGUGUCACCUGGAGCCAGCUGACCUCUGACCUAUCCAAGAUACAAGACAAACUGCAGCAGGUACCAUGUUUUCAGGGACUUUCUACCCUCACCCAGUGAAUGGAACCAGCUCUUAAUGCGAAUUGAAAUAGUCCUGCUCUUGCAGAGGGUCCAAUACUUUGACAUUCACAGAGGAUGAGGAUGUUGUCAACCAAAAAGGGAUGGAUUGAUUUUGACUGAAACAAAUGUCACAAUUUAAUAGAACUGAUGCUUACAGACAGUUUUCUGUCUGAAUAAAUAAAAAAAAAGUUUUAAAAACAAUCCAAAUAUCGAUACUGAGCUGCAUUUUCCUUUAUCGUUUGUCUUACAGUGUCUCCUGUCAGCGUGGCCACCUCUGAAGCUGCUGUGUGACCUGGAUGACUGGCUGCAGAAGCAAGAAGCUCGACUGAACCAAAAGAAAGAAGCUGUCCUCAAGGCUGAAGAUGCAGCUCAGAUCACUGAAGUCCUGCAGCAGUACCAGGCACCUAAUCCUCUGCACUUUGUCUAUUUUCAUACCUAAAGGUUACAUUAGAGCACCUGUAAAGAGUAUUUUUUAAUGUUACUUGCCUCACAGGAAUUAAAAGCAGGCAUGGUCAACGGGCAACACCUUCUUGACUUCCUGUGCCAGUCUGGGCCUCAGAUGAUGGGAGCAGACGUCCUGGCUCACCGCUCUGAGCGCACAAUGUUUGCAGAGACUCUCGGCACCCUCGGGAUGAAGUGGCUGCUUGUUCAGAGAGAGCUUGAGAACCAGGUGUGUUCAAUAGUAUCAGCCCAAAACCUGCAAUAAAACAACACAGAUGCAGCUUUUCCCUUAAAAGGAUAUUCCAGGGUAAAUUUAAGUAAGGGUCAAACACACCAUAACACCGAGUUAGACACCCCCUCAAGAGAUGAAUGUUGCCGACUGCUUGCUUCUCUAGUUAUACCAACUUUAGUAACGACCGCACGAUAGCAAUACACAGCGGACUGUGUCUCUUUGUGGGGGAGCCCUGACGAGUCGAUCACCAUGUGCCGUGGAGUUUCACAGCUCAAGAAAGAACAUUUAUGAUCAUUACUUCAUGAAGAUACAAUCACACCAAGACGCUGAGGCAGAAGAAGUACCCAUCUGCAGUCAACCAUGAUUAAUAUGAUGAUUAUCACUUCAUGGAGAUGAUCCGCUGCACUCAGUGAUCGACUCUUCAUGGCUCCUCCACAAACAAGUGGCUGCUGGAGAAGAGUGGGUUAGUUGUAUUUGGUCUCUUUGCUAAAGAAACCAGUCAAAGCCAAAAAGAUGUUUGAUGGCUAGUACUAUGGCUGGGAACCUAUAUGUACUUUUGAUGAAGUUAGGUGCUGUUCUGAGCAUUACUUGUGGCUACAGAGUGGCUUUUUGGUUGAGGUUUGCACAUGGAGACAUAGACCGCUGUGUAUCGCUAUUGUGUGGUCAUUACUAAAGUUGGUGUAACAAGAGAAGCAAGCAGUCGGCAAGUUUCAUCUCUCGAGGGGGGGUGUCUAACUUAGUGUUACAGUGUGUUUGACCAUAACUUAAUUUUACACAGGAAUAUACCUUUAACUUUGUGGGAUGAAAGUAGAUCAAAGCAGAUGUGGCAAAUUUGGGCAAUACUGACCAGAAUGUGUGCAAAAGGCUUGUGUGGGAUGUUAUUAAAAAGAGCUGAUCAAGCAAAAAAAAUGAGUUAUUCUAAGUCUUGAAGCAUUUGACCAAAUUACAACAAACCAAAUCUUUUUUUUUUAUAUACCUUAUUCUAUUUUCUAUACAUGCUUUAAUGUCUGGUUGUCUUUGUACCUACAGCUUCGUGAAGCUGAACAGCUGCAUCAAACCUGUGCAGACAGAGAGAGGCGGCUGCAGCGUCUUCAUGGCUUCAUAACACAGCAGCAAAAGCAGAUGGAUCAGUGGAAACAGCCGACAAGUCAAACUGUGACGCGUAAAGCUCUGCUGGAGUUUGAGGUACGGUGGAAGGAUGUGAACAGGGUGAUUUUCGGAGUGUCUCUUUUGCUGCUGUUCUCUGAUCUCAGGUGUCUCUACUUUACUCUCAGGCUGUAGAGGGUAGAGUAAAGGAGGUGGCUGCUGCUUUGCAGAAAUUGAAACUGACACGAGUGAGUGUUGAAAAGAAGGAUGAAGACCACCCUUGUGACGCCUCCUUUUCUGAACAGACAGAGCGAGUUUGUCAAGCAUGUGAGGAUCUCAGUCAACAGGUACAGAUUUUCCCCUCGAUGUUCUUAUGUUUAAUUGAAGCUACAGCUAUGUACAUGAGCUGUUUUGAAAGGACAGAGUAAAUCCAUCAUCAAACACCAUCCUGACUUCCCCUGUGCUGAUUUGCAGGUUGAGGUUCUCAAACCAGCUCUGCAGCAGACUGUUGAGGACUGGGGCUGCUUGGACAGAAAUCUAAAAGAGGUUUCUCUGCACGCCACUAGGGCGCACUGUACUCUGCAUCAGAGAGCUCCUCUGUUCUCACUGAGGCAGGCAGAAAGAGACAGGGACCUCCUCCAGGUAAGUGAAAGCUCAGACUGUCACAUUUCAAAAAGGCCACUUUUUAUGAUAACAAUCAGGACAAUAACUCCAUUUUGCUGCUUUAAGCUUCAGGCAAGUUGACAUUGAUGUAAAAGACUUGACAGCUUGAAGUGUGAAUUUAGAGAAAGGUUUUUUUUUCUUCUAUGAAACAGGCAGUUGGGAUUGUUGUAAUGUUAAAAGCCUGUCCAUCUGGCUUUGAGGACUCAGUGAAGCUGUGGACUUAGGGCCCACAUUACUUGACAGUUACCACACUUAGGAUGUAUUAAGACCUCUGAAGUGAGUGUGUAAAAUGUUUUUGUGUGUGUGUAUUUGUGUGUUCAAAGCAACUCCAAGAAAAGACUGGAAAAGCUGGAGAGAUCUGGGCUUCUUUGGAAAAAUCCCAUCAGGGUCUUGUGAAGAAUCUCCAUCAUGGAACGGCGCAGGCUUUGGGAGACCAGAUGGAAGCAGAGAAGAAACGGUCAGUCACCUGAAAGCCAAGUUUAAGUAAUUAAGAGUUAAAGGUUUGAAAAUUCCCCUUGGUUUAAACACAAAGAAAAAGUAAGCCACAGGAGUUUUAAACUCAAAUUAAAGAUGAUUUCAAGAAGGCUUUCUCCCAUAAAAAAGGGUUGAGCUCAUUAAGAGUGAAGUCUUAAAGAUACAAAGUGGCAUUAAAAAACAUUUUUUUGUGUUUUGAAGUCUUUAUACAGUGCGGGGAUGAUGCAGUUUCCCAGUAUUGACAAGAACUGUCCCUUAAAAAGUAAAAUAUUGAUAUUGUGCUCAAAAAAAUCAGUAUACAGUAAUACAGUAAGUUCACAGUUGUGGUCCUCCAUGCUGGUUGUAACCUGCUGUAACACUGAGGUGACUUGAACAGAAGCAACAGCUGCUAGCAAGCUAGCUGUAGCAGCCCUCGUACACGACUCAGUACUUUUCAAAACUGACAUUUAAAGAUAUGAUGUUUGAGGUGUUGGGCAUGAAUUUUUGUCUUUGUUUCAGGUGGAAGGAGGUGUUACAGGAGCUAAAGGAUGAAGACAUGAAGACUGCAGAGACUCUUUCCCUCUGGCAGCAGUACUCUCAGCUCUCUGACCAGUGCUCCUUGAACCUGCAGACACUGAGGCGUCGGUGGGAGGACCUGAUAACAUCCUCCCCUCAAGAGGACACAGAGGCUGUGGUUCACUCUGUGGAGGUGAGCUCAGGGAUUGUUAGCUUGAGUUCAUUGUUAUUAGGACAACCUAAAACAUACCUUUUUAAACAGGCCUUUCUGUCAUAGGCCUGUGGCCUUAAAUGUACAUGCUCUUGCACUUUGAGCGUUAGUGCCUUCUCGCAUAGCGAUGGUAGCUACUAUGUUGGUUUUUAUUGAUUUUAUACUGAUUUCAAUUUUUCUGAUCUAUGCUUUAUGAUGUUUUAUACCGACUUUAUACUGAAUGACUCUGUUUUAUGAUGUUUUUAUGUUUUAUACUGUGAAGCACCUUGUGUACCUGUACUGCAAAAAGUGCUAUACAAAUAAACCUUUACUUACUUACUUACUUGAUUUAAGAUGACCUUUUACAGUCUAUCACUAUAUCCUUCAGCCAAAUAACAGCAGAGAUCAUCACAUCAAAGCUGUCUUUUGUUUUUAUCCAGGUCAUCUUUCUCUGAUAUGCAAAUUUGUUUAAUGAACUGAAACAUGUUAGCAAGAACAGAAGAAACCUGUGAGAGGGAAAUACUUUUUCACAGAACUGAAGCUACUUAAAAAUCUGUCUCAAAAGAAAAAUCCUGACUCACUCGUGAUAUUAAUAUCCGAGUCCAUUCAUGGACUCAGCAACACUGAUUCUGUCCUCUGUGGUUUCAUAUAAUCUGAGUAUUUGAUUUGUCUUCAUUAACUUCCAUCCAGCAUUACUGAGGAGCACAGAGAGCAGACCAAACCAGCAUAACGUCCUGGUUAUUUUUGUGCUUUUAUGAUCAGUGUUCCCUGCUCGGCUCAUCUUGUUCUACGCUGAUUCAGAGUCUUUCUGCGCUGCACUCACAGUUUAAUUUUCCGGUGCCUUAUCUCUUAUUCCUGGAAGGAAACAAACAGUGUGCUCUCAUGAGCAGAAAUAUGAACUAGGAUCUCAAACUAUUCAGGAUUUCAUGUGCACCACUUGUACCUGCAGUCCAGAUGCUGCUUCAUGCUUUUUUGACAUUUGUGCUGAAAAACAAGUUGAAGGGCAUGAAUUCAUACAUUUGUUUUUCAUUUUCAUCAAUCAGAAAGGUACACUGAGGAGUCAUUGUAGGACUUCUUGGCCAAAACCAACAGGGGACCACAAAAACAGCCUGAACAUCAGGGUCUUUAGUUAGUCUGUGUUUUAAAGGAAGAAAACAGGGAACAGCAAUCACAAAGUAUUUAGAAUCAGUUUAAGUAGUUUAAGACGAAUGAAAGCGCAUCAGGAGCUAAAUACCUGAUCUGCUGAUUAUUGUGUCUAACUCAGUGUUUGCUCUCCAUUCUGUAAUGUAAGAGGUUGCAGGGCGCUGCUGAAGAUUUGGAAAGCAACAUGGGAGAUGUUCUCUCAGCUUCAAAGCCUUUAAUUGGACGACUACAACCUCUGGCUGCAAAUUUAAUCCAAUCAGAGACCAGGCUGCUAUCACGUGACAUCCUGCUGCUGAGCCGGGCUGUUUCAAGUAGACAGAAAAGUCUCCAGGUGAGAAAAUUUGAUCAAAUUUCCCCAAGUGUCCAUCUUGAGCUCAUCUCAUCUCUCAAAAUACAAAAUUUAAGACCUGAUCCUUUGAGUUCAUGCUUUUCAAAUAUAGGUGAUUAUUUUUCUUUUCUGCUUCUGUGAUUUCACAGAAGGGUUUGGGGCAGCAGAAACUAUUUCAUGCUCAUCUGGAGGCUUUCGAAGAGCAGACACAGAAUGUUCAGAAUAAACUAAAGGCCAGCUCGAAUGACACAGACUCAGUCAAGGUUUGUCCAGAUUCUUUUGAUUUAUUCCACCGAGUUUACUGCAUAUGCAGAUGUGCAAACUUCAAAGGGAGUCGAACAGUGCUGUGAUGGACAGAAGUGAAGCCUGAGCUGUUAUAGUUGAAAUGUAACAAAUUCUGAUUGUAGAUCCAGCACAAGUAUGUAAGAUCCUACCUUUACUAUCUUGGAUAUUAUUACAACAGUUCUUAUAGAGUCAAAGUAUACAAGCCUCUGCAGAGUCUUUAUCUAACAUCAACUCAAAAAGUGAUUUCUCAAAUAUGAAACAGGUUCUCUCUGAGCUCAGUGACCUGUAUUCGUCACUCGUCCACAUCAGAGAGAUGGCUGGCUGCAUGACCCUCAACAACACAGAGACAGACAGGCUGAGCUCAGUCAGCAGGCAAUGGGCUGAAACUAUGACUCAUGCCUCCAACAGGAACAGGUGAGAAAGUUCAGCCUGUUAACAUAAAGCUGUAGUAAGUGAUUUGAUUGUUUUGAGCUGUUUUUGCUGUUUGAAUUUGUUUAUGAUAAAAACAGAUGUUAACAAUAUUCCUGAAUCCAACAGUCUCUUAUUUUGUUUUGACUUUUUAAUCUUUGGGGUUGAUCUAUCUAAACAGCUGAAAUCCAAACAGUGUGAGCUGUGACCCAUGAAAGCAACAUACACUUUGGUUUGUGGUUCUCAAAACUGAGCAUGGUGCUAGUUCAGGCAGGCAACAAAGUCAAGCCAAUCCUUUCACCAGCUCAUAUCAGCAGACAGCCCAGCUGAUUACCUUUAAUACAUCCAACUGGAAGAUGACAGAAUGGGCUUUGUAUCUAACCACUGUGGCCAGCAUUGUUUGUAUUUUUAUCAGUAGCCAUGUUUACAUGUGCAAAAUUUCUUGAUCCGAUUAAAAAUUUGAGGGAUCGGAAAAUCUGAAUCCACUGUUUAUAUGGGCGCACAAUCAAAUGAUUCGAUCAUGACGUGUGUAUACAUGCACUAAGAUUUAUAGAAGCAUUUGUACAUGUGCAGAGUUGUCUUAUAUCGCUAAAACAACUGCAGAAGAAGAAGAGUUGUACUGACGCCUGUCUAUAAACCAUUAAACACGAUAGUGGUUCACUUCAUCCAAUUCAGGAUAUUCCCCCUGUUAAAUGUUGUCAAUAGAUGGCACCCUUGCUUAUUUAUUUUACUGUUAUGUCAAAGGUUGCACUGUGCAUGCAGAUGUGACAUCAUUACCCUGUAUGUACACUUUGUUAUGUUCUCAGAGGAGCAGACACGGCACCUGCGGUUGUGUUUUAUGCAAUGUAAUCUGCUGUACUGGCCUCAAUAAAUAAAGAGUGAAGAUCGAGUAAGGUUAGAGAGUCACGAUCGGAAUAAGCAUUUACAUGGAUGCGUUUCGGAAUAAUGAUCGGCAUAAUUUACCCCUCUUAAAUGGAAUACAAUUUCUUUCUGAUUGAGCCAAAUUGGAUCAGAAUCUUUCAAUCGACAUGUUUACAUGACACAUUUUAAUUCCGAUCGGGCAUUUAUUCUCAUUAUUUGUGCCCAUAUAAACGCAGCUAUUGCCUGCUGUGCUGUAUACUGCAGUCUUUGCUGCUGCUCCUCCCGCCUUACAUUUCCAUGAAAAUAAACUGUGAUCCUGCCUGAAGUAAAGAAGAGCUCUAAUAGUGAAAGAUGUUGUCAUUGUGUUUCAGAGAGCUGCAGACUGAGCAUCAGCGCUCUCUGAGUUUUCAGGAAAAGUUUGAGAGCCUGACGACUUUACAGAAGACGCUUGAGGAGGAGCUGAUGUCCAAGAAACCUCACAGUUCCUCCAGCGUCCAAGAGAUGGUCACUGCCCAUCAGGUAUUGGAAACUAAUUUUGAAAGACACUGAUGGGUGAAAACGACAAUAAUGUAUCAGUGCAUUUGGUCUUUAUUUCAUGAUACUUCAAGGAUUUAAAUCUGAGUUUUCUGCAGCUUGGCAAACAGAAAUCGCAAAACUUAAAUAAAUCCAACUUUUCCAGCUCUUCUUACUUGAUUUUGUGUUCAUUUCUGUGCUGAUAACUCCUGCCAGUAUAUUACCAGACUACAAGCAUGUAGACAAAUAUUUAGUAAUCAGUGGAUCCCGUCUCUAAAAGAUCGGCCUCAUCAGCACAAUCACAUGUUUAAUAUAUCACUGUGAUUGUAGCUGGACUUCAGGAGGCGUAGGUGCUAUUUGUUCUGAGGAGUAAAUGUGUUGUGAAGGAAAAAAGUUUGACGUCAUUACUCUCCAAAUGUUUUGACACAAAGUUUAUGUUCAAAGAUUUAAACUCUUAUUCUCUCUCCCUGAAGAAGCUUGAAGCUGAGAUGAAUGUUGGACACCAGCUCCUGCAGGCUCUUCUCCGUCACACCGUCGAGUCUAUGGAAAAAGAAUCAGGAGAAAAAAGGUGAGUAAUGGAAAAGUCCAGAGGGAUUUCAGUCUGAUGCUUUUCCAAAAAUCCUUGAAAUGUGUUUCUUUAAUGAGCUUUCAGUUUGAGAGACCAGAAUACUCCAUCCAGCUCUGGAACCGCUACAUCCUCUGAGCUUGGGUUUUCCUGUUUCUCCCAUCUGUCUGAGUUUCUUUUCAAGCCUUGAAUCAAGUUAAUAAAUUCACAAAGGAUCAGAGCAUUCCUGAGUUUUAGGGGUUUGCUCAGCUCAGCACACUCCCAGGUUUGAUUCCUCUGUUUAAUUUGCAAGAACCACAAAAUAAUCUUUCCAAAUAAGCACUUAAAUGUCACCCAUAAAUCUUAGUUAUUAAAUGUUUAUCUGCAAAUUAAAAUGCUCAAAGGCUCAGAGGUAAUAAUUUAUCUGCAGUUUUAUCUCUGCACAGGUUGUGCUGGAGACAUAGCAUUCAGUGCGGUAACUUCCACAAAGUCUGAAGCUAAAGCUGUAUUCACCUUCAGGUUUCAUCCUGGUGCACUGCUGCCAACUGCUCACAGCUUUGUGUUGGAGUCAGAGGAUUUAGAUAAACAUUCAAACACAUUAAAAGAAUAAAAGUAAGAUAGUUUUUUGUCCUUCUUCCUUGACCUUUUUUUGACAAGAUUCAAAAUUUUCUCUCAUCUGAAAAAGACAGACACUGUUAUGAGCUAAUCAGGACAGAUUCCCUCAGGUUUAAAGCUUUUGUGAUUUUAACCAACUUUUUAUGGUUUGUUUCUUUGCUCCCACACUUUUUUACAAGUUGUGAAAUCAUCUCACUCAUGUUGUGUAUUUUGAGUCAGAUUUUCCUCUUGUAUGUCAGUGUUUGAGUUAAAAUGUCAAGCCAAACAAAUUGUUGUAUGUGUUACCGACUGCUUGGUUCUCUAGUUAUACCAACUUUAGUAACGACCGCACAAUAGCAAUACACAGCGGUCUACGUCUCCAUAUGCAAACUUCAACCAAAAAGCCACUCUAUAGCCACAAAUAAUGCUCAGAACAGCACCUAACUUCAUCAACAGUACAUAUAGGGUCCCAGCUAUAGUACUAGCCAUCAAACAACUUUUUAGCUUUGCCUGAUUUCUUUAGCAAAGAGACCAAACACAACUCACUCACUUGUUUGUGGGGGAGCCCUGACGAGUAGAUCACAGAGUGCAGCGGAUCAUUUCCUUGAAGUAGUAAUCAUCUUAAUAAUCAUUUUGCACUGUAGAUGCAGAAGUUCUUCUGCCUUAGCGUCUCGGUCUGAUUGCAUUUCCAUUAAGUAAUAAUUAUAAGUUUUCCACUGCACUCCAUGAACUUUGUUUAAAAUUGUCAAGUCUGAACGUGAUCUGGUUCAUUUUAAUCAGUGUGAACUGAGCUUGGAGUUGGCUUCAUGAACUUAUACAACGCUGUUGGGCACAAUCAACAUGAAAGGAAUUAACCUCACAGGCAGAAACAAUGUUUGAGGAGUAAGUAUUUAAUGUGCAUUUUGAGUUCGAAGUUAGACCCAUGUUCCAUCUGUUUACAUGGAGAAGACAGGAAGCUCCAAAUGUUUUGGCUUCAAUCACAGGGAAGUGUCAUGUCAUGUCAAGUAUAAAGGGGUUUCAAUCUGUAUCUUGACAUGCAUAAGGAUUUGAAAAUAUUUAAUCAUGUGUUAUGAUCAUUGUAAGGUAAAAAAUGUGUUUCUUUUGAGCUCAUUUCUUAUAUUUGGACCAAAACUAUUUAGUUUUCAGCCUCAGUUAUUGGAUCAAGUCGAUUUGUAUUCGUCCUGUAUUCUUCACAGAUGCUGUCGCCUGAUAAAGUCAUACUCUCCACGUAUUGGUACCUCUCUGAAUAUACAGAUGUUUCCUGUCCUGGAACAGUCGGAAACUUCUUUUUUACUGCUCCUUUCACUCUCUGUGGAAAACUUGGAUAGCUCUUAGAGAAUUUGAAGGAAGAUUUCUUUUCGAACCCCUGCUGGAGCUGCUACUACAAACUUUAUGAUGGUCUUAAAAUCCUGCUGACUUUGAGACAGCCUGUGAAUAAAUUAUAAUGGACUUUUUGGUCAUUUUCUCUUUCUGUUUUAUUGUCUGUUAUAUUUUACAGCUUGGUAUCUUUUAUUUUUUUAAGAAAAAUUUAUUACAAAUCUUUAAAGCCCAUUGAGGCUGUUAUAAACCUCAAAUGCCCACAGAGAUCACAAAAGCUUUUCUUUUGUCUUUGUAUAUUUUAUCCUAGUGUGAGUAAUUGUAAAGCAGUUCAUAAACAUACAGUGGUUUUUAAAUAGUCACUAUGUGAUCAGCUGAGUUUUAAGUGUUUGACAUGAGUAUUAAGACCUGAAUACUGAGCAUCUUUAAAUAGAAGGAAUUUUCCCUCUGCAUUAUAUCAGAGUUUAACAUUUACUGUGGUGACUUAAGUCUUACACAGUGUAUAAGACUGAUCAUUUGGCUUUAUUAAGUCUGUGGUUGGUAUGUGUGAUCGCAACUAAGGUAGCUUAGCAAAUACCAAUGAGACCAUGUAAACAUACACGCCAGUAGAUGUCUUUUAAUCAUGACUUUGCUGUAUUUCCUUACAGAUCUGAGCUCAUCGAUCAGGUGACCCAUCUGAGGGAGACUUGGCUCAACACUGUGGCUCUGGCUGGUCAGCGCAGGUCCAUGAUUAAAGACAAAGUGGGCAAGUGGAGAGUCUGCAACCAUGGUUUGAGACUUCUGCAGAGACUGUUGAGGGACAUUGACCCCUUGCUGCCCCCCGCUGGACUAUCUCUGUGCACACUACAUCAGCUACAGAGCUAUGCAGAUGACAUACAGGUUAGUCUGCUGCUUCUCCUAUGACUAUUCAGCUAUAUUGCAAAGGUAGAAAUGCAAAGUCUUGAACUGAAUUGAAUGAAAUGUUAACCUGAAUCACUCUUAUUUUCAAGUGUGUUGAAAAGGCUCUGGGCUCGCACUCUAUCGUAUACACACAGACGAUGGAGGCUUGGAAACAUUUAUGUGACACCAUAACAGAAUCAGAGAGUCAGAGUGGACUGCGGUCAGAGCUGCAAGCUGUGCAGGAGGCCUGGGAGCGAACCACCUCACUGCUAGAGGAGAGAAGAGACCUGGUCAACACAACAGUGCAGGUACAGAUUCCUAAGUCUUUGUCUUCAUAAAUUAGGGUGAUUUUUUACUCACUGCAUGGCCAUAAAAAGCCCAUCCAGCUGUGAAUGGGGUUCAACAGUCCACAAACUGCAUGUUUUUCAAAUAAAUUUGUGCCUGUUGAAGACUGACAAAAUCCAAAAGAUCAUGUGCAUGUGUGAGAGUACUAAUGAGAGCAGGGGGGUCAGCUUUGUCCACCAUAUCCCAUAUCCAGGACCUUCUCAACGAUACCAUAUCAAACUUUUAACCUUUUAUACAGCAAUUUUUUUAAAGAAUAACUUUUGAAAUUUACAAGCUACAUUCUAUCAGGAUUCAAGAUCAAUUACAACUCACAAAAUCUGCAUUUGAUAGUAUCGAAUGCAUCUUUUAAGUGACAGAGUCUGACACUGUGUUAAAGCAGAACGGAAAAUAACAGUAUCAUCUGCAUACAAAUGAAAAUUUGCACUGGAUACAUUUUGGGCAGUUCUACUGAUAUCAGUGUAAACAACAGAGGCCCCAAAACAGAGCCCUGGGACACGCCAGUUAUUAUUUCAAGAGAUCUAGAGGUGAUGCCAGCUGCAUGAACUUAUUGUGUUUCAAACCUGCAGACAGAGUGUGUAUAUAUGUGAGUGUCUGUGGCCUUAAAUCAUUAUUAUUAUUGGAGUAUUUUAUCUUACUUAUUUAUUGUUUGCUGUAAUUAGUUAUUCGUUUGAAUGUUUAUUAAACUUAAUUGUUAAAUCAUGGCUUUCUGUAUCUACACUUUGUAACUUGUUAUUGAAAGUUCUAUUUCAAAACUAUAAAAACUUCAAAAAACUCUAAGGAGUCUUUUUCAUAACUGCAUGGUCCACUGUAUUAAAAGCUGUUGAUAAUUCACUAAAAAGUGCUGUACAGUGAUUUUCAUUGUCUAACGCUCGAUAAAAGUCUGUCAUUCUAUAAAGAAAUAAAAUGUGAGAUAAAGGUGCAGCAAUAAAAUCAGCAUCUAGUUUUAGGAAACAUGGUUCCAAAUUAGACAGUGUGGGGGCUUUGUGCUUCUCAGAGACGGUUACUGACCCCAAAAUAAAUCACAAACACUUAGAUGCUGUGCAGAAAUAAUUGAGGAUUAUGUGCUUCAUUGUAAUUCAAUUCUCUUGACAAAUGGUGGAAACUGCAGUUUUCACUCCAUGAGUCAGUCACCAGACUUAUUUUUGCUUUACUUCCCCAGAGUGUGCUUUGAAAUGAGUUUUUGGUGUGCUGCUCCUGUGCCUGGAGUUUACUGCAGGAGAGUUUGGGUCUGAGAGAGGUGGUCUCCUUGAAUGUUGUUUAAGUAGAGUGAAGCUGUUAAAGAGAGAUGCAUCGAGCUGUAGACGCUUUGACUGAGAUGUAAACCAGGAUUUGUCGAUUUCAGAAUAAUGUGAUGUGUGUCUACAACUUUAUUUGGACAUGCUGCUGCUGACCCUGCCAGGAAAAUCUUGUAAAAGGGAUUCUUAAUCUCAGUACGGCUUUCCUGUAAAUAAAAUAAGAUAUAUUAUGUAUAACUCUCCACGAAUAAAGCAAAAUGAGAACUCUUAUUGUUCAAACAGACAAAAUGUGCACCGUGUACAAGAUUAGACAUCUCAGAGCUUUUUCAUGACCCUCAUCCUAGCAGGAAUGUCAUAUAAGGACAGAUUUCUCAGUGAUUAGACAUAGCUACUAUUAAUAACAGUUGGGUUACAGUAUCUGUAUGUCUUUACACAGGCCCAGAAAGGUCAGGGAAAGUUGUGUUAACCCCUUUAAGCUGAACAGGAUCCACCCAGUGGAGGGAAAUCCCUCUGAGCUCCAUGUCAAAGAUCACACAGAGAGAGUAGCAUUACUACACAGAAUAGAGCUGACAGCAAGACGACGACACCAUCAUCUAACAGUAAAUAAGACUAGGUUUUACUCUGUAUGUACACUAGGUUGUUGUUCCUGUGGUUCUGUUUCACUUAAAUCUGGUUUUCUAAGCUUUCAGCCAGACUCAAUCCUGAGAUACUCCUCUAUGAAUGAUUUAGUGUCACAAAACAUUCUCCCAGAGUCUGAAAGAUUAAUGUUUCUGGGAAUUUUUAAAAAGGAAAAACAGAGAUUGUAUUGCACAAGCUUGCUCUCUACAUGGCAUACAAACAUUUUUAAAAUCAAGAAACAGUUUCUUUUGUCUUUGUUUUCAGGCACAAAAGCCAGUCAUUUUUAUCGCCCAGAUAUUACAAAGAGAUAAAAUGUGGUAGCAGGAGCCAAUGGUCUCUGUUUUAUUUCAUAAGAUUCAUUGAUUUUAAUUACCCUAAAUGUACUGCAGAGGUUUUUAUAGCAGCUCAGGUCUUUGUAGUUACUGUUGUGUCUCUAAUGUUUGUCAGACUCACCCCCGUGACCCUGUUUAUGUGUUUUCUGUAAUUUAUUUAGAAGUGGUCUCAGUGCCAGGAAGGGAUAACAGGCAUCAUUGCUGAUCUGAACACAAUGAAAAACAGGAUCCAGCAGCCCAGAAGACCACAAGACUAUGAGGAGGAGAAACAAAUUCAGGUGAUUAUGCUACUAUAGCUCCACAGUGUUUUAUUUCUAAACAAAUCCCUGGAAAAGAAAUAAAAUUAAAACACGAAGAAGACUGAGGUCUGCCAAGCGAAAGUGUCCGUAGUGCAGAUACCCUUUAGGAGAAGUGGCCCAAUUUUUUUUUUUUUUUUUUUUUUUUUUUUUUUUUUUGUUCUACUCUAGCCCACGACAGUCUCAGAAAUAAAAAAAACGCAUUUUUAAAAAGUGAGUAACUUUCAGUUUGUGCCAACUUUGGUGCCCCCUGUGAACAAAGCAGUCUCUGCUUAUCUUGUCCUCUACAUGCGUAAGAAGUGGCUUUUGGAAAAACAAUUGUAUUGUCCUGACUUUUAACAGUUUAAUGUGUCAUUUAUCAUAAAUAUUUAUCUGAAAAUGGUAGAAACAGAGCUGUUUUUUCAGCUGCUCUUCAUCUACCCUCUCACACCAGUUUCAGGCAUAAAAAAGGCAAGAUACAAGCUGCCAGUCUUGUUGCUGAUUGUCAUGUUUGCUUUUUGAUGUCAUAAAAACCCACCAAUAUCAAUUUCAGUCUAAUUCAUAAAUGUCAAAAACUUAUCACAGGAGCUUUAAAAUAUGAUUUUUCUUUUACCACUAAAAUAUAUAUAUAUAUAUUUUUUUUGUAAUUUAAAGUUCUUGUGAAAAGUUUGUUUUUAUAUUAGUGAAAUGGACUGAAAUGCAUAUAAAUGCCUUUAGAUGAUAUCCAAAAGCACACAAGACCAUCAGCAACAAGACUUGCAAAUGUUCAAAUUAAAUGAUACAUUUGACUGGUAAAGGCAAUGGAAUUCAUUUUUGGUCAAAAGAUAUCAUAUAUAAGCAUGUACAGGAAGCAGAGACUGAUCAGUGUUGCCAACUUAGCAACUUUGUCGCUAGAUUUAGUGACUUUUCAGACCCCCCUAGCAAGCAAAAAAUGUGCAAAUUAGGGGAUGACUUCAUCUAGCAACUUCUAUGACAGCCACUAGCAACUUUCCUUUGUGAGGAAUUGACAACACUCAGAGUGAUUUGUCCACAGGGGUUGCAAAAAUGGACACAAACUAAAAGUUCUUUUAACGUAAGAUAAAAUGAUGUCUUUUUCUGGAAGGAAAUCAAGCCCCAGAAUCUUAUUUUCUUACUUUCCGUCGUGUUUCAGGAUAUUCUUUUCCAAAUUUCAUACUUGUAAACUUGUACACCAAGUCUACGCCAGGCUGGAGGACUAGAACCUUUUUACAUGUGGUACACACUUGUGGCCAGCAGCACCACAACAACAUGAUGAUCCUCAAAAAGCUCCUCUUAGGAGUUUUACCAGACUGUGAAUCAGACUGAGGUGAAUUUGGAUCCUGUUGAGACUUUGUGUUACUCCUGCCCCUUAUUGAGUAUACACACCAGGUCAAGCGAGAAUCUCCUCAAUGUACAAAAGCCGGUAUAAAUUUUAAAAGUUGCUUAAAGUGAAAUGACUUCUGGAGCUUGAUUCAGCAGAAAAACAGAGGAUGCCUCAUGUUUAUUAUCAUGACCUGUUUUCAUUGUAGACUGCAUGGUUGAAUCUGCAGAAGAGAAAUGCAAAAUAAUGGAUUUGUUACAGUCAUCACUCUGAACAUGAGUUCGUAUAUAUGGCAAUCAGCAGCAUGAAACUACAGCAAGAAAGCCAAACUCUGGUCUCUGUGCUGACCAGAGUUCCCCACCCCAUCACUUCAUCAAAGGUCGACCCCCAUCCACUAGCACCAGCACCAGAGCCCCUCCGUGUUUACCCCCCUUUCUCUUGUUUAAUACCCCCAUGCUUUCACUCCCCUCCCCCCUUUCCCCCCUCUACCCUCCCCCUGUCCUGUCCCCAGCCCUUUAAUCGGGACGGUCAGAGCGAGAAAGAGUCACAGAAGCGAGUUCCUGCAGCUCGUACAUGGCUGUCUGACCGCAUGUUCAAGUCUCUGUGUAUGUGUGUGUGUUUGGUGUGUGUGUGUGUGUUAUGCAGGAAGCAGAGCUCUCUCUGCAGCGUUUGUCCGGCGGGUUGCGGGAUUUGUCCACCAUGAAGACGGACCUGUCCCAGUACGUGGCGGCUUGUGACUCGGCUCUGCUGGAGCAGCAGCUGGAGCAACUCCACAGUCAAUGGGAAGAGCUGUGCACGAAGGUAAGAGCUGGAGAAAUACUUACAAAAACAAAAAAAGGAGGCUAGAAAACUUUAAUGGAAGCAGAGAAAGUGAGGUUGAAGGAGGUGCAGGUGCAGAGGAGGGAUAUUUAGGGGGAGGAAAGGAGAGAGGGAGGGAGGGAGAAGGAGGGAAAAGUUGCUGCAGUGGAGUCUUGGCGGUGACCAGCAGCACAAAGCCUCUGCACCACUUGGGCUGAGCACACACACACACACACACACACACACACACACACACACACACACACACACACACACACACACACACACACACACACACACACAAUGCAGAGGCACAAAUACACACUCAUUUGUUUGAGAAAAGAGCACAAUGUGCUGAUGCAUUAAAGGGAAAUUACAACAUUUUUACCAUUCGAUUGAUACAUAAGCAGCCUGCAUCUAAAUAGCUGACUUUGUGUAUGUGUUUUUCUGCAAAAUGAGCAAAAACUGAUGCGUUCUGGGGAUUUUUGGUUCAUGCUGCAUGGACUGUGCCUGGAUGAUUUUUUUCUGGCUUAAACCUCUAAAAAACAGUGGAUGGCUUCUGUAGUUGCUCAGAUCUUUUGAAACCACUUGACAACUUGGAAUGAGUUCCUCCUGACUCUGACUCAGACUCAGUGAAACUCUCAGUCUGAAGCAGCCUGCUAAUUCUUUCACCUCAUGAAUGCUAAAAGCAGUUCCACUGUACAGGGACAGGCUCAGAUUUCUACUGUUAAGUCUCCUGGCUUUAACACAAAUGCACUUUUGUUCAGGAGGAUAAACAGUUAUGACAUGCUUUGGAUGUUUUUGUCAGUCAUUGGAGUUAUGAGAUAAUUUGCACCCAUGCUAAUUGGGUCCCCUGUUGCAGUGUUUGCCCCCACCUGCUACAAAGAGUCACAUGUGCAGCAUCAGCAGCUGCUGUAGCCAGUCUUCAGGUUUUCUGUCAGUUGAGUUGCUUAUCAAACUGCUUUAUUUCUCAUGUGUUUGUCCUGAAACAAACCUGAAACAUGAAGCGUAUUAUUUCUUUGAAUCCGGAGGAUUUCCUCAAGGAAAUGGAAGAAUAAAACAAAUCAAAACCUCCAUGAAUCCUCCUUAUUUUCAGCUGUUUCUGGUUAUAAAGUUCAUCUUACACAGCAAAAAAAAAAUCUUUGGUUUGGUAGUUUGAGAAAGAGCAGACUUUUUUCAGCUGUUGAAUGGCAUCAGACCCUCUGUCCCCAUCAUUAAUUCCUGACGUGGCCGCAGGGCGGUUUUGCUCUGCGUAGCUAACAGGUUGUAGGUGGGGGGAAGCCACUGGAAUGGGUCCGAUGAGCAGAUGGCCUGGCUGGGCUAAAGGGGUUCAGGGGACAGUCGCUAUUGUUCCUGGAGGGAGCACAAAGUCCUCUCAGGGUGACAGCAGCUCACAAAGAACCCCUAAAUUCUGCAGAGUUCAACAGAGACUGAGCAGUGUUAGUACAUUAAAACCAAAGCAAGACUCAUUUACAUCAAAUAAAUGCCAGUGAGUGCUAAAAUAUAGCCGCCCGAGGGGUUCGCUAAGCCCUCUAACCUCAAAAAGAUCAUCAGGCGACCCCCCCUCCUUGACAGGCAUGUAAUAGGGUGUUUUCAUGGCAUUAAGCUGUCAUUAGGAAAAUGGACCUUGUUAAUUUGAUCAAACUGCCUCCUGGGGGAUUUCUCUCAUUCCAGUUUAUUGCUGAGCUUGCUGCAGAUUGAAUGUGUAAUGAAAGUAAAGACUUCAUAUUCAGGCCAUUCUUCUGCUUUUCAUCCUCUUAUCUGUUUUUCCUCUGUGCAUCACAGAUUUAACUUUUCUUCAGUGUCGUCCCGGCUAUUUCUUCUAUGCUGAAAAUUUAAAUCCACUAAGUGCUCUCUGGUGCUGUAGAAUUGGGUCACAGUUGCCUGGAUGCAUACCAGGGCGUAUUAUUGUAAUAAUAAAGCCUUAUACAGUCUGGACAGGCAUUUGCAGCACAUGUGAAACAGGGGGGAACUUUUUCCUGGUUGUUGUCUGUAAUAAAUUUGUCAAAAAGGAUUAAUAAUUUGAUUAUGAACAUGAUCAGUUUCAUGUGACUCAAACCUAUUUUUUACCUCUUUUUAACAUGUAAAAAAAAGGCCUAACUUACUCUGACUCUCUUCCAGGUGUCCUUACGCCGUCAGGAAAUCGCAGACCGCCUCAAUGCCUGGACCAUCUUCAACGACAAGAACAAAGAGUUCUGCGAUUGGCUGACUCAGAUGGAGAACAAGGUGUGCCACAGUGGAGAGCUGAGUAUUGAAGAAAUGGUGGAGAAGCUGAAAAAGGUAUGAAAAUCAAUCUCAGAUUAAAAUCUUCUUCGUAAAUUAUAGAGUGAAAAACUAUUUCUGUGACAAACUGCAAAACAGGAUUUCCAGUAUUUGAAGUGGAUCAUAGUUUCCACCGCAGGUCUCUGUAUGCAGGCUGAUAUUGAAACAUCGUCUUGAUACAUACAUACUGGAUUAUGUUGUUUAUAACAGAUGGUGGCCUGGAAUGGAAAGGGUGCAUGCCCUUUGUUCUUACACAACAGUUGUCCUUUCAGAGCAUGAAAGCCUUUUGUACCUUCCUGUCCCAUCAUAGCGAGCAUGCUUGCUUCAUCAACCAAAUAAUAAUUGGUCUGAAUGUUGCAGAAUGAGCGUUUUGGGCUCUUAGAGGAGAAGAGAAAACUAGAGACAAUUGAUGAUCUGUGUUUGUCAUGUGCAUGACGGUACUCUCUGGUGAUGCUGGGCUGCUUCAGGCCAAGAAAACAGGUUUCAGACAGGUUAAUAAAUGGGACACUGAAAGUCAAGACAGUUUGAAAGUUGAAACCACUGACAUCUGCAUUGUCUCUAAUUUGCUCGCUGUUAAACCGUAGCUGAAAAAAAAUGCUCUGUGGACAAUGAGACAGAUGAAGGUGAUUAAAGUCACUAAACAGGAAAGACAGUCUGACCUGACAGUACAGGAAAAUGAGGAUUUGAAGUGUUAUUGUCAUUGUUAAACUGGUUAAUUAAUUUCAUCUUGUAAAAUAUAAGAAAAUAGAAGUUGGAAAUGUAAAAAACAAGUUUCUGAGCAGUUUCUGAGUGAAACAAAGAAAGAAGAGCAGGGUGCCGGUUUGGCCUCAUGCACAGAGGCUAGAGUUCUCUUUGCAAUGGUCCAAGGCUGAACCUCUGGCCUACAUAACCCUAAACCUCUUCAAUGACUAUGAUUCCUCCUUGUCAUCACUUUUAAGCACUUUUUAUCAACACUUUUUGUUAAACUCUGAAAUGAUGAUGAUGAUUAGGGUUGCUUUUGAUCAGCUGUUGUUUUUUUGCCACCACAAAGCCCCACAUUACUGCGUAUUGUGUAUUUUUGACAAGAAGCAAGAAGACACUGCGGUGGCUUAAAUACGGCAUGCCAAAAGGGACAAAAUAGCACAGGAUUAAUGAUGACACUCCAAAAAUCUAAUCAGACUCUUCCCUAUCACAUUGUCACAGGACUGCAUGGAGGAAAUUAACCUCUUCAGUGAGAAUAAAAGCCACCUGAAGCAGCUAGGUGAGCAGCUGCUGCUAGCCAGCGACGAGGCCAAGCAGUCACAGGUCCUCGGAUCGCUGCAGGAGGUGAACCAGCGCUGGCACCACCUCUUCCACCACAUCGAAGCCAGGUGAGAAUCGCCACCGCUGUAACAGAAGCUGUAGACUUGGAGUUAAAGCAUUUAUGUGUCAGUUAAGUGCUUUACAGAGGACCAAAAAGACGAAGCAAAGAGUAUCAAAUUGAGUUUUGUUGUGCCAACAAUAGUAAAUAGAAAAAAAAAGUGCAGGUUCAUUUUAGAACAAACUGAGUGUGUGAUUUUUCAGUCCAGCUGUGAUUUGCACUCUUAAUUUCAGCUCAUAAUUAGCCUUUCACAUUAGAAAGCAUCAUUAUGAACUAAAAGGCUUUAACUGGGCGCCUGUAAUUAUACAACAGAGCUCAAAUGAGAACCCAUCCACCUGCUGUUGUGUAAGCCAUGCUCUGCAGCUGUCAGGAAUACAUGCCGUCUAAUGUACAGGCUGUAGGUUAAGCCACUGUGAUUGUGAACUGUUACUGCCCCCUGUCCCCCCCCUCAGACAGAUGGACAGUCCUGAGAGGAGAAGAAGAUCCAGACUUCACUUGAUGUGCUUAAGUCUCAGACAGUACCAUAUGCCCUCAUGUCAACCAUGACCUCACACCCCCUUUUUUUUUUUACCCUGUCACAUUGUAGUGUGACAUGAAGGAGUGAAGGGGGAGGGUCUGUCGGCAUGUAUUAGUCACUGGUUCUUAAAGUGAGGCCCUCUCAGAUAUUACAUAAGCCCCAUAAGUAUACAGCACAGCUCUUCUAUUCUCAACAAUAUGGAUGCAGAUUGAUGGAUUAGUCGGUAGUAAAGAGAGUUUGCUGUGAUUUGCAGUGUGCAAAGAUUUCAUUUGACCAAAGCAGGGCAUGAAAAACUUCAAAACACACUCAGUUAGACUUAAACAUGCAGUGGAAUGAAGUUCUGGUUGAGUCAAGCCAUUAAAACUGGCAUUUUUGAAAUUAUUCGCUUUUUAGUUUAGUCUGGUUUGAGUCAAUUUCUUUUUCUCCUGCAAAGCUUGUUAAAAAGUCUGAUUUUUUUCCAUUUCUUUAAGAGUAUCAUUCACCUAACUAUCCUUAGCAAAAAGUAGUAUACUUAAAAGUUAUUUUUUUUCAUGCUUGAGUAUAAGUAUAUCGAGUAUACUACUGACCAUUCACUUCAGUGUUUUAGUUUAGAAAAGUAUACUUGAAAGAAAACUUUUUGGUAUACUAUUAGAUUACCAGUAAAAAAAGCCCUAUGGAGCUAACAACUAUCCUCACCUUUUGACCCAUUAAAUUAACAAAACACCUUCAAAUGUUUAACAAGUGAUUUAUUGUGACCAAAUAAUAGGCCUGUCACGAUAACAAAUUUUGCUGGACGAUAAUUGUGCUACAAAUUAUCGCCGAUAAACGAUAUUAUUGACACCAUUUUUUAAAUUAUAGAUAAUGAUAUUAUAUGGCAUAAUAAUGCGAGUACACCAUGUCAAAAGUGAUAAACUUUAAUUUCCACACGAGAACAACACUGGUUGUUUUCGUUGACUAAAAUAUUUCCCUUUUCUCCCACGACGAAGACGUAACGUUGACGAGCUAAACAUAAGUCGGAGAUGACUAAAAUGUGACGAGACGAAAGUGCGUUUAUGUUGAUGGGACGAGACGAAAAUGACGAACAGAGUUGCAAAGCUCAGUCAGUUAAACGCUAAACAUAUAGGAGCAGCUUCAGUCCGCUCUGACAGCUCUCAUCAGCCUGCUGUGCUCCUCCAACACACAGACUCACACGCGCGCGCGCGCGUACACACACGUGGAGUUUUAUGGUUGACGAAAACAAAACUGGUUUAAAGCCGAAAUAUUCCCACCCUUGGACUGUUGCGUUCGGUUUAGACACCAAAGCUGUCGUGUUCAUUCUGCUAGCUUGCUUUUCACUCACGACGCUCACUUGUAGCACUGUAUCCAAAAAGUCUGUGUCUGUGUGCCUGUGCGCGCCAGCCCCCUCGUGACAAAGACACUGAAUGACUGACAGGAGGGUUCACUAACUCCGUUCAUUCCGCUAUAGAGCCAACGCCCCCAGGUGCCGAGAACAAUGCGCAGAGUGAGACCUCUUCUCUCAUCCAGCGUGUUUGGUAGCGAGAGAGGAGGAAAACAAACGCACGUCAAUUAUCGAGGCUGGCAAAGUUAUCGACCUCGUUUUUAUUUAUCGAGCGAUAAGGCGAUUUAUUGAUUAUCGCGACAGGCCUACCAAAUAACAAAAUUACAAACUAAGCACAAAAGAACCCACAACACAACAUGAGAGGCAGCAGGGCAGCAGUUCCCCCACCAAUUGCCUCUCCAGACUGCAGGCAGCUUUCGGUCUUAAAGGCCCAGUACCAGGUGAGUCUGAUUGUCACUCAGUGACUUCACCUGGGCAGCUAUGGGGAGACAAAAGGGGGAAAACACCCCCACCCUUAAGACAAUGAAUAACUAAAUGGGUGUUACUUACCAAGGCUGCACAAGCUUAAAAAAAAAAUAAAAAAAAAUAAAAAAAAACCCUAUUCACCAAAACUGAAGACAACCACUGCUGACAAAAAGGUGCAAAAUGGGUCGUGAGGAACACAAAACCUUAUUCAAGCUUUAGGGCCAUAGAAGAUGCUGUACUCAAAUUUAAGAGCAUCCAUCCCAAAAGUAGCCAAUUAAGUGGGUGCCACUCCUACAAAGCAAAAUGGCUACUACCAUGAGGUUACCACAAACAAAGAGCAAAACACUAAAUUUGCCAAUACCACACACAGUAACAGAUGUCCAACACUAAAGUGGAGUGAACAGUCACACACACAAACGGAUCAACAAAAGUAGUAGAACUACAACAGUGCUGUCAUUCACAAACAGCACUCAGAGAUCCAACAAAAGGUGACUGCCACCACCACAACACAAAUGGACACAAGUCUUCAAAAGACACACAAGUUACUGUGAUAAGGCUGGCAACAAGCCAAACGAACGGAACAUACAAAUAGGUAUACGAAGCAGUAACACACAAGUGACCCACCAAAUGUGGACUGCAAACCACUACACAAAAUGGUCACAUAGCAGUCACCACUACACAACUGUUGCCACCUUACACCUACAGUAAGAUGCAACUCACACGUGACCCACCAAAUGUGGAGAGCAGGUACCACCAACAAACGGUCACACAACACAAGUUACUGCACACACAAAAUCCUAAUUGUAAUCACACAGAGUGACCAAGCAAAAAUGCGUGGCCUUAUGAAACACAGACAAAAACAGUCAAGUAGUAUGAAACAAUUUGAAGAGCCAAAUGAGUCACCCCAACCCCUACCUGCUUGACAAGAUGUCUGACUUACCUAACUAGUCUUCAGUGGCCUGCCGAGCUCGAGGCAUCACUUAAGUGAGCCCCCUCCUCAGGAUUACCACCAAAAAUAAAAAAGGCAAAAUAAAAAAGUGGCAAGCUCUUCCCUGCCCGGCGACUAAAUAAUCAGGGUGCUCAGAAGUUACAAAUAAAAGCAACUACUAAUGAUCGUGACAGAAACAGAAAACUAAAAAACCCAAACUAUGGUCACUAGUUACGAGAGGAAAAAAAACAACUUUAAAGAACCUCAUGGAUGUUCAAUCCCGGACGAGCCCCCAUUUGUUACUCCCCACCCGAAUGCGGCCCUAUGGGGCUAACAACUAUCCUCAUCUUUUAACCCAUUGAGUUAACAAACACCUUCAAAUGUUUAACAAGUGAAAACAAAAACAUAAAACAAAACCAUAUCUGUAGUCUGUGAAUCAUUCACCCACACCUCGGGCUCCUUAAGAAUCUGAUUCUUCUGAUGCAAAUAUACACAGCCCAAAAGUAGUAUUAAAGUAGUGUUACACAUACUCUUAAAAAAAUAUAUGGAAGUAUUCACUGACCAAGUAUACUUAAACCUAAGGCACACAUACAUGCAUGAGUAUAACUUGAACAAAAGUUUAUGUAUAAGUAUAGGUUAAAUAUAUUUAGACUUGUAGUAUAAUUCUCAGUACAAGCCAAGUAUACUUAACAUUUACUUAGUUAAGUAUAUCUCUGAAAAGUGCAUAGAAACUAAACUGAAAUCAUACUUAGUUUAAAAACAGUAUACUUAAAGCACACUUCAAUAUACUUCUUUUUGGUAAGGGUAGCACCCCUUUUUUUCACUGUUUUACAAAGGAGGAGGGAAACCUGUGGGUGUGUAUCUAUUGUUCUUAUAGAUGAAACAGCUGUCUGAUAUUUGGAAAAUGUAAUGGCUAAUAGAAAAACAUCUAAAUCUAACUUGAUGACAUAGGAAUCGUCUGUUCAAGUCACAACAAUGAGCUGAAACUGGCUUAAAAGCGCAACUUAGCUGAAGAGCUGAUUCCCAACUCAAAAUUAGAGUUUCUUGCUGUGUUUACAUGUGCAUGUGUAUCCUGCCUACAAGCACCAUGAUUCAGAAAUUUGAUGAAUCAUGUGUAAUCAAAGAAAGGACCAUCUCACAUUUAAGCUUGUUUGAUUGAAAAAUAAAUUUCUCCAAAUGAAAUUAAUGCAACAGAAAAACUAAUUUAUUAAUUGACAUGAUUAAGAGCAAAGUUAUGUAAAAUAACACUUUGUGUGGAGCUGCUUUUGCCCCAUGGUUAGAUCAGCUUUGGUUCGAUUCUAACUUUCAGCACUUUACUAGAUGUCAUUGCCCCCUCUUUCUUCCCAUUUUCCCACCCUAUCCACUGUCACAAAAGUCACAGUCAACUUGAAUAGAUUAAUUAAUCGAUUAAUCAGAUUUUGUCCAGCACGAUUGUGGGUCCAUGUGUAAUAGUGUAUUUGCAACCAGAAAUGACAAAUUCACACAGUGCUGUCUAUGUAAAGCUGUGGUUUUCAAGCAAACACCUGUUGGACAAGAAAGUUGGCAUGGGAGGCCACUUCAUAGAUUGAAAUGCAGGACAAACUCUGGUUGGGGGAUAUCUUGAGUGACUGCUUUAAUGUUUGCAAGUGCACACUAAUGUGCACGUAGCAGCCCUGAAAGUCAAAGCCGGAUUAUUCAUGUUCAAGUCAAACGGUGAACUAAAGGAGCUCAUGUACAGUAAAGGGAGCAGCGUGCUUACAGCUCCAAAAAGUACAUGUCAGUUUGGUUUAGUGUCCCUCCUGCUGACAGACUUAUAUAGUCAACUUGCUCCUCCAACCGUAUAUCCCAACUUAUCCUACAGCUCUUUUCUGCUCUGUUUUCCCCAUCCAUUCCCCUCCUGUCCUGUCCCUCAUCAAGGACCCCUGACCGUGUUUUGUGUCUUUGUUGGGCCUCCACAUGAAGCUGCUGGUCUUUGUUUGGCUGUCAGAGGUGGAGGGGGUGUGAAAGAGAGGGACAGACAAUUUAGGGGACAGGGAUGGUAGUAUCUACAGAGGGGGAGAGCAUUUUCUGGACAGGAUUUACAGUGACUUCAUUAUGUCUUCAUCACACGGCCGUAAACUUGAAGCCAAAUUAACCACGCACAGAAGUGCUCCUGACAGCACACUGUACAUUAUCCUGGAGCUCUAUAGGGUCUGCAGAGAACUGAAUCUUCUUUCUAGUCACAUUCAUCCAACACCUGUGUUUUUGUACAAACGCCAACAACAUACAGACUUUUUGAAGUUAUCUGCAGCACAUCUAAACCAACUUUUUAAAGUUUGAAACACGAUCUAAAAGGACAAGUAUUCAGGGCUAUGACUCUAUUCUUCUAUUCUGAUCUUGUUAAACAAAGUCUCUUAACAGGCUCUCUUAUAUGCACACACUCUUCUCAUCUAUAGCCGUCCAACGUCCGGCAUCUGUUGAGACCCUUUCAUGCUUUCUUCAGCCGGCCACUUACACUCACAGCUGUUUGUAGUGCUUAUUCUCUUGGCAGAGUGUGUCUCUCCCUCUCAGGCCCCGACAGGCUCUGCCGGACCUCAACAGUAGAGGAAGGAUCAAAUGUGGAAAUCAACUCAGACUCCCCAAUGGGGCACACUUCAGGCUUUUAGGCCUCUGAAGAGAGCUUUUAUUGUCCUGUGGGUUGCUAUGACACCAGUCAGUGUGGUGCUGUGUGUGUGUGUGUGUGUGUGUGUGUGUGUGUGUGUGUGUGUGUGUGUGUGUGUGUGUGUGUGUGUGUGUGUGUGUGUGUGUUGGGGUCCACAAUGGGGUUAGUUACCAUGGUGAGCUUGAAAGUUUUACACAAAGACACCUGAAAGUUUUGUAGGUUUCUUUCCAGUUAUCACAAGUAUGUUUAAAUGAGUGUUUGAUCACCUGAGUCUCACAUUUCUUUUGGUUUUUGCCUUUUAUAACUGUACACUGAGGCCAUCUAUGCUACUACGGUAGCGACGAAUGGACUAGUAAAGUAUGUGUUUUUGUAUUUCACUAGAGUAGCACAAAAGCAACACAAAAACAGAGAGAGCAUAACAAUGAUAGUAAAGACAUGACAAAUGAAGGAUCAAACUUAUCAUGCAUCACAUGAGCUUUUUGUCCUUAAAGGCCACCAUCGCUUCAGCAGGAGGAGUGAGCAAGGGAGCAUCUACACAUUUUACCUUAAAACUGUGUGUGAGGGGUGGGUUGUGACCAUAGACUGUGUGUAGAAUGGACAGCAUCUGCUUCCUUGCUGGGUGAAGCCACUCCGAGAACAGCACCCUCUGUUGACGGGCUGCAGUAUAGGUCAUAAAUCCCCCCUCCUCCACAAAGCUUAUGGAGCUGUGGACAAACUUUAGAAAUUUAUUUCACAGAAUAUAAAUUUUUCUCCCCCCUGGUUGUGAUGUUGACAUGUAGUUAUUGUAAGACUGGUUUGUGUUCAAGUCCUCUUUUUUCUGUGAAGCUCCGUUUUUAAAAGUUAUUAGGGGGUUCAUGUUUUCUAUGAUUGACACCUGAUACAGCCUAUGGGCAUACGAAGAUUGUGUAGCUCACUCAGAGGAUGGGCUGUUUGAGCCAAGCGUCAUCAGAGCAACUCUCCCACCGAAUGCGUACAACGCUACUGCACAAGCAGUGGUUCCAAGAAGUAGAGAAAAUCCCGGAAAUACCAAGAGCAAUUUGGCUUUAAAUUUGUAUAAUGACAGAAGGUGGAGCCAAGUUGUCCAUAGUAUAUACAGUCUAUGGUUGUGACAUUGACAUUGGAUUAAACAGUUACUUAAGUAGUGUGUGUGUCUAUGUGUGUGUGUGUCUGUGUGUCUGUUUCUGCUCAGGGUGAAAAAACUGAAGGACACUUUGGUGACGGUGCAGCAGCUUGAUAAGAACAUGAGUAACCUCCGCUCAUGGCUUUCUCGCAUUGAGGCAGAGUUAUCCCGACCAAUCACCUACAGUGUGUGUCACCACCAGGAGAUUCAGAAGAGGCUGGCUGAACAGCAGGUGAACAGAAACUUCAGAAUAUUUUGUUUUGUUUUCUUAUUUUUUUUCUUAUUUUCUAUAUUUUGUUUUAUUCUAUUUUGCUUUCUUUAUUGAAAAUGUGUUUCUCAUCUCACUCUUUGUUUUUCUGCUCGACUGUCACUCCCUCUCACUCUUUGUCUCUCCUUAUGAUUAAUAAUUCAUAUCUGUCCUUUGUUUAAUUUUGGGAGAGGCCUCUCCCUGUCUGUGCACUGAUGUUUGACAAAUGCUUUAACUGUGAUGCACCGGCACCAUGUCUGUCCGUGUGUCCGUCCAGGAGCUGCAGAGGGACAUCGAGCAGCACACAGAGGGUGUUGCAUCGGUGCUCAGUCUGUGCGACGUUCUGCUGCGGGAUGAGGAUGCUGGGGGUGGCACAGAGGCAGAGAGCGACUCCUUGCAUGAGACCAGCCGCAGCCUGGACCAGCGCUGGAGGACCAUCUGUGCCCUGGCUCUGGACAGGAGACUCAAGUAAGACUCACACUUGUCCUGAAGACCAUCUGCACAGCUUUCAUGUCAUUUAAAGGAAGCAGAACAGAGCAUAUCCAAAUCCAGUACACGUGAUGUAGUUAACCCUCGGUUCCUACCAUGUCCAUUUUGGGGACAAAAUGAAGAGGAACCAAGGGUUGACCAAUGACUUUGACAAUCAAACAGCAAAGAUCUCUGAAGGUGGUUCAGUCCACAGCUGGACAGAUUCUCACAGUCAGAGUAAGUUCAGUGACUCUUGUCGUAGUCUUUGUGGUGUUAAGGUUCAUUGUCCCUCUCUGACUCUGCUAAUCCAGCACACACAAUGCCCCAGGAACCUUAUUUGUCAAUGAAGCUGUCAACCACCUUGUUAUAUGCCUUCUUGUAGCCUCACAAAACUGUAUUUUAGAUCCAAGUACUUCUCAAGCCUUCAUUAGUGUCACAGAAUAACCAAUAAUAACCUGCCUGCAGACUCUUAACUCCAGUCUGGUGUCUCUGUAGGAUCGAGGAGACAUGGGGGCUCUGGUGUAAGUUCUUAGAUGACUAUUCACGCUUUGAGGAUUGGCUCAAGAUGGCCGAAUGCACCGCUGCCAACCCCAACUCAGCAGACGUCCUUUAUACCGUCGCCAAGGAGGAGCUGAAGAAGUUUGAGGUCAGUCCUGAGGUGGGGGGUUGAUAUAGGCAUGAGUGGUUGUGUUUUUUUUUUUUGUUCCUGUAAUUGUGCAGCAUUACGCCUGGUUCACACUGGAAGCGCCGCGCGCGGAACGGAAGCGCCGCGCACAGAGUUUCGGAUCGGCGCCCAUGUUAACCUAUGAGACUGUUCACACAGCACGCGCGCGGAAGCGCCGCGCGCGGAACGGCUCGCGCUCUGGAGCGCGGGUGCUCCGCUCCUCUCUAUUUUCGGCGCGAGCCGCGAGCGCCGAUGUAAAGCUCAACAGAGCAGAUCGGACCAGACAGGAAGUCAGGAAGGAGAUGCGAGAGAAUCCGGUCAAUUUUCAAAAUAAAGUAAAUUUCAAUAAAUUAGAAAAGGAUUUACGGUGUUGCUUGUCAGUCUAUUUUUUUUUACCGAUGAACACACACACACACACACACACACACACACACACACACACGGAGGGAGAGCUGCAGAGAUUCAGUGAUGUUAUUGAGACAAAGGGGGGGGGGGGGGGGACUUUAUUACAAUACAGUCAAUAGCCUCGAGCUAACAAGGCUAUACAUACAACGGAGUCAACAGAAAGCGCUCGUAAGUGUGGAAAACUGAGGGCAGACGGAAACGGCCGAGCACUACCGGGCUCAGUCGAUGUCUGACCGGCAUGUCAGAGCGCAGCAGAAAGCGCUUCCUGUGUGAACAGCCAAGCGCGAGCCGGCGCUGCGCGCGCGCGCGGCGCUUCCGUUCCGCGCGCGGCGCUUCCUGUGUGAACCAGGCGUUAGACUUCAUGUGACGGAGUUCAUGAGGAUUAUGCAUUUGACAGACAGAAACAAUGUUGGCCUUUUUGGUAUACCACAACACAAAUAUUAAAUAAAAAACAGCUCAAGUGUAAAGAAAUGAUCUGAAUGCACACUCAUCAAACUGAAAAGUGCGUGUGUGUAAAAAAAAAAAAAAAAAAAAAAACAGUUUCAGAAUCUGGAGCUGUAAUCCUGCUCAGACUUUGCUGACAUGAGUCUGCCCGUCUCUCCUUCUUCUAUAAAGGGUUUUCAGAGGCAGGUUCACGAGCGGCUGACUCAGCUAGAGCUGGUCAACAACCAGUAUCGCCGUCUGGCCAGGGAGAACCGCACUGACCGAGCCAGCCAGCUCAGAGCCAUGGUGCACGAGGGCAACCGACGCUGGGACACGCUGCACCGCAGAGUGGCCUCCAUUCUCCGCAGACUCAAGGUACAGAGUUGAAAAAAAUUCUUCUCAUCUGCAAUCGACUAAAUACAUAUGCAGUAGCUUUUCUCCUUUUUUCACCUCAUCUGUCUCCUCUCUUUUCUCCCAGUAUUUCACCAGCCAGAGGGAGGACUUUGAAGGCACCAGGGAGAGCAUGCUGGUGUGGCUGACGGAGCUCGACCUGCAGCUCACCAACGUGGAGCACUUUUCUGAGAGUGAUGUUCAUCAGAAGAUACAGCAGCUUAAUGUGAGGACACUCUGAAUCCCCUUUAUCAUGCUCUCUCUGCAAAAAAAAGCUCCAACCAGUACCUUAGCAUGACAGACUUUUCUGGACGGUUCUCUCAGUCCUCUGUCACAGAUCAUGUGGUUUCCUCUCAGUUUCCCUUCCCAGCUCUUGCUCAUCCAAUUCCACUUCUUGCAGAGUUUCCAGAAGGAGAUCACCCUGAACACGGAGCGUAUUGAUGGACUGAUAGUCUUUGGAGAGGGUCUGAUCCAGAAGAGCUCACCACAGGAUGCAGCACUGAUCGAGGACGAGCUGGAGGAGCUGCACUCUUACUGCCAGGAGGUUUUCAGCAGACUGGUCCGCUUCCACCAGCGCCUCAGCCAACCCCCGGUGAGCUGGAACCCACUCACACGCAGCACCCAUUCAACCGUUCGUAACUCGAUUUAAACAAUUAAUUUCAAAUGAGCACAAUCCUUUUUUAUAUCCUCUUUUACUUCGUUUAAUGCAGCAUUUUAUACUUCAGCAGACAGUUACAGCCAGAAUCACCAUCCUAAAGAGGCAAACUCUUCACAGUCCCACUCUUAUUGAUGGAUUCAUAAAAUCAAAAACGACUCCUCUGAACAGUUGAACCUGAACUAGAAAGCUCAACUUCUUAUUUCAAAGAUUCAAGCAUUGUUUUGUUGUCAUUUUCAUCACUGCAGAUUGUCGAAGAAGAGCCGGAGCUCUCCAGCACCACCUUUGCCUUGGAGUCCAGCUUGGAGCUCAUAGGCAGACCCUGGCUGGGACGGAGCCAAGGAAGCUUCCCGGCCACGCCCACCCACCUGCUCGCCUGUGGGCUGGAGCGCUCAGGAAGGGAGACGCCGGUGAGCGUGGACUCCCUGCCGCUGGAAUGGGACCACACUGGAGACGUUGGUGGGUCAUCGUCGCAUGAAGAUGACGAAGAGGACGAGGAUGAUGAUGAGGAGGGGAGAACUUACUUCAGCGCACUUUCAGGUUCUUUUUUUUUUUUUUUGCAACAAGGUUAAUUUAGAUGCAGUCUUUUCUGUAUCUCUGCUGGUUCUUCAAACUUUUGAUUGGAUGCUGAAAAAAAGACAAGCGUAAUUAAAGGGUCAUAUAAGGAUCAACCGAUAAUCGGCAAGGCCGAUAAUAUUGGCCGAUAUCCAGCAUUUGUACAAUAAUUGGCAUCAGCCAUUUUUUCCACCAAUAGCCAAUGAAAUACCUUUACUUUAAAACACCCUUGUUACAGCCGCUUUUCUCUGCCUGAAGUCACCACCACUCUUGGCUGUGUAAUAAUGUCGCGCCUACAGUCCCCACUGACUGGCUACACAGACAGCUAAUCAACACUCUAGGUGCAGCCUCGCAGCAGGGAGAGAGUGAGAAUGCAUGGUGAAGCAGCGGUAUGCCACCUCUGAUUGGAUGUGAGACUCUUGAUCCUUUCACUGACGUUUAUUAACACCGUAGAACUAAAACUGCAAUAAACAAAAUAAAAGCCAACGUCAGCUAUUGAGAUCGUUACAGAAAUAACAUUGUUUAUCACCGUAGCCAAAACAGAUCACUUUAGCCUGCUUCUCAUGCAAAGUCAUUCCCCAGAGCAGGGCUCUCAAGUCUCACGCAUUGGGCGUGUGACACACGCAUUCACACCCAUUCACAUGCCACACAUUGUAUUUCUCACGCAUUUAAAUUACCACAGUGAUGUCCCCCAAGUUGCACCUUUUUAACAAUGGAACAGGUAUGAAUCAAUUAAGUCCCUGAGAGAAGCUGCGUGCCACGCGCAAGCCAGUCAAAUAAAGUAGCAUUGCUGUAUCCAGGUAGAUUUUUGAUAUUUAGCCAAACUGCAAAAGAGGACGGACACUCACCGAAAUGAAGCAGGUUUCAUAAGGACGAAAAAGACACAAUGAUUACAACAAAUCAGUAACCUACACCUGCAGAGGCCUCAACAUCUCAUGGCACAUACUUAUAUGAUAAAUUAAAGCCUUAUUCUUUUCCUUUGACAGCUGCAUUGGUGGAUUUAGCCUCUGUGCAGCCAUUUCCAGCCAUUCUCCCCUCCACAAAAGCAGCAAUUUCCUCAAAGUCCAUCUUUUUUUUUCUGUGGAAAAGAUGCAUUUCUCAUCUAUUCUUAUACCUAUACUGAAGUGCAAUUCAUGUAAAUGCCCCACAGCCCUCAUUUUAACAACUCUCCUCCACAACAGGUAACUUCACAUAGAUUUAUAAAUUCAUUAAGUAAUCUUGAAGUUUUAAAAAUGUUUUUUUUUUCUUAAUGUGGCCCUUAUAGUCCGUUGUAUUUAUUAGAUUAUUAUACUAAUACAUUAUCUUCAAUUAUUCUUACACCCUUGCCCCCCCAUCUCACUCCAAGCUUAGUUCAAAACUUGAGAGCCCUGCCCCAGAGUCAAUCAUUACGGUCAAAAAAAGAUUCUAUAACACUUCUCAUUAAAUCCCAUGCCCACAGUUAUAACAAACACAAUGACACAUGGAGAAAUAAAACAAAAGAAACAAACUAGCAGGUAUUAUAUUUAUUUUUACUGCAAAUUAAUAUCGGUUCUAAAUAUGGUUCACAUUUAUUACUAAUAAUCAGUAUCGGCCCCAAAGAAAAACACAUUGGUCGAUCCUUAGGGUCAAAUGCAAGAAAAGCUGAUCUUGCAAUAAAUGUUUAUUGCUGAGGUAUUGCUGGUAGCCGUGUUUUAAAGACAUGAACAAGCAAACAUCCUUUUUAGCAGGUUUAUAACAUGGUCAGAUGGAAGGAAGAGGUUUUCUUUUUAGGGUUUCCUCUCACAAGUACAAAGUACAAAGACACACAAAUAUCCAUAUCUUUGGUGUGACCCGUCUCCUUGCAGAGGUGGAGUUGAUGGAGAGCCUGGAGGAGUUUGUCGAGGCACAAGAGGCCAUACAAGCCUCCUCUGUUGGUAGGCAUCAAGAACGUCAUUUUCACUCUAGGCUGCUCUUGGUGGUGGAAAUCCUCUGAACAAACUGUCUUUGCUUCCUGCAGCUUCCUGCACCCUGGGUUUUUCUCCUCUAGUUGGACUAUUUUUAAUCCACUUUUCUAGUUAUGGUAUCUUUCCACAGCUGCUAAAUUCACAUUCAUUCCUGUCACAGUCUCUCCAUGUCAAACCAUUGAUUUGUUGUUAUGUGUCUGACACAACUUUGGCCCUUCUCAGGCUUCCAUCUUUCUACUUUUUUCAUCCCAAAAUCAUUUUGUUAAUUGUUAAUUUUGACUUCUCCAUUCUUUGCGUGGCUGGUUUACGCUUUGGUGAGAUCUUUUUUAGCUUUAUUUCUGCGAAGUUUUGGACUGACCUCAGAGGGUAAUGUCGUGUUUCAAGCAUGUUCACAUCCCGGAUAAGUACCUAUAUCUUUUCAGGGUCUGUUCACUUCAGAGUCAACAGUUGUGUUGACAGUAAAUAACUUGUUCCACAUGCUUUGUCCUCGAGUUAGCCUGAUGUUUAUAACUUCAAAUUUGGAGCUAAAUUUGAAUUUAAAUUGGAAAAAGAAGAAAGGAUUUUUUUGUUUUUUCCCCAAACCGAAAUGUGAGCCAAGCUUCUGGAUUGAGAUUGAGUCUAGACUUCAAAGUAGAACCAGAGAGGAGCCUAGUGAAAUACCAAAGCCUGGAGGAGGAGGGGCAGAAGCAAAGAUUUCAUUACAGGCGCCAGAGAGAAUACAAAAGACAUCAGCUGAGCAUGCCUGAACUAACACUACCAUCAAUUCUUUGAUGACUCGUGCCCAAUUAAUGGUUGACUUGUCCACUGUCAGGCCUGGGUUUAAGGGAGGACUCAGAGGCAGAGGUUCCAAGAUCAACAAACGCUUUAUUUUGAAAAAUCGUCUUCUUUACUUAGUAGAUUGAGUGAUAAAUAAUUGGCUAUUAAAACUUUCUAUAUCUAUUCUAAUGGUAAACAGACAAAACACAAAAUAAACAAAACAAACCAAGACUGAACAAAAAUUCACUCCAAAAGGGAGGACAAAUUAGUAAGCUGAUCUUCUCUAAUCUUUAGAGGAAUAACUAUGAAAAUUUAUGAACAAAAAAAUACUCCAAAAGGAGGGAAACAAAAAGAGGCUACAAACUUAUCUACACUGCACUCCUAAGCUAGAAAAACUGUAAGAAAUUAAAGUCACUCCAGAAGGGAGGAAAAAAAGCAACAAGGCUAUGAAACAGAAGCUAGAUCUAGAAACUAAACAGGGAAAAAACUACAACAGAAAAUCACUCUUCUAAAGAGAAAACAAGGAUUAUCAAAAAUACAAACGUGGUAAUCAAGCAAGGCUGUGGACAUGAAGGCUGGAGGAACACGACUAAAUGAGACACUCUGGCACAGGACAAAGGGAGACGCCAACUAUAAGACACAUGAGGUUAAUGGGGAACAGGUGGAAACAAUCAGGGAUCAGGGGAGACGUCAGACUGGAAACACAAGAGGAAGGGCAAGUGACCUGAAACGAGAGGGGAGUUAUUUUUUCAAAAUAAAACAUGAAAAUGACAAGACAGAAAAACCAGGACAAGACACCCCUCAUCGCAUUGUGACAUCCACCUUAUAUAUUUAAUGACUGUCAGUGUAGAAUGAAAGUGUGGGAGGGAAAUACCAUUAAAUUAAAAAAAACAAAAACAAAGUUAAAGUUUAUUUUCAUUAAUGCAAGGGUUUCUAACAUAUUGAUUUGGAUCAUUUCAGCUUCCAGCAGAUCUUUGACAGCAGCAGAGUCUGUGAGACGGCGCCCACAGGGAGACGCAGAAACACAACCACUUCAGCUGGACUCUGAGGGCCAAACCGAGGCUCAGCCCACCCUGACCAGCACGCCACUGAAGCCAGGCUACGUAAGUUUAGAAAAUACAGAGCCAUGCUGUUGUUGUUUGGCAUUGUUUCGCUGUAAUUUGAAGGUCUUCCCUGAAAAAGGUUCAGAGCCCAUGCAGUGAUUUCCACCACAGAGCCUUGUCUAUUUUUAAUGCAGUGCUGCCUGAGGGCCUUAAGGUCACAGCCAUCCAGUCUUGGUUUUGGUCCUUGUCCUUUUUUCAUCUUUCCUUUGUUUGUUGUGUUUCCAGCUGCACCUUAUGUCUCAGUGCAGCGGCAGCAUCGAGAACAUCAAACGAGUCUCACUGAUCCUGGAUGACGAGGAGCAGCCGGAGGAGCUCGGCCUGACAGGACUGACCCCCUCAGACAAACAGUCAGGUGAGACAGUGAACACAGUCUGUCAUUGAACUGUAUCAUAAAGGGGACCGUAACCCUCUGACUUGAAAAUUAAGACUGAAUCAAUCAGUAACUUCCAUAGACUGAAUAUAUUAUGGAAAAAUUGGCUUCGCCCUCUGUCGUUAUACGAAUUUGAAGCUAAAUUGCUCUCGGUAUUUCCGGGAUUUUCUCCACUUCUUUGAAGCACUACUUGUGCAGUAACAUUGUACGCAUUUGGCGGGGGAGUCGCCGAGAGUCGCUGUGAUGAUGCUUGGCUCAAACAGUGUAUCUCCCGGGUGAGCUAUGCAAUCUUCAUACACCCAUAGGCUAAAUCAAGUGUCAAUCAUAGAAAACAUGAACCCCCUAAUAACUUUUAAAAUGGAGCUGCACAGAAAAAAGAGGACUGGGGCACAAACCAGGGGGGAAAAAAUGUAUAUUCUGUGUAAUAAAUUUGUAAUAAGUUUGUCCACAGCUCCAUAAGGAUUACUGGAGGAGGCGGGAUUUAUGAUCUACACUGCAGCCCGUCAGGGUGCUGUUCUCGCAGUGGCUUCACCCAGCGAGGAGGCAGACGGCGUCUAUUCUAUAUACAGUCUAUGAUAAUUUCCAUCUCAUCUCAUCUCUCUCUCUCUCUCUCUCUCUCUCUCUCUCCUAGGUGUGAUUGAACGCUGGGAGCUGCUAAAGGCACAGUCCAGGAGCGACCUGCAUGCUGACUCUCAAGACCCUCAGCAGCUCACGUCUGACCUUGAUGACAUCACGUCCUGGUUAGAAAGCGUGGUCCCUCACUUAGAGCACCUCCAGCAGUCUGAUCCAGCAGCCAGUAUGGAGGAGAUGGCAGCCAGAGCCAAAGAGCUGAGGGUGAGUUUUCAGGAACAAACUCUGAUUAUGUGAGGUAAAGGUUGCUCAGUGUCUGAAUUCAUGGAUGUUCUUUUUUCAGGAGAUGCAAAAGACCUUUGCUCACUACAAGUCCAUCAUGCUGUCUGUGAAUCUGCGAGCUCAGGAAGUUCCAGAACUACAGGAGAGACUCUCUGGUAUGAACAGAGACUGGAGCCGAGCAUGUACAGGCCUGCAGCAGUGGGACUCCAGUCUGAGGAAGACGCUGAUACGUUGCCAGGUGAGGAUGUGAAAGCUAUUUAUUUAAAAAAUGUGCACUUUUGGUCAUCUAAAAAAUACACUACACUGGGGAUACACUGGGGGUGGUGCCAGCCUAUGCAAACCGGUCCUUAUCAGUGGGUCUGUCUUACUUGUAUAUCUAUAAACAAUGCUAAGCUAAACUGCUCUAGUGAGAGCUAAAAAAACAACGAUCAGAAAUAGCUUCACAUGGAAACUGCACUUUGUUGUUAUCUUUUUUUCCUUAUAGUUUCUGUAAAUUCCUGAGUUUAGGGUACAUUUUCAAUAAAUUGAUAGAUUCAGCUUUGAUUUAUUUAAUUGAUUUUAAAUCGCAGAACUUUUAGGAAUGUUGACAGAAAUCUAGAUCAUCUGACAGAUAUCGACUAAAAAUGCUGAUUCCUAACUGACUUUAAUUUCACCAAAUGGGCAUUGACAUUAGGGUGGCACUGUGGUCUAGUGAUAAAGUUCCUCUUAUCUGAUCUUAUGUUAGUGGUUAGCACUGUCGCCUCAAAGCAAGAAGGUCCUGGGUUCGUAUUCGGGUCAGGCUGUUUCUGUGUGGAGUUUGCAUGUUCUCCCUGUGUCUGCGUAGGUUUAAUCCGGGUACUCCGGUUUCCUUUCACAUCCCAAAAACACGCAGAAGUGAGGUUAGGUUGAUUGGUUACUUUCAAAUUGCCUGUAGGUGUGAAUGUGAUGUGUGGAUGGUUGUUCGUCUCUAUAUGUCAGCCCUGUGACGAACUGGCCAUAAGUGGUAGAAAAUGAAUAGGUGGGUAUGGACACUACAGGAAAUAACAUGAUGGCCCUUUGAGGGGGAAUUCGCUGCUGGCAAAAAUAAGAAACAUUAAACUGGGGCAACAUAGAGAUUUACACAGCCCACCAAACUGGCUCAAUACAGUAAAGCAUAAAAAGUGUAAGAUGACUAACCUUUUUUUCUUCAAGCAGGAGUUCCAUGAAAACCUCCACUCUCUGCUGCUGUGGCUGGCCCACGCAGAGAGCCGACGCUACGCUGUGAAUAUCAGUAACCCUGACACGCCCAUCAGAGCUCUGCAGCAGCACUUCAGCACACUCACAGUGAGCACAUCAUCACAGAGCUAAAAAUGAUGCUCUUUACUGUCAGGAUGCAUCCUCUCAGUUUGUAAUGUUUGUAUUGUACAGGAUCUGCAGGAGGAGCUGCAGGGCAGGCAGACCCAGCAGGCAUCUCUGCAGGCUCUGUGGUCUCAGCUGCAGCCAGAGGAGGACGACAGUGAGGAGAGUGAAGAGGCUCGGGAGAAGCUUCAUGUGACAGGGAGUAAGCUGAAGCUGCUGCUGAGGCAGGUGGAGCAGGACCUGGGCUCCCUGCAGCAACGACUAGUAAGAGCCUGAUACAGUUUCAGACAUUUCUUUAAGACUUUAACUUGAUCAUGAAGAUAUGAAGAUAUUUUGUACUCUGAGGUCUUUUUUGGAGACAAACCAGCUGUCUGUGGUUACAGUCGUUUUUUUAAAGGACAGAGGUGUGUGUGGAAGAUGUUGAGACUAAAUGUGAUGUCUUUGUCUUUGACUCAGGAAUGUGAACCUGCUGCAGAGAUUGAGGGCCAAAGUGCCUCUGCAGACUCUUCUCAGACACCCAAAAGCUCAAAGAAAGGUCCCUCUCCUCAAAGGUAUGCAGACAGGUGCUGAUAUUAAUGGGAUUCUGACUUAUUAAUUGCAAAAAUGAGAGUGCAGAUUUUGACAAACUUUGGUCUCCAUCUUGUCUGUGGUUGAACAUGCAGAGAGAGGAGAGACUUGUCCCCGCCUCGCUCCUUCUUCUACCGGGUCCUGCGUGCUGCCUUCCCUCUCCACCUGCUCCUGCUGUUCCUCCUGCUCCUCCCCUGCCUGAUCCCUAUAUCAGAGAGCGACCCAACCUGCAGUACAACCAACAACUUUGCCCGCUCGUUCUACCCCAUGUUACGCUACACUAAUGGCCCCCCGCCCACAUGA